GUUCCCGGCCUGGACGCCUCGGCUGGAGGGACUGCUGUCAGAAGUAAAAAAACAAAACUACACGGCAUUGACGGCCUGUAGUUUUGUUUUUUUCUGUGGGGUUCCUUCCCGGUUCAGCUGUUCUCCUUGUGGAUAUUGUCUACGCUUUCUGGAUAAAGAGACUUUAGUUUCUGCAGACAGCCCUCUGGGCACUCCGGGCAUCCUUGUGCAGACAAGGUGCCGACCAACAUGUCAACACAGGCACCGACGUUCACUCAGCCGCUGCAGAGCGUCGUGGCACUAGAGGGUAGUGCUGCGACGUUCGAGGCUCAAGUUAGUGGUUCUCCAGUUCCUGAAGUGAGCUGGUUUCGUGAUGGCCAGGUUCUUUCAACUGCCGCAUUGCCCGGCGUUCAGAUCUCGUUCAGCGACGGCCGCGCUGUUCUGAGGAUCCCCGCUGUGACCGCCGCACACAGUGGGAGAUUUUCUGUCAGAGCAACCAAUGGAGCUGGACAAGCAACGAGCACCGCUGAACUCCUCGUUACAGCGGAGACGGCGCCUCCAAACUUCCUCCAGAGACUGCAGAGCUCGACAGUGAGACAGGGCAGCCAGGUGAGGCUGGACGUCCGUGUGACAGGAAUCCCAACACCUGUGGUGAAGUUUUUCAGAGAGGGAGCCGAGAUCCAGAGCUCAGCCGACUUCAGGAUCCUUCAGGAAGGAGACCUGUACAGUCUGCUGAUCGCUGAGGCUUUCCCAGAGGAUUCUGGGACUUAUUCUGUGACCGCCACCAACAGCAGCGGACGGGCCACCUCCACCGCUGAGCUGCAGGUUCAGGGUGAAGAAGCUGUUCCCAUGAAGAAAACAAAGACUAUCGUGUCCACAUCCCAGAUGGCCGCUUCCCAGGCCAGAGUGCAGAAGAAGGUGGAGGUGGGCUUCCAGGCCACCACCAUGAUGGAGAUGCACGUAGAAGGAGGAAUGAUGACUCAGCAUUUAGCUCACAAAACCCCCCCGCGGGUUCCCCCAAAACCGACCUCCAAAUCCCCCCCGUCCUACAUUUCCAGGGUGACAGGAGGACGCCAGCAGUCGCCUUCACCUGUCAGACACGUGAAGGGGCCGACGCCCACACCUGUCAGAUCUGUUUCUCCCACCAGCAGAGCGAUUAUUUCUUCAAUCAAACCUGUGAAGUCUCCCAUCAUGAGUAGGAAACAGGUCUCUUCCUCUCCCGAGGUCCUGCCUCCAUGGAAGCAGGGAGGCUACAUGGCUGAAGCCAGCUACUCCAGUAUGAGCAGCAUGACCAGCAUGACCAGCAUGGCCAGUGUGAGCAGUGCCACCCAGCUGCACAUGGAGAAGUCCUGGGAGCAGCAGGUCACGGCCACCAGAGAGGAGGCUGCUGCUGUGCCCACCAGAGCUCAGGAGCCUGUUGUCCCCCCCACUCUGAUUGCUGGUCUGAAGAACGCAACAGUGACGGAGGGCGAGUCGGUGACCCUGGAGUGUCAGAUCAGUGGUCAUCCCGCUCCAACCAUCCUGUGGUUCAGAGAGGACUACAAGAUUGAGAGCUCCAUCGACUUCCAGAUCACAUACAUGAACGGAUUUGCCCGGAUGGUGAUCCGUGAGGCGUUCGCUGAAGACAGCGGACGCUUCACCUGCACUGCCACCAGCGAGGCCGGAACCGUCAGCACCUCCUGCUACCUGCUCGUCAAAGUUUCAGAAGAAAUCGAGAGCAGAGAGGAAAUGACAACCGUCACUGAAAUUGGAAUCAGUCAAGAGAAAAUUGUUGCUAUGGAGACAAAAGAGCAGAUGGUGUCGGAGGUGAGCUCAGGUGAAGCUGCUGCUCCCUUCUUCAUCAAGAAACCCACCGCUCAGAAGCUGGUGGAGGGAGGAAGUGUGUUCUUUGAAUGCCAGAUCGGAGGAAACCCCAAACCUCACAUCAUCUGGAAGAAGAGCGGCGUGCCGCUCACUACUGGAUACAGAUAUAAAGUUGCCUACAAGAAGGAGACCGGAGAAUGCAGAUUGGAGAUCUCCAUGACUUUUGCUGAUGAUGCCGGUGACUACUCUGUGUUUGCCAAGAAUACACAUGGAGAAGCCUCGGCCAUCGCCAGCCUGCUGGAGGAAGAGCAAUAUGAAGUCUACAUGAAGCAACAAGAUAUGACAUAUAAAACUGAAGUGCUGACGACGGUAGUUCAGGAGCCCUCUGUGGUUGUGAGUCAGUAUGAGCUCGAACAGAGGAGAGUGACGACCCCCAUGAGCUUUGUCUCAGAAACGGAAUUUCUUAUUUCAGCCUUUGAAGAGAGGAUCAUCCAGGAGAUCGAGCUCCGCAUCUUGAGGAUUACAUACAGCGAGCUGGUGAUAGAGGACGGAGAGAUGAUGGUGACUGUUGCUGAGGAGGCGGCGCUGCAGCCGGCCUUCGACACGCCAGUGAAAAACUACAGAAUCAUGGAGGGAAUGGGCGUCACGUUCCACUGCAAGAUGGGUGGAAACCCACUCCCAAAGAUUGCGUGGUACAAAGACGGCCAGCGUAUCAGGGCUGGUGGACGUUACCAGAUGGAGGUUCUUCAGGACGGACGAGCCAGUCUUCGUCUCCCUGUGGUGCUUCCAGAGGAUGAAGGUGUGUACACUGCCUUCGCAUCCAACAUGAAGGGAAACGCUGUCAGCUCUGGAAAGCUCUACAUCGAGCCGUCUGGAGCUGUGACACCUCAGAGAUACACACCACAGCCAGCGAUGCAGAGAAUCAGGUCCGCAUCUCCUCGUUCUGUGAGCCGCUCUCCUGGACGUUCUCCCAGCCGUUCUCCUGGACGCUCUCCUGCCAGAAGGCUUGAUGAGACAGACGAGGCUUCCCUGGAGAGACUCUACAAGCCUGUGUUCGUCAUGAAGCCUUCCUCAAUAAAAUGCUCUGAGGGGCAAACUGCACGAUUCGACUUAAAGGUUGUCGGCAGACCCAUGCCCGAAACUUACUGGUUCCACAACGGACAACAAGUCGUCAAUGACUACACCCACAAGAUAGUGAUCAAAGAAGACGGUACCCAGUCCCUGAUCAUUGUCCCAGCCAUGCCUCACGACUCUGGAGAGUGGACCGUCAUCGCUCAGAACAGAGCUGGGCGGACCUCUGUCUCUGUAACUCUUACUGUUGAUGCUCGAGAAAGCCUGGCCCGCCCUCAGUUUGUAGAAAAGCUGAGGAACAUCACUGUGAGGCAAGGCACUCUGGUUGAGUUGGCUGUCAAAGCCAUUGGAAACCCCCUACCUGACAUCGUCUGGCUUAAAAACAGUGACAUCAUCACCCCACAGAAACACCCCCAUAUCAAGAUUGAUGGAACAAAAGGAGAGGCCAAAUUCCAGAUCCCGUCUUCCACAAGCACAGACAGCGCCUGGUACACUGCUACAGCCAUCAACAAGGCUGGCAGGGACACCACUCGCUGCAGAGUCAAUGUUGAGGUUGACUUUGCUGCUCCUCAAGCUGAGAGGAAGCUCAUUAUUACAAAAGGAACGUACAAAGCUAAAGACAUCGCUGCUCCAGAGUUGGAGCCCCUUCAUCAGCGAUACGGUCAAGAGCAGUGGGAGGAUGGCGACCUUUACGACAAAGAGAAGCAGCAGAAACCAAUGUUCAAGAAGAAGCUGACCUCUAUCAGAAUGAAGCGCAUUGGUCCCGCUCAUUUUGAGUGCAGACUGACUCCCAUUGGUGACCCAUCCAUGGUGGUGGAGUGGCUGCAUGACGGCAAACCGCUGGCAGCUGCUAACAGACUGCGCAUGGUCAAUGAGUUUGGUUACUGCAGUCUCGACUAUGAGGUUGCUUAUGCUAGAGACAGUGGUGUCAUCACCUGCAGAGCCACAAACAAGUUUGGAGUCGACCAGACCUCGGCCACUUUGAUUGUCAAGGAUGAGAAGGGCCUUGUGGAGGAAUCCCAGCUUCCUGAAGGCAGGAGGGCACCGCACAGAAUGGACGAGAUUGAGCGCAUGGCUCACGAGGGAGGACCUACAGGAGUCAGCACUGACGAUGAAUAUGAGAAGACAAAACCUGAUAUUGUCCUUGUUCCCGAACCAGCCAGAGUAUUGGAAGGCGACAUUGCCAGAUUCCGUUGCAGAGUGACCGGCUAUCCAGCCCCUAAGGUUAACUGGUACCUCAACGGACAACUUAUCCGCAAAAGCAAGAGAUACAGACUUCGCUAUGAUGGUAUUUACUACUUGGAGAUUGUUGACAUCAAGUCUUAUGACUCUGGAGAGGUCAGGAUCGUUGCAGACAAUCCUCUAGGUACAACUGAGCACACUGUGAAGCUGGAGAUCCAGCAGAAGGAGGACUUCAGAUCUGUACUGCGCCGUGCUCCAGAGUCCAAGGCCGCAGAAGCCUCACAUGAAGGUGGCAGGACCGGAUUCGAUGUUGUGAAAGUAGACCGACCUGUCGAAACUGCACAAGACAGGGAAGUUGUUAAACUGCGUAAGACACAGAGAGUUGUUCACGAGAAAACCUCAGAGGAGACAGACGAACUGAAGAGCAAGUUCAAACGUAGGACAGAGGAGGGCUUCUACGAGUCCAUCUCUGCUGUAGAGUUCAAGUCUCGCAAGAGAGACGACUCAUAUGAGGAUCUCCUGAAGAAGACCAAGGAUGACUUGCUUCAUCACUUGAAGGAGAAAGAAGAAGCUGAGAGGAGGAGGUUGGAGGAACAGGGCCAAGUCACCAUCCCAACCUUUAAACCCGAAAGGGUCCAGCUGUCCCCCAGCAUGGAAGCACCCAAGAUCUUUGAGCGCAUUGCUAGCAAGACAGUUGCUCCAGGGGAUGAGGUUCAUUUCCGCGUCAGAGUCGUCGGCAGACCAGAACCUGAGUGCCAGUGGUUCAAGAACGGCGUUCUGGUGGAGAAAUCUGACCGUAUUUACUGGUACUGGCCUGAGGAUCAAGUGUGUGAGCUGGUGAUCAGAGAUGUCACUGCGGAGGAUUCUGCCAGCAUCAUGGUGAAAGCCAUGAAUGUCGCUGGUGAGGCCUCAAGCCAUGCCUUCCUGCUGGUGCAAGCCAAGGCAGCGGUCAGCUUCACCCAAAACCUGGAGGAUGCUAGUGCGAACGAGAAGGACACCAUGGUGACCUUUGAGUGUGAAACCAACGAGCCUUUCGUCAAAGUGAAAUGGCUGAAGAACAACAUGGAGAUCUUCUCUGGAGACAAAUACAGAAUGCACUCAGACAGAAAGGUCCACUUUCUGUCUGUGCUCGUCAUUGAAAUGAAGGACGAUGCUGAGUACAGUUGUGUGGUUAUAGAAGAUGAGAGCAUCAGGACCACAGCAAGGCUCCAUGUUGAAGGUGCUGCCCUGGAGCUCAUAAAGCACAUGGAGAACAUCGAGGUGCCAGAGACCUACGCUGCAGAGUUUGAGGUGGAGCUGUCUCGUGAGGAUGUUGAGGGCAGCUGGUUCUUUGGAGACAAGGAGCUCUCUCCCAGCAGUAAAUACAUCAUGUCCUCCCGACGUGGACGACACACCCUGUCCAUCAAGGAUGUCAGGAAAACAGACCAGGGGAAAUAUACCUUUGUAUGUGGAGAUCUGAAGACGAGCGCCUCACUGAAGAUGAAGUUGCGCCCAGUGACCCUGAUGCAGCCCCUGACCGACAUCACAGUUUGCGAGGGGGACAUUGCUCAGCUGGAGGUCCGGUUCUCCCAGGAGAACGUUGAGGGAACCUGGAUGAAGAGCGGCCAGGCCAUCACUGCUUCGGACCGCGUCCACAUCGUGAUCGACAAGCUUGUUCAUAAGCUACUGCUCGAGAACGUCAGCAGAGACGAUGCUGCUUCUUACUCUUUUGUGGUUCCUGCCCAGGACAUCUCCACCUCCGGCAAACUCAGUGUUCAGACUAUUGACAUUGUGGUACCACUGAAGGACCUGUCCUCCAUCGAGGGAACAAAGGCCGUUCUGGAGGCUAAGAUCUCCGCUCAGGACAUCAGCUCUGUUAAAUGGUACCACAACGACAAACUGCUUGUGGCCUCUGACAGAAUCCAGAUGGUGGCAAAGGGAGCCAAGCAGCGUCUGGUCUUCAGCAGGACUUUCGCCUCCGAUGAAGGACGCUACAAACUGGUGGUCGGCAAGGUCGACACAAGCUGCAGCCUCAGUGUCGAAAAGGUCCACAUUGUGAAGCACAUGGAGGACAAAGUGUGCUCCGAGUCCCAGAACGUCACAUUUAACGUGGAAGUCUCUCACCCUGGCAUUGACCCAGUCUGGACCUUUAGGAGCCAGAAGCUCAAACCUGGACCCAAAUACAAGAUGGAGUCCAAAGGCAAGGCUCAUUCUCUGACUGUCAGCGACGCCAUGAAGGACGAGGAAGGCCAGUACAUGUUCCACGCCGGAGAAAAGACAUCCAGUGCCAAGCUCACCGUCUCUGGUGGAGCCAUCACACGCCCCCUGCAGGACGUAACUGUGGCCGAGUCACAGACAGCCGAGUUUGAGUGUGAAGUGGCCAACGCCAAUGCUGAGGGCCGAUGGCUGAAGGAGGGUCAGGCUGUGGACUUCAAUGAGAACGUGGUGAGCGAGGUGAACGGCGCUGUCAGACGCCUCAUCAUCGUCAUUACCAGACCUCAGGACGUCGGAGAGUACACCUACCAGGUGGCCAACUCAAAAACUGCAGCCAACCUCAGGGUCGAGGCUGUGAAGAUCAAGAAGACUCUGAGGAACCAGACGGUGACGGAGACCCAGGAGGCUGUGUUCACGCUGGAGCUCACCCAUACCGACGUGAAAGGAUCCCAGUGGAUCAAGAACGGCGUGGAGCUGCAGAACAGCGAUAAGUACGAGAUCACCUCUGAAGGCAUGGUGCAAACGCUGAAGGUGAAAAACUGCAACACACAGGACGAGUCUGUUUACUCCUACAAACUGGGGAAACUGUCGGCCAACGCCAGGCUGAACGUGGAGACCAUCAAAAUCGUGAAGAAGAUAAAGGACAUGACGUCACUGCUGGACGGCACCGUCUCCUUCGAGAUGAGCCUGUCGCAUGACAACAUCCCUGUCAGGUGGAUGUUUAACGGCGUGGAGCUCAAGUCAAGCGAGAAGUGUAAAAUUCUGUCUGAGCGGAAAGCUCACAAACUGAUCCUGCAGAACGUCAACAGCAGCAACGGGGGAGAGUACACCGCCGUGGUCGGACACCUGCAGUGCAGCGCCGCACUCACUGUGGAGGCUCUGCAUGUCACCAAACCCCUGAAGAGCGUGGAGGUCCCAGAGACUCAGGUGGCCACGUUCGAGUGUGAAGUGUCUCACUUCAACGUGCCGUCCACCUGGCUAAAAGAUGGCGUGGAGAUCGAGAUGAGCGAGAAGUUCAGGAUCGUGGUUCAAGGGAAACUCCACCAGCUGAAGAUCAUGAACACCAGCAGGGACGACUCCGCAGAGUACACCUUCGUCUGCGGGAACGACCGAGUGUCCGCUACGCUAACAGUUAGCCCCGUCCUCAUCACGUCCAUGCUGAAGGACCUGAACGCUCAGGAGAGAGACACCAUCACCUUUGAGGUCACCGUGAACCACGAGGGGAUCACCUACAAGUGGCUGAAGAACGGCGUGGAGGUGAAGUCUUCGGAGAGGUGUCAGGUCCGCAGCCGGCAGCUCACACACUCCCUCACCAUCCGGAACGUUCACUUCGGAGACGGAGGAGAGUACCAGUUUGUGGCCGGGUCUGCCGCCACCACCGCCAACCUGUUUGUGGAAGCGCGUCUUAUCGAAUUCACAAAGAAAAUCAAAGACAUAAAGAUCACGGAGAAGAAGAAGGCGAUCUUUGAGUGUGAAGUUUCUGAGCCCAACAUUCAGGUGAUGUGGAUGAAAGACGGGCAGGAGCUCGACAUGACGCAGGAAAGGUUCACCGUGACAGCAGAGAAGUACGUCCACCGUCUGAUGAUCCAGACGGUUCGGAUGUCUGACGCUGGAGAAUAUUCCGUGGUCGCUGGAUCGAGCGUCUCCAAGGCUCAGCUGAUCGUCGAGGGUCGAGACAUCCGGAUCUCGGAGCCUGCAGAGCGCGAAAUCACCGUUCUGGAGCGCCACAGAGCAACGUUCGAGUUUGAAGUGAAUGAGGACGAUGUGGAGGGUCGCUGGCUGAGGAACGGGGCGGAGAUCCAGUUCUCGGUGGAGGAGAGGUUCAACUAUGCCACCAUCAGGAAGCUGCACCGCCUCACCAUCUCUGAGACAUACAGGAGCGACGCCGGCGAGUACACCUUCAUCGCCGGCAAGAACAGGAGCACCAUGCACCUCCGAGUUAACCUCCCCGAGCCUCCUCAGAUCCUCCGUCACAUGGAGCCUCAGUCUGUGGAGGCAGGUAAACCUGCUCGCUUCUCCGUGCAGGUGAGUGGCCUUCCUCAGCCGCAAGUGUUCUGGUACAAAAACUCCCAGGCUCUGUCCCCGGGCUUCAAGUGCAAGUUCCUUCACGACGGCAACGAGCACUCGCUGCUGCUGAUCGAAGUCUUCCCCGAGGACGCCGCCGUCUACAACUGCGAGGCCAAGAACGAGUACGGCACCGCCACGAGCACCGCCACGCUCAACGUGGAAGUGUCGGAGGUGGUGUCUCCAGACUCGGCUGCCACCGUCGCUCCUCCCGUUGUCAUCUCACCGAUCACCAGUACCUCCGCCUGCGAGGGAGAACCGGCUCGCUUCCAGUGCAGAGUCCGCGGAGACGACGUGAAGAUCAGCUGGUUCCACAGAGAGAAGGAGAUCAAGCAGUCAGACUUCUUCAGGAUGUCUCAGUUUGACGACAGCUGCCAGCUGGAGAUCUCCAGAGUUUACCCUGAGGACGAGGGCGAGUACACCUGCGUCGCCAUGAACAACGCUGGCACUGCUACCUGCUCUGCCACUCUCACACUGGACGUGACUCACGUGAGGGAGCACAUUGAAGCCAAGAUUGAGCAAGAAGUCAAAGUGCCACCUGUCUUCAGCCAGAAGAUCACACCUCUGGAGAUCAACGUCGGCAGCCAAGCCAAGUUCGAAUGUGAAAUCCAGGAUGCUCCGACUGUGACCUUCAAAUGGUACAAGUCAGGCAUUGAGAUCAGACAGAGUGAGAAGUACAGGAUCCUCAGCCGCCACAUUGGUUCCUCUCUGGAGCUUCUGAACCCAGUCAAAGCUGACAGCGGGGAAUACACCUGCAAGGCUUCAAACCAGCACGGCACUGACAGCUGCACUGCCUCUCUCAUUGUAACUGAAAUAUACCCACCAGUAUUUGUUUCAAAACCAGACCCAAUGACUUUGUAUGUGGGAAAACAAGCUGUGUUCCAGUGCUCUCUUACUGGAUCAACACCCAUGGAAGUUGUCUGGCACAAGGACAACAUAGCAAUCUCCUCGGAAGGGAACUAUGUCAUGAAAUGUGAAAAGAACAAGUAUUCUCUGCACAUUAAAAGUCUUGAGCUGACUGAUCAGGGAGUCUACCUGUGCAAGGCCUCCAACAGCGUUGGCGCUGCUACCUUUACCACAGAGCUCAAUGUCAUCAACAAGCCAAGCUUCGUUAAGACCAUUGAGCCUGUGUCAGCAGCUGUCAAUGACCUGCUGAGGCUGGAGUGCCAGGUGGAUGAGGACACUGGUGUGACCAUCACCUGGACCAGGGAUGGCAAAAAAGUCCACCAGAGUAUGGAUUGUAAACUGUCCUUUGAGGACAAGGUUGCUGUUGUUGAGAUACCCAAGUCCAAACAGAAGGACUCUGGGAAAUAUGUUUGCACAGCCACGAAUGAGGCUGGAAGCUCAUCCUGUGAGGCUGUGGUAACAGUUCAAGAGCCUCCUUCCUUUGUCAAGAAAAUGGAGCCAAAGUUUAUUUGGAAACAAGGCAUAUCUGCCCGCUUACAGUGCACUGUUAAAGGAUCGCCCGAACUUCGUAUCCACUGGUUUUGGAAUGAGAGAGAGCUUAGCGAUGGAGACAAAUAUAAAAUCUCUUUCAAGAAUGGAGUAGCUACUCUGGAAAUAAUUAACACUUUGGUAACAGACAGUGGGAGCUACACCUGCGAAGUGUCAAACAAUGCAGGCAGCGAGAGUUGCAACACACUUAUAGCCGUUAAAGAGCCCCCGGCCAUUAGGAAGGAGCUGCUGACAGUAGAGGCAGUGAAGGGAGCAGCAGCUCACCUGGAGUGUGAAAUCACAGGAACAGCUCCCUUUGAAAUCAGCUGGUUGAAAAAUAAGAAAGCCAUCACCAGCGAGCAGAAAUAUAAGAUUAUCUGUCAUGAAUCCUUGGCAAGGCUGGAGAUCCAGACCUUUGAGAGUACAGACGUUGGAGAUUAUCAGUGUGUCAUAUCUAAUGAUGUGGGCAAAGUCACCUCCAAGGCCCUAGCUAAACUUAAAGAGCCACCGUCUUUCUCAAAGAGAGUCGAGAGUGCUACAGCAGUGUUGGGAAAUACAGUGAAACUACAGGGAACCGUUAAGGGCUCGGCUCCCAUCACUGUUAAGUGGAUGAAAGACUCCGAAAUACUGAGAGAUGAUGAUCAAAACAUCAAGAUGGUGUUUGAGAGCAAUGUUGCUAGCUUGUCGAUAACAACAGUGGCCAUUAAUCACGGUGGCAAAUACUCCUGUCAAGCUGAGAAUGAGGCCGGCCAACAAAAAUGUGAAGCUACCUUGACUGUGCAAGAGCCGGCACGAAUUGUAGAACCUGCAGAGUCCAUUAGUGUGACUGCAGGGGAUUCAGCCACUUUGGAGUGCACAAUCUGUGGAAGCCCAGACCUCAAAGUGAAGUGGUUUAAAGAUGGCAAGGAGAUGAUCAGUGGCCGUAAAUAUAAGAUGACUCUCAAGGACAAUAUUGCCUCCAUGAAGAUUCUUGCAUCAGAAAAAGGAGACACUUCAGAGUACAAGAUGGAGGUGUCCAAUAAAGUUGGGAAAGACCAGUGCACAUGCUCAGUCACUGUCUUAGAUCGGAUAAUGCCUCCAACUUUCACCAAAUCCCUGAAAAGAGUUGAUGGUAACAUUGAUAAUGACGUCUCAAUGGAUUGUAAGGUGUCUGGGUCCCAGCCCAUGAUCAUAUGUUGGUUCAAAGACGACCAAGAGAUUUUGUCUGGAUCCAAAUUCCAGCCAGAAUUCAAAGACAGCUCUGCUACAUUAAGGAUAAUUCGGCUGGAGAAGGCCGACUCUGGAGUUUACAAAUGCAGAGCCACCAAUUCAGCAGGCUUUAAAGAAACCAGCGGCACACUCUACGUCAAAGAGCCCCCAGUGUUCACAUUCAAACCAGACAAUCAGGAUGUUAUACCUGGAACCACCGUUUCUUUCAAAGCAGCCUUCACUGGAACGGCUCCUUUAGCUGUGAAGUGGUUCAUAGAGGAAAAAGAGAUGACCACUGGAACCACAUGUUUCAUAAAGAAAGAUGCCUCUUCAAGCUCGUUGGAGCUAAACUCUGUGAAACCCAGUGACUCUGCUAAAUACACAUGCCAAGUGUCCAACGAUGCUGGGAAGGUGGAUUGCACCGCAGUCCUCUUUGUAAAAGAACCUCCUGUGUUUGUGAGGAAACUUGAGGCAACCAAGCUCAUCACCAGUGGUGACUCCGCCAAGCUGGAAUGCAAAGUCACGGGAAGUCCCGUUAUCAGUUUUAAGUGGUUCAAAGAUGAAAUGGAGAUCAAUCCCAGUCCUAAAUACACAAUGGUGUCCACCGACUUAGUUGCAUCUCUGGAUUUAGUCAACUGUACAGUAGAGGAUAGCGGAGAUUAUGUCUGUGUGGCAUCCAGCGAGGCUGGGACUGACCACUGCAGCAGUACACUUACAGUCAAAGAACCGCCAUUGUUUGUGCGUAGCUUGGAGCCCAAAGAUGUGGUAAAAGGUUCUGAGAUGAUGCUGGAGGGCCAGGUCUCAGGUUCAGCACCUUUCACUGUGUCAAUUUACAAAAACACAAAGCUAAUAAGGAAUGACAAGAGGCACAGGAUCACUGUGAAAGAUGACCUGAUAGCCCUGCAGGUGCUGGCAGUAGAGCCAGGAGACAUUGGUUUUUACAAGUGUACUGUUGAGAACGAAGUUGGAAAGGCCUCUUGUGAUUGUCAAGUGACAUUAAAAGAACCACCUUCAUUUGUCCGAAAGUUGGAGAACCUCAGUUCUUUGGUUGGCAGCGAGGUUUCUCUGCAGUGCACUCUGAAGGGCUCAGAGCCCAUGACUGUGGCCUGGAUGAAAGACAACCACGAGAUCAAAGAGGCUGAAAACAUUCAGAUCACGUAUGAAAACAUGACUGCUGUGCUGCUCAUUACCAACUUACAGAGCAAACAUGCUGGCAAAUACUCUUGCCAGGCACAGAAUCAGGCUGGUAGCCAAACAUGCUCUUCUGUAUUGACAGUCAAAGAGCCAGCUAAGAUCACAGAGGAGGCCAAAUCUAUCAGUGUGACUCAGGGAGACCCGGCCAACCUGGAGGCCAGGUUCUUGGGCACAAAGCCAUUGAAGGCAAAAUGGUUAAAGGCCGGCAAGGAACUGUCCUCAGGCCAGAGAUAUAAAGUACACAGCACAGACACCAGCUCUGUGCUAAAGAUCAACAAAACUGAAAAAAGUGAUAGUGGUGAAUAUGUCUUUGAGGUUUCAAAUGAUGUUGGCCAAAGCUCUUGUGAAGCAACACUCACUAUCCUCGAUCAAAUAAUCCCUCCAUCCUUCACAAGAAAACUGAAGCAAACAGAGGGUAUUAAAGGAUCAUUUGCUCAUUUGGAGUGUCUCGUGUCUGGCUCUCUGCCGAUAACCAUUCAAUGGUACAAAGACGAGAAGGAGAUCCAGACUGAUGAGAAACACAAAUGCACAUUCUUUGAGAAUGUUGCUUUUCUGGAAAUCUCUAAUCUUGACAGUAAAGAUAGCGGCAGCUAUACCUGCAUCGCUAAAAACAAAGCGGGAUCUGUCCAGUGCUCUGGGAUCUUAUUUGUCAAAGAACCACCAUGUAUUAUUGAAAAGCCAGAAUCCAUGAAUGUGUUGCCUGGCUCAAAGGUCCAGUUUAAUGUACUGGUCUCUGGUACAGCACCACUAAAGAUCAAGUGGUUUAAAAACAAGAAAGAGCUUUUAUCGAGUGCUGACUGCUCCGUGAUCAAAGACAACACCUCGAGCACACUGGAGCUCUUUUUUGCCAAAACCUCAGAUUCUGGAGACUACAUCUGUGAAAUACAGAACGAUGUGGGCUCCACGUCGUGUCAGGCAGCACUCUUUGUCAAAGAGCCUCCCAAAUUCACAAGAACCCCCGACCGUGUUUCUGUGGUCCGUCCUGGUCAGAGUAAAUUAUUUGAGUGUCAGGUGACUGGCACACCUGAGAUAGACAUCUACUGGUUCAGGGAGGGGUCUGAGAUCAGCCCCAGUGAUAGAUACAAGAUGGCUUUUGUUAACUCUGUUGCAACUCUGGAAGUCUGUGGAGCAGAAACUAAAGACAGUGGGCUUUACUACUGCGAGGCUCGCAAUGAGGCUGGAAGUGAGAGCUGCAGCAUGGAGCUCAAAGUCAAAGAACCACCAUCGUUUGUUAAAGAGCUUGCUCCAGCUGAUGUUGUCAAGGGCUCCAGCGCCUGCUUUGAGUGUCAGGUUGCUGGGACUGGUCCAUUUGAGAUUACAUGGCACAAAGAUGCUAAAGAGAUCAAACCCAGUGCCAAACAUUGCUUCUCCCAAAUGAAUGACACUUUGGUUCUGGAGGUGCACAAAUGUGACAAGGUAGAUGUCGGUGAAUACCAGUGUACUGUUUCCAACGAGGUGGGAAGCUGUACUUGUAAGACUACAUUAAACCUCAAAGAACCACCAACAUUUACCAAGAGAAUUGAGAAUACUGCCACCGUCCUGGGUAAAACGGCAGAUUUUAUGUGCGUUGUCAAGGGUUCUCCAACUCUCUCUGUACAAUGGCAAAAAGAUGAGAACUGGAUUUUGGAGGAUUCAAAGAUUGAAAGGACAUUUGAGAAUAAUGUAGCCACUCUCAGGAUUCUGUCCUGUGAGACGAUGCAUAGUGGGAAAUACACCUGCCAGGUGGUAAAUGAGGCUGGGCAGGAGAAGUGCUUUGCCACCCUCACAGUGCAAGAGCCCCCUAAGAUCACAGAGAAUCCCGAGAUAAUAAAGGUUACUGUCGGAGAUCCCAUCAGUAUGGACUGUAAGGUAACAGGCUCCCCUGAGCUCAAAGUGAAAUGGAUGAAAGAUGGCAAGGAACUUCAGUCCAUCAGGCAGCACAAGCUGACCUUUGAGAACAACAUGAGCAGCCUAAAGAUUCAGUCUGUUCAGCGACAGGACGAAGGAGAAUAUGUCUUUGAGGUGGCGAACCACAUCAGUAGCUGCACCUGCAAAGUCAAAGUGAUCGUACUAGAACAAGUAAUUCCCCCAAGCUUCAUCAAACCACUUGUAAACAUGCAAGAGAUAUUGGGCUCAUUUGUUCAGAUCUGUUGCAAAAUAUCUGGCUCCCUCCCCAUAUCGGUGGAAUGGCAGAAAGACGGAACCAAAAUCUCUAGUGGGGUGAAACAUAAACUCAUUCAGCAGGACAAUUCUGUGUCCAUUGAAAUUGAACAGCUAGAGAGAUCUGACGCAGGAUCUUACUCUUGCAAACUGACCAACGCAGCUGGAAGUUGUGAAUCCAGUGGAUCCCUCAUGGUCAAAGAACCUCCCAGCUUUGUAACAGUGCCUGAGUCGCAAGCGGCUGUUCCCAAUGCCACUGUGCGCUUCAAAGGCACAUUUAAGGGAACACCUCCAUUUACGAUCAAAUGGUUCAAGAACGACACCGAGCUCAUGACUGGGCCCACCUGUUUCACGGGUCUGGAUGGGCAGUCUUGCUUCUUAGAGCUCUUUUCAGUGGGUGUCACCCAGAGUGGAGUUUACUCUUGCCAAGUCAGUAAUGAUGCCGGCUCUGUACGCUGCAGUGCAGAUUUGACUGUCAAAGAACCACCUGAAUUUGUGCUGAAACUCCCUGCCACUAAGUUUGUGAGGCAGGGAGAGUCACUCCGUCUGGAGUGCAAAGUCAGUGGCACAACCCCUUUGACAGUGACCUGGUACAAACAUGAAACCAGGGUCACAGACGGGGGCAACUACAAGACAUCAUUUGUUGACUCAGUAGCAGUCCUGGAACUGCACUCCUCGAGCUUUGAUGAUGAUGGAGUGUACACCUGUGAAGCUCAGAAUGAUGCUGGCAGUGUCAGCUGCAGCACCACACUUUCUGUUAAAGAACCGCCAUGUUUUGUCAAAGUACCUCAGCCCAUUGAGGGGCUGAAGGGUAAGGACGUGAGUCUGUACUGCGAGAUGAGCGGUACAGCUCCGUUCCAGAUCACCUGGUUCAAAGACAGGAAACCUCUGAUGGAGAGCAGGAAGUAUAAGAUGGUGAGCGAAGGCAGCUCGGCAACGCUGCAUGUCAUUGGGAUAGAGCCUACGGAUGCCGGCGAAUACGAGUGCAAAGUGUCAAACAGUGUAGGAAGCGAAACCUGCCAGACGUCAGUUAAACUCAGAGAGCCGCCGUCGUUUGUGAAGAAACUGUCAAACAUGACGGUGAUACUGGGAGAGGAGGUGACCCUUGUGGCCACUGUUAAAGGCUCUGAACCCAUUACUGUGUCCUGGGUUCAAGAUAAGGAUCACAUUCUCAGGGACGGUGACAACAGGAAAAUCACCUUUGAGAACAACAAGGUCGCUCUUAAAGUGUUUAAGGCUGAUGCAACCACUGCAGGCAAAUAUACGUGCCAACUCAGAAACGAUGCUGGGAGUGUGGAGUGUUUCGCUAACUUGACUGUUCUAGAACCUGCAAAGAUCGUUGACAAGCCGGACACCCUGAGUGUGACUGCAGGUGAUAUCGCCGCCCUAGAGGUCAAAGUGUGUGGCACCCCAGAGCUGACGCCAAAGUGGUUCAAGGACGGCGUUGAGCUGGCCUCAGGGAGGAAAUACAAAAUCUCCUUUUCACGGAUGAUCUCCAGCCUGAAUGUGCUCUCUGCAGAGAAAGUGGAUUCUGGAGAAUAUACGUUUGAGGUUAUGAACCAGGUCGGAAAGGAUCUGAGUAAAAUCAAUCUCACCGUUCUAGAUAAGAUCAUGCCUCCGAGCUUCUCGAGGAAGUUGAAGGAUUGCAACACGGUUGUAGGAAACGUUGGUGAAAUGGAGUGCAAAGUGUCAGGCUCCCCACCUUUCACCGUCUCAUGGUAUCACGACGGGGCGGAGAUACAGACAGGACCGAAUUACGACAUUUCAUUCAGCGACAACAACUGCACGCUCAAAGUGCCCACGCUGAAGCUGUUGGACUCUGGAGUGUAUAAAUGUAAAGCUGUCAACAAGGCAGGCUCCAGUGAAACCUCGGCCUCUUUGGUCGUCAAAGAACCUCCGUCCUUUGUGGUACCUCCUCAGCCCGUGGAGGCCAUGCCUGGCUCCAACGUGACCUUCUCGGCCAUGGUGAAGGGCAGCGCCCCCCUCAGGCUGAAGUGGUUCAGAGGCACAAAGGAGAUCGUGUCUGGACGGAGCUGUAACUUCUCCCUGAAGGAGAACCAGGUUAUUCUGGAGCUGUUCAACGUGGACAGCUCUCAGGCAGGAGAGUACACCUGUCAGAUCAUUAACGACGCAGGGAAAGAAAACUGCCCUGUUCUCCUCGCCGUCAAAGAGCCCGCGGUGUUCUCCAAGAAGCUGAAGGACGUGUCGGUGGAGAAAGGCAAACCUUUGACUCUGGAGUGCACGUACAGCGGGACUCCUAAAAUCACCGUGAGCUGGUUCAGAGACGGCCAGCAGAUCUUUGCUUCUUAUAAAUACAACAUCACCACGACGGAGAGCUCGUGCCUCCUCGAGUGUCUGAGCACUGACGACAAGGAGGCAGCGGGACGCUACUCCUGUGAGGUGUCCAAUGAUGCUGGACGUGACACGUGUGAGGCCACCGUGUCCAUCCUCGAGCCACCGUACUUUGUGGAGUCCCUGGAGUCGAUGGAGGUGACGGCGGGAGACGCUGUGUGUCUGAAGUGUCAGGUGGCGGGCACGCCUGAGAUCAAGGUGUCCUGGUUUAAAGCUGACGGUAAAGUCCGCUCCAGCCCCACCUGUAAGUUAGAGUACUCGAAGGGCGUGGCCUGUCUGAAGCUCAGCAAGGCCACUAAGAGCGACAUCGGAGAGUACACCUGCAAGGCAGAGAACCCCAUAGGCUCCGCCUCCUCCACCUGCAGGCUCAACGUGCUUGAGGCUAAAACUCCUCCGUCCUUCCCGAAGAAGAUCACCAGCCUGCAGCAGACGGAGGGUCUGCCCGUCAGGUUCGAGUGCCGCAUCGCCGGCUCCUCGCCCAUCGAGGUGUCCUGGCUGAGAGACGGCGAGCCUGUGAGGGAGGGAGACGAGUUCUCCAUGACGUAUGACGACAACACGGCCGUGCUGCAGAUCGGCAGCGGGGAGAUGAGGCACUCCGGAGAGUACACGUGUGUCGCCACCAACAGCGUGGGCUCCGCCUCCUGCAGGGCCAAACUUACUCUGCAAGAACCACGAUACCCCCCAGUCUUUGACAGGAAGUUGUCACCACAGGAGGUGACGGUGGGCGACAGCAUUGAGCUGGAGUGUCACAUGAGCGGCUCCGCCCCCAUGAAAGUCACAUGGUCCAAAGACCAUAAAGAUAUCCGCUCAGGGGGAAAUUAUAAGAUGAGCUGUGUGGAGGACACGCCCCACCUGACCAUAGUGAAGGCCGAUAAAGGCGACACGGGCAGGUACUUCUGUCACGUGUCUAACGACGUGGGGAAGGACUCGUGUUCCUCUGACAUCACGGUCAAAGAGCGUAAAAACCCUCCCGUGUUCACUAAAAAGCCCUCCGAGAACAUCGAGGACUUGGAGGGUAAGCUGGUGAAGAUCGAGGGCCGCGUGUCGGGCUCUCAGCCCAUCUCAGUGAGCUGGUUCAGAGAGAACACGGAGAUCCACAGCUCCAACAAAUACGACGUCAGCUUCAAGAGUAACGUGGCCGUGCUGUGCAUUAAGAGCAGCCAGGUGACCGACAGCGGCAGGUACUCCUGCCAGGCUUCAAACGAGGCAGGACGCGCCUCCUGUGACUUCAGCGUGGGGAUCUCAGAGGCGAAGAAGCCUCCGGUGUUCGACGUCCCGCUCAAACCGCUGACCGUGGACGAGGGCGACAAGCUGAGCCUCAGGUGUCACGUCUGCGGCUCUGCUCCUCUGAAGAUCCAGUGGAUGAAGGACAGGAAGGACCUGAUGUCCGGCGGCAGCACCAGUAUCAGCUUCUGUGACGGCACGGCAUGUCUGGAAAUAAACUCUGCAUCCAAACACGACGCCGGAGAUUACCUGUGCAAGGCCAGCAAUGAGGCGGGCAACGAGUUCUGCAAGGCCAAAGUGACGGUCAAAGAGAAACCAGGAGCAACGCUGCCUUCGUCUGAAGCUCCAGCUGCUUCGCCGACCAAAAAACUGGACAACCUGUUCUUCAUCGAGGAGCCCAAGACCACACACGUCACAGAGAAGGGAACCGCCACAUUCAUCGCCAAAGUGGGCGGCGACCCAAUCCCCAGUGUGAAGUGGAUGAAGGGUAAGUGGAGGCAGAUCACACACGGCGGCCGGAUCUCCAUGGAGCAGAAGGGCCAGGAGGCCAAACUGGAGAUCAGAGAGGUGACCAAGUCCGACUCGGGUCAGUACAGGUGUGUCGCCUCCAACAAGCAUGGAGAGAUCGAGUGCAGCGCCGAUAUGCACGUGGACGAGAAGAAAGGGGCGGCGCUGCUGGAGGGAGACCUCAGGGCUAAACUGAAGAAGACACCAUCGAAGCAGAAGAGUCCACAGGAAGAGAAGGACAUCGACAUUGUGGAGCUGCUGAGGAACGUGGAUCCCAAAGAGUACGAGAAAUACGCCCGGAUGUACGGCAUCACGGACUACAGAGGCCUGCUGCAGGCCAUCGAGCAGCUGAAGAAGGAGAAGGCGGAAGAAAGUGGAAGACCGGAACUUGAACGUGGUGACAGAGAGUCCGAUGAGGACAUGGCCCGACUGGUGGCCGACCUGCAGAAGAGGAUGGAGCGCACAGAGCCUGUCACCGUGGUGAAGGACAUAUCCGAUCAGUCUGUCUUGACCAACAAGGAGGCUGUGUUUGAGUGUGAGGUCAAGAUCAACUACCCAGAGAUCACCCUGUCUUGGUACAAGGGAACACAGAAAUUGGACAACAACGACAAGUACGACAUCAGCAUCAGUGGUGACCGCCACCUGCUCAAGAUCAAAAAGUGUCAGGCGUCCGACCAGGGCAACUACAGGGUGGUCUGUGGGCCUCACAUCUCCAGCGCCAAGCUCACCGUCAUGGAGCCUGAGGUUGAAAAGCAUCUGCAGGACACAUCGGGUAAGGAAGGCCACUCGUGCACUCUUUCUUGUCAGUUGUCCAUCCCUAACGUAGAGGCUCAGUGGUUUAAAAAUGGCAAGCAGUUAGAGAUGAAGGGCAGGUUCACGUCCGAGGUGAAACACAAGGUUCAGAAGCUUCUGAUCAGAGACCUGAAACCUGAAGACCAGGGCAGAUACACCUGCAGGUACCAACACCUGGAGUCCUCGGCCGACCUCUGGGUCGAAGCUGAACAAAUUCAUUUCACCAAACGCAUCCACAACAUUGAAGUCAACGAGCGCCAGUCAGCCACCUUUGAGUGCGAGGUGUCCUUCGACAACGCAAUCGUGUCGUGGUACAAAGACACCUGGGAACUGAGAGAGAGCCCUAAGUACAACUUCACAAGCGAGGGCCGAAGACAUUUCAUGGUUAUCCGAAACGUGUCCAUUGAAGACGAAGGCGUGUACUCAGUGAUUGUGAGGUUGGAGCCCAGAGGAGAGGCUAAGAGCACUGCUGAGCUUUAUUUGUCUGGCAAAGAAAUUGAAUUAGCAAUGGUGCCAUUUGAUAUCCCAGACUCCUCAGUUCAGAGGCCUGAAGUGCCUUCGUCUGUGGCGAUUCAAGAAUCUGCUGAAUUCUAUCAGUACGAAGAAGAGAUCGAACAGAGAGAAUCUGCUGAAUAUUCCUAUCAAUACGAAGAAGAGGUGGAGGUGGAGCAGAGAGUCGAGUAUCAGAGCUGGACCGAAGAGACGGUAACACAGCAGGUGUCCACGACCAAAGCUGCCAGAGUCGCCGUCGAGGAGACAGUUGAGACGAAGAAGGUUGAAAUGAGACAGGAAGUCCCAACCAAAGUUCCUAAAGCCGAGAAGAAGCCCGAAGAGAAGCCACCAGCAGCUGUGAAGGCGCCGUCUCCACCAAAAGUGCCGGAGGCCAAGAAGCCGGUGGAGGAAAAGGUUGCUGUAGUUUCAGUCCCAGAGAAGAAGGUUCCUACUCCGAAAGAACCAGAGGAGAUUAAGAAGCCUGCUGCUCCCUCUCUGCCUGCUGAGAAGCCUGGAGUGCCAAAGAAAGAUGAGGCUAAACCUCAGGUACCGGCUGAGCCCAAAAAAGUGGCGCCUGCAGCUAAGCCUGAGCCUGAACCCAAACCAAAAACUAAAGCAGAGCCUGAACCAAAGCCUGCACCGGCUCCCAAAGCAGAACCAGAAGCCAAACCUGCAGCCAAGGUCGAGCCCAAGUCUGAAGACAAACCGGUGCCAGUAAAGAAGCCGGCAACGCCCCCAUCCAAAGUCCCAGAAGAGGCUGAAAAUACAGAUCUGGCAAAGAUCAAGCCUCAGGUGGGAGUAAAGCCAGAACCAGAAGCCCAGAAAGUGAGACCAGAACCUGAAAAACCAAAACCAGAAGUCCGUAAACCUGUGCCUCCAAUAAAGAAGCCAGAACAAAAACCAGAACCUGCAGUGGUACCUAAACCAGAACCUGCAAUGGUACCUAAACCAGAACCUGCAGUGGUACCCAAACCAGAACAUGCAGUGGUACCUAAACCAGAACCUGCAGUGAAAAAAGCUGAACCUGAAGUCAAAGUCCCAAAACCAGAACCUCCGAGGCCCAAACCGGAGAUAAAGCCUGAACCCAAGGAGCCGAAGAAAAAAGCUCCAGUGGAAGAAAAACCACCUGAGCCUCCUAAAGCAGCCCAGAAACCAGAACCUGAGCCCACCAAGAAAGAGAAAGCUUUGAAGCCCAAACCUAAACUGUUACCUGAAGAGGUGCUUGAUACAGAACCUCUGAGGAGGUUUGAUGAUGUAGUUGUGUCAGAGCCUGAACCUGAGAGGCUGCCUGAUAAAAUACCUGAAACAGUACCUGAUAGACAGCCUCCAGAGAAAGCUGAGGUGAAGGAAAGGACCCCUGAGAAGGUCCAAGAAAAGGUACUGGUACCUGAGAUAAAAUUGGAAGAGAUUCCAAAGAUGGUGCCAGAAAAAGUGCCACAGAAAAUAUCAGAAAAACCACCGGAGCAAAAAGCUCCUGAGAAGGCUCCACCCGAAAAGAAGCCUUCAAAGGUUCCCCAAAAGGUGGCUGAGGAAGAGCGGACUCCUGAGAAGAAGCCUCCUGUCAAGGUUCAGGAAGUCAAACCUGAUAAGGUUUCUGAAAAAACAACUGAGAGGACCUCCGUAGAACAAACAGUGUUAACAAAAGUCCCUGGAAAAACACCUGAGAAGGUGUCGGACGCUAAACCAAAGAUUGAAGAAAGUCUUCGCAAAGAAACGGAGACUGUGGCGAUAGAGAAGAUUCUGCCCAAAGAGGUGGAGCCAGAGAAAAAAGCGACUACCAGUCUUGUAAAGAUCGAGAGAAAAGGAGCACAGGAGACGCAUGAGGUUUAUUACGUGACUGAAAAAGUUUCCUCCACAGAGGAGGUGUGGGAGCAUGAAGAGGCGGUGGAAGAACACGCAGAAAUGUCAUACGAGGACAAAGUGGAACCUCCGGGCGACACGGGCGUGUCGUUGACAGAAGUAGAUAUCUUAAAUACGUCAGAAAAGACGAGACAAAGAGAUCAGAAGUCUGAACUGAGAGGAGAAUUAUCUGUUACUGACACUUCAAAGAAGACAGACACCAGACUGACCAAACGCAGAGUCGCACCAAAAACACAAGUGGCCAAUGUUGUAGUCCAGGAAGCUGAAGCUGACAAAGACAGGGAGGUCAGGAGGAUAGAGAAUCAACCUGUGGGAGAAAGAAUAGCAGAAGCUUUUGUUUCAGUCAAAAAGGGAAGGGAGGUGACCAUCACAACAGAAAGCAAAGCCAGACAGAGAGAACAGGAAGAGGGAGUUACUGAGGGAGAAGAAAUCAAAGUAUUCAGAGACAUCCCGACAGAGAUGCUGGAUAAAACCAAACGUUUCCCAAUAACAAUCAGCACUGAAGCAAGAAAACGGACUCCACAAGAGCUGGACUUAGAGGAAAAGGCUCGGACAGUGGUCACUUAUGAGGAAUCCAUCGAGCAUGAUUUUAAGAUAACAGCACCUGUCCCAGAGUUUGAACAGUACAGUCAAACUUACACUGAAGUCACUGAAGUUAGAGUUACAGACAAACCAACAAAAGUUCCCCAGACUCUGGACAAAGUGGUGGAAGAGGACAGAAGUAGGAAGGUAGAACCUCAAAUUAAACCAACAGUGAUUCCAGACUCUAAAAAAGACAAACCAGUAAAGAGACAGGAGCCAGCUGCAGAAAGUAAUAAGGUAGAAGCUCAAAUUAAACCACCAGUGAUUCCAGACUCUAAAAAAGACAAACUUUUAGCACCAGUAAAGAGACAGGAGCCAGCAGAAAAGAAACCUGAGAAAGAGUCUGAUGAAAUAGUCGAUAGAAAAAGGGAGAAAGUGUCUGAAAAACCCAAAUUAGAGGUGACCCCGACGGUAAAACCAGAAGAGUCAGUAACGGAUGUCGAGCCAAAGAAACCAAAAGCGAUUCAACCGAGGCCUCAGUUUGAGUCAGUUAGUCCAAAGACAGAAGAAAGGGAAUCCAGAGACAUCCCUCCUCGGAGAGUUGGUGUUGAGAUGAAAACAGAAGAAAUAAGUCUUUUAAUCAAGGAAACGGUUCAGACUAAACCUUCAGUCCCACCAAAACCAGAGGACAAGAACCGGAUCGCCCCACAAAGAGCUGUUGGAGCUCAGUUAGAGAUGAAACGAACAAGUCCAGAGAAGGUUCCUGUGAAGGAGAAGGAGCCCACGGCACAGGUCAAAGAAGCGCUGGUAAAGCCAGCUGCUCCACAAGAAGAGAGACGACCACAGGCCGUGGUUAAAGUUCAGGAAGACGCCAAAAGGCCUGAAGAAAGCAAGAAGGUGGAGAAGAAAGUGACUCCACCAGAAGAAUCAAAGCCAGUGUCCAAGCCGCAACCGAUUGUGAAGGCUGAAGAACCGGCCAAGGUGCUUCCACAGGAUGAGAAAGCUCCUGAGAAAGAUGAAACCAAGGGACCUGUCCAAGCACCUGGAGGAGUCAAGAAAGAAUCGGUUCUGCCCAAAAAAGGUAAAAUUCUCGUGGAAGAGGAGGGAACAUUUGAGAUUCCCACCUUGAGGAAAACAACCAGAGUCAUUAAGGAAGUGGAAGAGGAGCAGGAGGUUAUAAAGCUGAAGAAGAUCCCCUCGGUCUCACCAAAAGAGGCCAAAGAAGAGGAAAAACCCCAGAAGGUCACCAAGACUACCGUCUUCCAGGUCGAGGAGCUGGUGCUCAGAGAAGAGGCUGUCGAGAUGUCAGUCGCCACCAGGAGAACAGUGGAGGAGAGGACGCCUCGAGAGAAAGCAGAACUUGUGAAGAAGCCAGAAAUUGUGCAGGCUAAAGAAAAGGACCAAAAAGAAGCUCCUAAAGAUGCAUGGAACCGCCAGAAACCCACCCGAAAAGAUGAGAAGCCUGAAGAUAAGAUUUCUCUGAAGAAGACUCCCAAGGCGAAAAAGGACGAGGAGCCUGCCCCACCAAGUGCAACCUUGAAGAAAGUCAAGAAACUGCCUUCUGAGGAAGUAGAACCAGAAGUAGUUAAACUAAAACCGUUUGAAAAGUCUGCCAAGCCAGCUGAAGAGCCAGAGAAAGAUAAGAAGGAGAGGCCGGACAGGGAUACUGUGCCUUUCCAAAAGGGUGAGAGGACACCCAGAGAGGUGGAGCCCAAAGAACCUCCAAAGAAACCUGAGAAACCUUCUCCAGAGGUAAAGGAGCCAGCAGCCAAGGUGCCAAAACCAGUAGAUAAAAAGACCACUCCACAGAAAGAGCCAGAGGAGGUCAAACCGCCCACCAAGGUGAAGAAAAUCCCAACAAAGGAAGAAGAAAUUGAGUCAGUUAAGCUGAAGCCCUUCAGCAGACCAUCCAAAGAAGCUGCAGAGCCUGAGAAGAAACCAGCAGAGGAGAAGGAGAGGAAGCCGAUCGAUGAACUGCGCCAGCGUCGCAGUCCGGACGAAAAGCUGAAGGAACAAGAGCCAGAAACUAAAGCGAAAAAACCUGAGAUCCCAGAAGUUCCGGAGAAGAAGGAGGAGAGGCCAAAGGAGGUAGAAGCAGUUCCAGUGGAGAAGACAGUACCUCCUGCAGCAACACCUGUUAAGAAACCUGAAAAGGUUCCUGAUGAGCCCAAACCUCUGCAGCUGAAGAAGGGAAUCAUACCCAAGGCCAAAGAGGAGAAAGAGGAGGUGGCUUUGAAGCCUUUUGAGAAACUGAAGAAGGUCGAGCUGAAAAAGACACCAUCUCCUAAAGUUGAGAAGCUUAAAGAAGAAGAGAAAGUCCCUGCUGAGAGGAGACCGAGUUUGGAGAAACUCAAAAAGAUUCCUAAAACUAUUUCACCGAGAGAAUCCAUUGAAGCUGUGACUCUCAAAAAGAUCCCGAAGAAGCCAUCCCCAGAGGAGGCCGCAGAACCAGCAAAGCCUGAAAGAAGGGUUCCUCUGGCCAAGGAAGUCUCUCCUGGAGCUGUACAGAUGAAGAAGAUCACCACCCAGCCAGAGGAGGAGGUGUUUGAAGAGGAGUAUGAAGCAGAAGAGGCAGAGCAGGAGGAAGAGGAGGCCUGGGGCUGGGAGCUAGUCCCCACAGAGGACUGGGAAGGUGAAGCAGAGGAAGGUGCUCUGGAGGUACCAGGGGUGACCAGGAGAGAGGGACAACCAGCUGAAGAAGCAGGAAGAGGCAGAGGUAGAGGACUGAAACCCAAACAAACCCCGUCCCCCGGAGAAGGCAGGGGCCGAGGUCUGAGGCCUGGUGGAAAGGGUCCGUCUCCACCAGAGGAACCCUUUGCAGGAUUCAAGCUCAAAGCCGUCCCCCUGAAGUUCAUCAAGAAGCUUCAGGACAUCGUGUUGAAGGAAGCCGAGUCUAUCGGCUCAUCUGCUAUGUUUGAGUGUGAGGUCUCGCCCUCCACUGCUAUCACUUCCUGGAUGAAAGAUGACAGUAAUCUACGCGAGAGUCCCAAGCACAAGUUCACUUCUGACGGCAAAGAUCGCAAGUUAGCCAUUAUUGACGUUCAGCUGUCGGACACCGGUGACUACACCUGUAUAGCAAAGAACGCCGGCAAGGAAAUACAAUGCACAGCCAAGCUCAUCGUUGAAGAGCUUCCUGUGAAAUGGAUCAAAGAGCUGGAGGAGGAGACUUCAGUUCUGAAGGGUCAGCCUCUGUACAUGACCUGUGAGCUGAACAAGGAGAGAGAUGUGGUGUGGAAAAGGAACGGCGAGGUCCUGAAGAAGAAGGCCAACAAAAUUCAGAUUAAUAUCAUUGGUAUGCAGCACGCCGUGACCAUUCAGAACACUGCUGAGGAGGAAACUGGUACCUAUACCUGUGAGGUGGCGGGCCAGGAGGAUGUCAAGACCACAACAAUUGUCAAGAUCAUUGAAAUCAUUAAGGACUGGAUUGUGAAACCAUUGAGAGACCAGCAUGUGAAACCGAAGGCCACUGCUACAUUUAAAUGCGAGCUCUUCAAGGACACCCCCAACUGGAAGUGGAUGAAGGGAGAGACUGAGGUCACGCCCUCUGACAAGGUGGAGAUCAAGAAGGAAGGGAAGGAGCUGACACUGACCAUCAAGAACUGUCAGCCCGAGGAUGUUGCAGAAUACGCCAUGGAGGUGGAAGGACGUGUCUACACCGCUAAGCUAACGCUAGGAGAGCGGGAGGCUGAGAUCCUGAAGCCCCUGGCCAGCGUUGAGGUGGUUGAGAAGGAAGAUGCUAUGUUUGAGACAGAGAUCUCUGAGGACGAUGUUCCAGGGGAAUGGAAGCUCAAAGGGGAGGUUUUGACCAGAUCCCCGACGUGCGACAUCCUGAUGGAGGGUGCAGUGCGUAAGCUCAUUCUGAAAAGUUGCCAGUUGGACCAGGCUGGAGAAGUGUCCUACCAGGCUCUGAACGCCGUAACCAGCGCGAUGCUCAAUGUCAAAGAAAUCGAAAUGGCCUUUGUAGUCCCACUGAAGGACGUGUCUGUGCCUGAAAAGAAACAAGCUAAGUUUGAAUGCACCAUCACGAAGGAUGUCUCUAAGGUCAUGUGGUUCAGGGGGGAUGACAUCAUCACCCCGGACCAAAAGUAUGACAUCAUCGAUGAUGGAAAGAAGCAUAUGCUGAUAAUAAACUGCUGUGAGUUUGAUGACGAGGAUGAAUACACGAUUGGGGUUUUGGACAAAACCUCAACAGCGAGACUCACGGUGGAGGGUAUCAGGCUCAAAUUCAUUUCACCGCUAAAGGACCAAACUGUGAAGGAAGGCAACAUGGCUCGCUUCGAGCUGGAGCUCUCUCAUGAGAACAUCCCCGUCACCUGGUAUAAAAACGAUGUGAAAAUCCAUCCGAGCAGAACAGUGCUCACUCAUGUGGACGGAAAGAGACACAUGCUAGAAAUAAAGGAAGUGACUCUGGAUGAUAUCUGCCAAAUUAAGGCUGAGGCCAAAGGAAUUCCUUCCAUGGCCAACCUGACGGUCAUAGAGGGAGAUGCUUACUUCACAGUCAAGCUGCAGGACUACACUGCAGUGGAGAAAGACGAGGUGGUUCUCGAGUGCGAGCUCAGCAAAGACGUCGAUGUCAUGUGGUACCACAAUGAGGCCGAGGUCAAGCCCUCUAAGAUGGUGGCCAUUAAGGCUGAGGGCAAACGUAGAACUCUCGUCAUCAAGAAAGUUGGCGACAAAGACAAAGGACAGUACUUAUGUGACUGUGGAACUGACAAAACAUCAGCAACGCUCCACAUUGAAGCUCGCCACAUCAAGGUGGUUCGGCCAUUGUAUGGCGUUGAGGUGUUUGAUGGAGAGACGGCUCGAUUUGAGGUCGAGCUCAGUGAAGACGACGUCCACGGCCAGUGGAAGCUGAAUGGAGAAGUCCUCAGUCCAUCUGCCGACGUUGAGAUCGUGGAAGAUGGCGCCAAACACACUUUGGUUUUGUACAACUGCAAAGUGCCUCAAACAGGCGAGCUGGCGUUUACCGCCGCUAACGCCAAGUGUUCGGCCAACCUGAAAGUGAAGGAGCCACCCGUGUCUUUCAUUACGCCACUGGCUGACCAGCAUGUUUACGAAAAGGACGAGGCGAGAUUUGAGCUGGAAAUUUCUAGAGAACCCAAAAGCUUCCGUUGGCUGAAAGGAUCACAGGAGCUAUCAAACGAUGACAAGUUUGACCUCCAGGUAGAAGGGAAGAAGCACAUUCUAAUUAUAAAAUCUGCCAAAUAUGAGGACGAGGCCAAAUACAUGUUUGAGGCUGAGGACAAAAGGACCUCUGGGAAGUUGAUCAUCAAAGGUAUUCGGCUCGAAUUUAUCAAGCCGAUUAAAGAUGUGACGGUGAAGGAGCGUGAAACUGCAGAGUUCAGCGUUGAACUCUCUCAUGAAAAGAUCCCAGUGGUCUGGUACAAAAACGACGUCCGGCUGCACCCCAGCAAGGUGGUGCACAUGUCCGAGGCCGGCAAAGUCCACACGCUGGCCUUCAAGGAGGUCAGCAUCGACGACACGUCCAUGAUCAAAGUGGAGGCCGUGAGCAAAACUUCAGAGGCCAUGCUCACCGUGCUCGAGGGCGACCUGUACUUCACAGUGAAGCUACAGAACUACACCGCCGUCGAGAAAGACGAGGUGAUUUUGCCCUGCGAGCUGAGUAAGGCCGCCGCUGAGGUCAAAUGGUUCAAAGACGGUAGCGAAAUAUUUCCCUCCAAGAACAUUCUUCUCCAAUCAGACGGCAAGAAGCGCACGCUGGUCAUCAAGAAGGCAGCGAAGAGCCACAAGGGAGCAUUCACUUGCGACUGUGGCACCGACAAAACCACAGCCGACCUGAACAUUGAAGAGCGAGACAUCAAGGUAGUGCGCCCGCUUUACAGCGUGGAGGUCACAGAGACAGAGGCGGCCAAGUUUGAGACAGAAAUUUCCGAGGAGGAUCUCCACGCCGUGUGGAAACUGAAGGGAGAGACGCUCCACCCGUCUGCUGAUGUCGAGAUCAAGGAGGAGGGCGCCCGACACAUCCUGAUCCUCUUUAACUGCAGGAGGGACAUGGUCGGAAGCGUGGACUUCUCGGCUGCCAAUGCCAAAUCUUCAGCUCAGCUCAGGGUCAAAGCCCGAGUGAUCAGCCUGCAGAGGCCUCUGAAGGAUGUCACCGUGACCGCCGGAGAGACCGCCACCUUCGAGUGCGAGCUGUCGUACGAAGACAUCGUUGUCGAGUGGUUCCUGGGCGGUACAAAGCUGGAACAGAGCGACAGAGUGGUGCUGAAGACGGAGGGUAAAGUCCAAAGCCUGACUCUGAGAAACGUCGCAAUGAGUGAAGCCGGACAAGUGAAACUAGGCGCCAAAGACUUCCAGACUGAAGCUAACCUCAUCGUCAGAGAGCCGGCGGUGGAGUUCACAAAGCCCCUGGAGGACCAGACGGUGGAGGAGGAGACCACGGCUACGCUCGAGUGUGAAGUGUCCAGAGAGAGCGCAGAGGUACAAUGGUUCAGGGACGGACAGGAGAUCAGGAAAACCAAAAAGUAUGAGAUGAUUGUCGACGGCCACAAGAGGGCGCUACUCAUCCACGACUGUACUCUAGACGACUCCAAGACGUACACUUGUGAUGCUAAAGCCUUCAAAACCUCCUGUUUCCUCAACGUUGAACCUCCACAUGUCGAGUUCUCGAAGCCGCUCCAUGAUGUCGAGGUCAGAGAGAAGGAAUCUGCCAGGUUUGAGUGUGAAGUCUCCAGAGAGGACGUCAAAAUCCGCUGGUUUAAAGAUGGAAGUGAAAUCAGAAAGGGAAAGAAGUAUGAAAUUAUCGCUCAAGGUCGGCAACACACCCUCAUCGUCCACAAGUCCGUGUUUGAUGACGAGGCUGAGUACGAAUGUGACGCAAAGACCUCUAAAUCCUCCGGCAUGCUCACUGUCGUCGAGGAGGAGACGAGGUUCACGAAGAACCUGUCCAACGUUGAAGGAACAGAGACAGACAGCGUGAAGCUGAUCUGCGAGGUGUCGAAGCCCAGUGCUGAUGUCACCUGGUACAAAGGAGACCAGGAGCUGCCGGAGGGCGGACGCUACGAGCAUAUCGUAGACGGGAAGAAAAGGAUCCUGCUCAUCCAGGACCUCAAGAUGGCCGACAUCGGAGAGUAUAACUGCAGGCUGAGUCCUACCAUCAAAACCUCCGGAAAUCUAAACAUUAACGAGCUCGCUGCUGAGUUCAUCUCCAGGCCUCAGAGCACAGAGGUGGUGGAGGGCGAGAAGGCGGAGUUUACCUGCUCCGUCUCCAAGGACACCUACGAGGUGAAAUGGAUGAAAGACGACAAAGAGCUGCAGGCGGGAGACAAAUACCAGAUGGUCAGUGAUGGAAAGAGACGAACUCUGGUCAUCAAGAACAGCGAGCCUAAAGACGAGGGCGGAUACGUGGUGAUGAUUGGACUGACCAGAGCCAGCGCAGACCUCACCGUGCUUGAGAAACUGAAGAUCAUCACACCUCUGAAGGACACGGAGGCCAAAGAAGGCUGCGAGAUUGUCCUGAACUGCGAGGUGAACACAGAGGGAGCAAAGGCCAAGUGGCUGAAGAACGAGGAGACAGUGUUCGAGAGCAGCAAGUACCUGAUGGUUCAGAGAGACAACGUGUUCUCUCUGAGGAUCAAAGAUGCCCAGAAGGGAGACGAAUCAAACUACAGCAUCACCCUGACCAAUCAGAGAGGAGAACAAGCCAAGAGCUCCGGCAAGCUCAUCGUGAAAGAGGAGAGUCUGAGGUUCGUUGUUCCUCUGGAGGACAUCGACACUCAGGAGAAGAAGACCGUCAGCUUCUCCUGCAAAGUCAAUAGACCAAACGCCACGCUGAAGUGGAUGAAGGCCGGCCAGGAGAUCGUCUUCAACAAACGCAUCGUGUACAGAGUGGACAAAGAGAAACACACCCUGACCAUCAAAGACUGCACGCUGGCAGAUGAGGGCGAGUACACCGCCAUGGCCGGUGACAACAAAUCCACAGCCGAGCUGAUCAUCAGCGAGGCGCCCACAGACUUCUCCAUGAACCUGAAGGACCAGACCAUCCCCGAGUUUGAGGAUGCAGAGUUCACCUGCAAGCUGACCAAAGAGAAAGCAGACGUAAAGUGGUACAGAAACGGACGUGAGAUCAGAGAAGGACCGAGAUACACAUUUGAAAAGGAUGGAAAGAUGUGCACCCUGCGUAUCAAGGAGUGCAGACCAGAUGAUGAGUGCGAGUACGCCUGCGGAGUGGACGAGAAGAGAUCCAGAGCUAGGCUCUUUGUUGAAGAGACCCCGGUGGAGAUCAUCAGACCCCCGCAGGACGUGUUUGAACCUCCAGGCUCGGAUGUGGUGUUCGAGGUGGAGCUUAAUAAGGACAGAGUGGAGGUGAAAUGGUUGAGGAACAACAUGACGGUUGUUCAGGGAGACAAGUAUCAGAUGAUGAGUGAGGGUAAAAUCCACAGACUGCAGGUCUGUGAGAUCAGACCCAGAGAUCAGGGAGAAUACAGGAUCAUCGCAAAGGACAAAGAUGCCAAGGCAAAGCUGGAGCUCGCUGCUGUGCCUCAGAUUAAGACCACAGAUCAGACCUACAUCACAGACGCCAGGAAGCCCAUCACCAUGGCCGUCCCCUACAGCGCCUACCCACAUGCCGAGGCCGACUGGCUCUACAACAACCUGAGUCUGCCCAAAGACAACAUCCACACAUCCUCUGACCGCACAGAGUACCGUCUGAAAGACCCACUGAAGGCCGACGAGGGCCGCUACAAGGUCAUCAUCAAGAACAAACACGGAGAGGGAGCUUACAUCAACCUGGAGGUCAUCGAUGUCCCUGGACCUGUGAAGAACCUGCAGGUAAUUGACACAGCUGACGGCGAGGUCAGCCUGGCGUGGGAGGAGCCUGAGAGCGACGGCGGCAGCAAGGUCAUUGGCUACGUGAUGGAAAGACGCGAUGUGAAGCGUAAGACGUGGACGCUGGCCACUGACCAAGCAGACAGUCCUGAGUUCACUGUGACUGGCCUCCAGAAGGACUCCAUGUACCUGUUCAGAGUCUGCGCCAGAAACAGGGUCGGCAGCGGACCAAACGUGGAGACUGACAAACCUGUGCAGGCCAAGAACAAGUUUGAUGUUCCUGAUGCUCCUCUGAACGUGAUCGUUGGAAACGUCUCCAAGUUUGGCUGUACCGUCUCCUGGGAGGCACCAGAGGCCGAUGGAGGCUCACCCAUCACCUCCUACAUCAUUGAGCUACGUGACAGGACGUCGGUGAAGUGGUCGCCCGUCCAGGUGACCAAAGCCGACGAGCUUAGCGCCAUCAUCAACGACGUCAUCGAGAACAAAGAGUACAUCUUCAGAGUCAAAGCCCAAAACAAAGCUGGUGUGGGAAAACCCAGCGCUGCCUCACAGCCGGUCAAGAUCAUGGAUCCCAUAGAGCCUCCCAGUCCUCCUCUGAACCUGGUGUGGCAGGACCAGAACAAGAACUCGGUGCAGCUCACCUGGGAGACUCCUCUGAAGAACGGAGGUAGCAUGAUCACCGGAUACAUCAUCGAACGCUGCGAGGACGGCACCGACAAGUGGCUGCGCUGCAACACCCGCCUGUGCCCCGACCUCUUCUACAAGGUGUCUGGUCUGAGAUACGGAACCAAGUACAACUACAGAGUGUUUGCUGAAAACGCCGCCGGACUCUCCGGACCCUCAAACACCCUUGGACCUCUGCUGGCUGACGACCCACAUUUCGCUCCAACAUUCGACCUGAGUGCUUUCAAAGACGGCCUGGAGGUGAUCGUCCCUCAGCCUCUCACCAUCAGAGUCCCCAUCACCGGAUACCCGACCCCCAACGCAAAGUGGACCUUUGGAGAGAAGGAGAUGACCACCGCCGACGAACGCGUCACCCUGACGACCAAAGCUACAUUCGUAGAAAUGAUCGUCCAACCGAGCGUCCGUCCAGACCGAGGCACCUACACCCUGACACUGGAGAACGACAUCACGUCCGUCUCUGGGGAGAUCGAUGUCAAUGUCAUCGCUGCUCCCAGCGCUCCCAAGGACUUUAAGGUCCUGGAGGUGACCCGGCAGCACGUGCACUUGAGCUGGGAGGCUCCGGAGCACGAUGGAGGAAGUCCUCUGACCGGCUACCAGGUGGAGAAACGGGACGUGUCCCGCAAGACCUGGGUCAAGGUGGUCACAGGUAUCCAGGAUCAGGAGUUCACCGUCACCGAUGUGGUUGAAGGAAAGGAGUAUCUGUUCAGAGUCACCGCCUGCAACAAGUGUGGACCAGGAGAGCCGGCGUACAUUGACGAGCCUGUCAACGUCUCCUCUCCUGCCACUGUACCCGACCCCCCAGAGAACCUGAGGUGGAGAGACAAGUCAGCCAGUGGCAUCUUCCUGACCUGGGAGCCUCCCAAGUACGACGGCGGCACCGGGAUCAGAGGAUACAACGUGGAGCGCUGCCAGAGAGGAACUGAUAAGUGGGAGCCCUGUGGAGAUAUGGUGCCUGAACUGAAGUGCCAGGUGACCGGCCUGAUCGAGGGCCAGUGGUACUCCUACAGAGUCAGAGCCCUGAACCGCCUUGGAGCCAGUAGGCCCUGCAAGGCAACCGACGAGAUCCAGGCCGUGGAUCCCAUAGAGGCUCCAGAGAUACAGCUUGACGCCAAGCUGCUGGCCGGUCUUACCGCCAAAGCUGGCAGCAAGAUCGAACUCCCCGCAGAGGUGAAGGGUAAGCCCGAGCCUCGCGUCAAAUGGACCAAAGCUGACCUGGUUCUGAAACCAGACGACAGAGUAUCCAUCGACACCAAGCCGGGAAGCUCCACCGUCACCAUCGCCAAGACCAAGAGAGACGACAGCUCCACCUACAUCAUCGAGGCCACUAACAGCUGCGGUCGCGCCACCGCCACCGUCGACGUCAACAUCCUUGAUAAACCCGGUCCUCCGGCUGCCUUCGACAUCUCCGAGAUCACCAACGAGACCUGCUUCCUGGCCUGGAACCCUCCGCGUGACGACGGCGGCUCCAAAGUCACCAACUACAUCGUGGAGAGGCGAGGGGCCGACAGCGAGAUCUGGCACCGUCUGUCCUCUACCGUUAAACAGACCACGUACAGAGCUGUGGGUCUGACCAAGUUCAAGGAGUACAUCUUCAGAGUGUUUGCUGAGAACCAGUUUGGAGUCGGACCUCCGGCUGAACAUCUACCCAUCAUCGCCAGAUAUCCCUUCGACACGCCUGGAGCUCCUUACAAGCUGGAGCCUUCAGACAUCGCCAAAGACUCUUUGACCCUGUCCUGGUACGAGCCCGAUGAGGACGGAGGAAGCCCCAUCACCGGGUACUGGGUGGAGCGACAUGAACCCGAACACGACAAGUGGAUCAGAUGCAACAAGCUGCCCAUCAAAGACACAAACUACAGAGUCAAAGGACUUCCCACCAGGAAGAAGUACAAGUUCAGAGUCCUGGCUGAGAAUCUGGCUGGAACUGGAAAACCGAGCAAGGAGACAGACAUGAUCCUCGUUAAGGAUCCUAUCGAUCCUCCAUGGGCUCCCGGUAAACCCACGGUGAAGGACGUGGCCAAGACUUCCUGCUUCCUGAUCUGGACCAAACCGGAGCACGACGGCGGUGCAAAGAUCGACGGCUACAUCAUUGAGAUGCUGAAGAGCGGAACCACAGACUGGAUUCGCGUGGCAGAGAACAUCAACAUCCUGGAGCACUUCCUGAAGGGACUGAUGGAGAAGCAGGAGUACUCGUUCAGAGUGCGAGCAGUCAACGUUGCCGGGGAGAGCGAGCCCAGCGAGCCCAGCGAUCCCGUGCUCUGCAAAGAGAGACUCAAUCCUCCGUCUGCUCCUCGCUGGCUGGACGUCAUCAGCAUCAGCAAGAACAGCGCCGAGCUGAAGUGGACGGCGCCCGAACGCGACGGAGGCGCUAAGAUCACAAACUACGUGGUGGAGAAGCGUGACGUCAGGCGUAAAGGCUGGCAGGCGGUGGACACCACAGUGAAGGAGCUGAAAUACUCUGUGACCCCCCUCAACGAAGGAUCGCUCUACGUGUUCCGCGUCGCUGCUGAGAACUCAGUGGGUGUCGGCCCAUUCUGCGAGCUGGCUGACUCUGUGCUGGCUAAAGACACGUUCACUACUCCCGGACCACCGUACUCUCUCACUGUCAACGCUGUGACCAAGAGAUACGUGGACUUGCAGUGGGAGGCACCUCAGAACGACGGCGGCAGACCCAUCCUCAAGUAUUCCAUUGAGAAGAAGGAGAAGCUGGGAACUCGCUGGGUGAAAUGUGGAAAGACUUCCGGUCCAGACUGUAAGUACAGAGUGACGGACGUCAUAGAGGGAACCGAGGUCCAGUUCCAGGUCGGCGCUGAGAACGAGGCCGGCGUCGGUCACCCCAGUGAACCCACCGAGAUCUUGACCAUCGAAGACCCCACCGGCAUCCCAUCGCCGCCCAUCGAGCUGCACGUGACCGGAGCGAGCCGUGACUUCCUGUCCAUUGCCUGGAAGCCCCCCCAGAGGGACGGCGGUUGUCCAAUCAGCGGCUACCACAUCGAGAUGUGUGAGGCCGGCACAGAGAAGUGGAUGAGGGUCAACUCUCGCCCUGUGAAGGAGCUGAAGUACCGUGUGGAGGAAGGCCUGGUCCCCGAGAAGGAGUACAUCCUGAGAGUGAGGGCCAUCAACGCCGCCGGAAUCAGCGAGCCCUCCGACAUCUCCGAGAACGUCUUCGCCAAAGAAUCCGACUGUAACCCGACGCUGGAGUUCCAGACGCUGGACCUGGUCGUCGUAGAAAGAGAGAAGAUGCACAUCCCCAUCCCAUUCAAAGCCGUCCCCUCACCAAGGAUCACCUGGCACAAAGACGGGAAGGAGCUGAAGGCGGACGAGCGCCUCAGCUUCAGGAAGGAGUACAUGUCGUGUCACCUGGAGGUGGAGAGCAGCGUCCACGCUGACGCAGGACCGUACAAAGUGACUCUGGAGAACAAGCUGGGAGCCGCCAGCGCCGCCAUCAAUGUCAAAGUCAUCGGUCUGCCCGGUCCCUGUAAGGAGAUCGUGGCCUCUGAGGUCACAAAGAGCUCCUGUAAAGUCUCCUGGGAUCCUCCAGACUACGACGGAGGCAGUCCCAUCCUUCACUACGUCCUGCAGCGCCGUGAGGCUGGCAGGAGGACCUACGUCAACAUGAUGUCAGGAGAGAACAAGGUGUGCUGGACCGUCAAAGACCUGAUCCCCAACGGAGAGUACUACUUCAGAAUCCAGGCCGUCAACAAGAUCGGAGGAGGAGAGUUCAUCGAGCUCCGCAACCCGGUCAUCGCCCAGGACCAGAAACACAUUCCUGACCCUCCGGUGGACGUGGAGACCCACAACCCGACCUCCAGCACCGUUACUCUGACCUGGAAGCCCCCGAUGUACGAUGGCGGCUCCAAGAUCAUGGGCUACGUUCUGGAGAAGCAGCUGAAGGGCGAAGACAAGUGGGAACGGUGCAACGACUUCCUGGUACCCGUGCUGUCCUACACCGUCAGAGGCCUGACAGAGGGAAAGACCUACACCUUCAGAGUCAAAGCCGAGAACGCCGCCGGACUCAGCGAGCCGUCACGCAACUCGCCUUACGUCAAGGCCUCAGACGCCGUGGAUCCUCCCAAAGUGUUCCUGAGCGGCAGCCUGCAGUCCGGCCUCAGCGUGAAGCGAGGCUGUGAGAUCUGCCUGGACGCAAACAUCUCCGGCUCGCCAUACCCUCAGAUCACCUGGUACUGGAACAACCAGGUGAUCAGUCCCGAGCCGCUCCGCAAGAGGCCCGAUAAACCCCUGAAGAAGAAGGUAGAGAAGAAGGAGGAAGAGAAGAAGCCAGAGGAGAAGAAGCCCGAGGAGGAGGGAGCAGCAGAGAAGAAGGAGGGAGAGGAGAAGAAGGAGGAGGAGAAGAAGAAGGAAGAGGCAGCGGAGCCCGAGGUGGAGGAAAGCGACUACCCGACCAUCAACGAGCGUCUGACCAUCAAUAACAGCCGCAGGGGUGUGUCCUCCAUCAUCAUCAAGGACUCAGUCCGCGCCGACCAUGGCGUCUACAUGGUGAAGGUGGAGAACGAUCACGGCCGGGCCUCGGUGACCUGCGAGGUCAACGUGCUCGACACUCCUGGGCCGCCGGUGAACUUCCGUUUUGAGGAGGUGAGGAAGGACUCUGUAAUCUGUAAGUGGGAUCCUCCGCUGGACGACGGCGGCAGUGAGAUCCUGAACUACAGCCUGGAGAAGAAAGACAACUCGAAGCUGGAGAUUGGCUGGAGCAGCGUCACGUCCACGCUGAGAGGGUGUCGUUACCUGGUGCCCAAACUCAUUGAGAAGAAGGAGUACAUCUUCAGAGUGCUGGCCGAGAACAAACACGGAGCUGGUCCACACUGUGUGUCCAAGCCGCUCAUUGCUAAGAACCCAUUCGAGCCACCUGAGACUCCUGAUAAGCCAGAGAUUGAUGACAUCACAGCCAACAGCAUGCUGGUGACCUGGAACGAACCCAAAGACAACGGUAGCCCCAUCCUGGGAUACUGGGUGGAGCGCCGCGAGAUCAACAGCUCACACUGGACACGAGUCAACAGGAACAUCAUCACCGACACCGAGGUGAACGUCGAGGGUCUCAUCGAGGGGCUGACUUACAUCUUCAGGGUCGCGGCUGAAAACCAGGCCGGCCCCGGAAAGUACAGCGUCCCAUCAGAACCCAAGACCGCCCAGGCUCCGAUCUUACCUCCUGGACCUCCAACUGCCCGAGUUGCAUCAACAUCCGAUCACUCCAUUGAUGUGGAGUGGGACCCUCCAGCCGACAAUGGUGGAGGAGAUAUCCUGGGAUACCACGUGGAUAAGGCCAUGGCUGGUACAAAGGACUGGUCCAGGUCUACCGAGCGACCAUGGAAGACUCGGGAGUUCACCGUGUACGGAGUCCGUGAGGGAGCCAAGUACAUGGUCCGAGUCAUCGCCUGCAACGCUGCAGGAGAGGGAACCCCAGGAUUCACAGAGUCCGUGUUCGUCAGAAACCCUGCAGAGGUGCCGGUGAUUGAACUGGACCUGUCCGUCAAGAAUGGCGUGGUCAUCAGAGCCGGAGAGACGCUGCUUGUGCCAGCUACAGUCACAGGUAAACCCUACCCGUCACUCACCUGGACCAAGGAUGAUGGAAAACCCGACAAAGACACCGUGGAGAUCCUCAGCGAGGGCAACGACAGCAUCGUUCAAAUCAAGAAAGUUCAGAGGAAAGACUGCGGCAAAUACCAGAUCUCUGCCUGCAACCCCAGCGGCACCAAGUCCGCAUGGACCCGAGUGGAGGUCAUGGAUGUCCCCGGACCUGUUACCGACCUCAAGCCCGUUGUCGUCACUCGUAAGAUGAUUUUCCUGAACUGGGACGACCCCGUGGAUGACGGAGGCAGCGACCUGACCGGCUUCAUUGUGGAGCGCAGAGACGCCAAGAUGCACACCUGGAGGCAGCCAGUUGAGACGGCCUCCUCCAAGUGUGAGUGUGUGGGCAUCAUGGAGGGACAGGAGUACAUGUUCCGAGUCAUCGCAAAGAACAAAUACGGCAUGGGCCCGCCCGUCGAGCUGGGACUCAUCAAGGCUGUGGACCCACAGGGACCACCAUCGUACCCUGAGAAGUUCCACUACACGGAGCGUACAAAGAACUCGCUUACGCUGACCUGGAAGCCUCCUCGUAACGAUGGCGGCAGCCCCGUCAUCGGAUACUUUGUGGAGAAGAAGAGACAGGACAAGCAGGCCUUCGAGCCCUGCAACACUGAGAUCUGCCCUGACAUGACCAUGACUGUGGAGGGUCUGGAAGAGGCCUGGAUGUACGAGUUCAGGAUCAAGUGUGCCAACCUGAUCGGAGAGAGCGAGCCUUCCAUCCCACUGACCGUGGUCAUCCAGGACGAUGAAGUGUCUCCUGAGGUCCACAUGCUGAAGCACUUUAAGGGCGAUCUCAUCACCGUGAGGAAGGGCGAGAGUGUCGAGAUCCCCGCUGACAUCCUGGGUCUCCCCAUCCCGAAGAUCGAGUGGACCAAGGACGAUGUUGUGAUUGAGAAACCCACAGAGACUCUGCUGAUAGAGACAGAGGUGACCGGCCGGUUGAACGCCAAGACCACUCUGUCUAUCCCCGCCGUCAACAGGAGGGACCGCGGCAGCUACACCGUGACCGCCUCCAACAACAUGGGCUCAGCCAAGCACACCACCACCAUCAUGGUGCUGGACCGCCCCACUCCGCCCAGGAAUGUUAGAGUGUCCAACAUCAAGGCAGAGUCAUGCUACCUGCAUUGGGACGCACCACUGGAUAAUGGUGGCAGCGAGCUCACAAACUACAUCGUUGAGAAGAAGGACGUGGUGACAGAGGAGGCGGAGCUGGAGGAGGGACAGGAAGCACCUGCCGAGCCUCAGUGGGAGGAGGUCACCAACAGCAUUGUUGAGAAAAGAUUUGGGGUGUGGAACCUGGAGACCAACAAGUCCUACCUGUUCAGAGUGAGAGCCGAGAACCGUUACGGUAAAUCCGACCCCUGCUCAACGGAGGAGGUCCAGAUCACAGAUCCAUUCGGCCUCCCCGGCCCACCGGAGAAACCCGCCAUCGCAGAGUACUCCAAGACCUCCAUGACUCUGACCUGGGAUGUCCCAAGAGACAACGGCGGCUCCACCAUUAUUGGAUACUGGUUGGAGAAGCGAGAGAAGGGCACCGCCUACUGGGCCAAAGUCAACAAGAUGCCGUUCACCAAGAGGGGCAUGAAAGGAUGGGAGUACCAGGUGACUCGUCUGAUCGAGGGAACAGAGUACGAGUUCAGGGUUGCUGCCUGCAACUCUGCAGGAACUGGACCGUUCAGCGGACCAUCAGACUCUGCCUUCGCCGUCGAUCCCCUCACUCCUCCCAGCAUGCCUGCUGCUCCCGUGGUUGCGGAUAAGACAAAGCACAAUGUGACGCUGUCCUGGACGCCUCCAGAGAGAGAUGGAGGAAGUCCCAUCAAAGGGUACAUCAUCCAGAUCCAGGACGAGGGCUCGUCUGAGUGGGUGAGGGUGAAUGACCCUGAUACACCCCACCCUACCACCGAGUUCACUGUGCCAAGUCUCCGCGCUCUUAAACGCUACCGCUUCAGGAUCAUCGCUGUCAACGACAUCGGCGAGUCCGACCCCAGCCCCCGCACCAGCGAGGUCCUGAUUGAGGACAUCCAGCUUCCACCUUCCAUCAACAUCGACCUCAUUGUUGAAGAUCUGCUGUGCAUCCGGGCCGGAGAUCCAUUCAAAAUCCCUGCCACCAUCAAAGGCCGCCCUGCUCCCAAGGUUACCUGGGAGUUUGACGGCAAAGCCAAGUCGCACAAGAAGAACAAACUGCACACACUGCCUGUGGACUCAGAGGUCGAGUCUACAGACACCACGUCCAUUGUGAGCGUCCCCGUCUCUCUGAGGAGCCACUCUGGACGUUACACCAUCACCGCCAAGAACAAGUCAGGACAGAAACACGUCAACGUCAGAGUCAACGUCCUGGACGUCCCUGGACCUCCAAAGGAGCUGAGAGUCACCGACAUCACCCGCUCGACCAUGAGGCUGAUCUGGAAACUACCCGACAACGAUGGAGGAGAGAGGAUCAAGAGCUACUUUAUUGAGAAGAAAUGCAUCACUGACAAGGCCUGGACCAAGGUGAAUGCAGCCUGUGCCAGUCAGGCCUACGUGGUGCCCGGCCUGCUGGAGGGUCAGGACUACCUGUUCAGGGUCCGAGCUGAGAACAGACUCGGAUUUGGUCCGUUCACCAUCACCACCGACCCCGCCCGGGCCAGAGACCCCAUCUAUCCACCCGACCCCCCCACCAAGGUGAGGGUCAACCUGGUGACGAAGAACACGGUCACUCUGAGCUGGGAGGCUCCCAAAAACAACGGAGGCUCUCCGGUGAAACAUUACAUAAUCGAGCGUUUGAGCUGGGACACCAGCGGCAAAGAGAAGGAGACAUGGAAGCAGUGCAACAAGAGAGAAGUGGAGGAGCUCACCUUCGUGGUGGAGGACCUGAAGGAGGGAGGAGAAUAUGAGUUCAGAGUAAAAGCCGUGAAUGCCGCUGGACCCAGCCGACCCUCUGCAACUGCUGGACCCUUGGUCAUCAAGGAUCAGACAUGCGCUCCCACCAUUGAGCUGCGUGAGGCCAUGGAGGGCGAGGAGGGCUGUGAUGUCAGCAUUGUGGCGAAGGUGAGCGGCUGUCCAUUCCCCACGCUCACCUGGCAGAAAGCCAGCGUGGCCAAACCUGAGGAUAAGGCCGCCAUCCAGUACGACCAGCACAUGAACAAACUGGUGACCCACGAUAAGUGCACGCUGCUGAUCCAGGAAGCCAGCAGGCACGACAGCGCCAUCUACAGCCUGAUUGCCACCAACAGCCUGGGAAAAGCCACCAAGGACAUCAAAGUCUCCGUGUUUGGACCCCCCGGCCCCCCUGUUGGACCAAUCAAGCUCACCGAGGUGUUUGCGGAUAGGAUCGGUUUGGCCUGGAACCCGGCCAAAGACGACGGCGGUUCAAAGAUCACUAACUACGUGGUGGAGAAGCGCGAGGACAACAGGAAGUCCUGGGUCCACGUCUCCAACGACCCCAAGGAGUGCGCCUACGUGGUGACCCGUCUGACGGAGAACCACGAGUACGAAUUCAGAGUCAUGGCCCAGAACAAGUUUGGGGUCGGCCCUGGGAUCGUCAGCGAGCCCGAGAAGGCCAGAAACCUCUUCACCGUCCCCGGUCAAUGUGAGAAACCGACCGUGACUGACGUCUGUCUGGAGUCCAUGACCGUCAACUGGGACGAGGCAAAGUACGACGGUGGCUCCUCCAUCACCGGCUACAUCGUGGAGAAGAAGGAGACAACCGCCAAGCGCUGGGCCCGCAUCACCCGAGACCCAAUCCGAGCGCUGCCAAUCGGCAACAACUGGGAUGUCACAGGGCUGCUGGAAGGCGCCACGUACCACUUCAGGGUCAGCGCAGUGAACGCAGCUGGUGCUGGACUGCCCAGCCCGCCAUCCGACCCCGUAAUCUGCAGAGAUCCCCUCAAGCCUCCCAGCCCGCCCACACCGAAGGUCACAGACUGGACGAAGUCGACGGUAGAGCUCGAAUGGAUCCCUCCUCUGUUGGACGGAGGGUCGAAGGUGACAGGCUACAUUGUGGAGUUUAAGGAGGUGAACAAGGAGGAGGAGGAGAAGAAGGCACAGAGGAAGCAGCUGAUGAUCGGAACUGAGGAGGAGGAGGAGAAGGAGCCCGAGGCUGACGAAGGCUGGGAGAAGGCCAAGGACACAGAGGUCAGAGGAACCAAGUUUGUUGUUCCUGGUCUGAAGGAAGGCGGUCUGUACCGCUUCAGAGUCCGAGCUGUGAACGUGGCCGGAGUCGGAGAACCAGGACACGUUGCUGAGCUGAUCGAAACUAAAGACAGAACAAUCCCUCCUGAGAUGGACCUGGACGCCUCGGUGAAAGAGAAGAUCGUGGUCCACGCCGGUGCAACCAUCCGCAUCAUCGCCUACGUCUCCGGUAAACCCGCCCCUGCGAUCACCUGGUGCCGUGACGACGCCGAGGUGCCCAAAGAGGCCGUGGUGGAGACAACAGGAAUCUCCAACUCUCUGGUUAUCAAAAAUUGCAGACGCCAACACCAGGGCAUCUACACCCUGAGCGCCAAGAACGAGGGAGGAGAGAGGAAGAAGGCUGUCAUUGUUGAGGUCCUCGAUGUUCCCGGACCAGUCGGUCUUCCCUUCGCCGGCGAGAACUUGACCAACGACUCGUGCAAGCUGACCUGGUACUCCCCCGAGGACGACGGCGGCUCGGCCAUCACCAACUACAUCAUCGAGAAGAGAGAAUCGGACCGCAUGGGUUGGACCUCUGUGUCCUACACAGUGACAAGGAACAACGCCGUGGUGCAGGGACUCCUCGACGGGAAGGGCUAUUUCUUCAGAAUCGCCGCCGAGAACAUCAUCGGCAUGGGACCGUUCAUCGAGACUGACAAGAUGGUUCUCAUCAAGGACCCCAUCUCCGUCCCGGAGCGUCCAGAGGACUUGAUCAUCACCGCCAUCACCAAAGACUCCAUCUCCGUUGCCUGGAGAGCGCCAAAGUAUGACGGCGGCGCAGAAGUGACCGCGUACAUCCUCGAGUCCCGUAUGAUCGGACGGGACAGCUUCACACGUGUGGGCGGAGAGGACAAGCUGAUGGACAGGAAGUUCACUCUGACGGGUCUCAAGGAUGGCUCGAGUCAUGAGUUCAGAGUCUCGGCCGUCAACCAGGUGGGGCAGGGCAAACCGUCCUUCGCCACCAAACCUGUGCAGUGCAAGGACGAGCUCGAACCGCCCACUCUGGACCUGGACUUCAGGGACAAGAUGAUGGUGAAGGUGGGAGAUGCCUGCACACUGUCUGGACGCUUCAGUGGUAAACCGGCCCCAGCUGUCGCCUGGACAAAGAACGAUGAGGAGCUGAAGGCUGACGAGGAGAUCAGCCUCCACAGCACCGCCCGACACCUCAGCCUCAACAUCAGCAAGGCCAAGAGAGAGCACAGCGGGCGCUACUGCGUCAGCGUGGAGAACUCUGCCGGAACAAGAACCGGAAUCUGCACCAUCACCGUGGUCGACCGUCCUCAGCCUCCAGAGGGCCCCGUUGUCUUCAACGAGGUCUACAGGAACUACAUGGUGAUCUCGUGGAACCCUCCUCUGGAUGACGGAGGCUGCGCCGUUUCCAACUACAUCAUCGAGAAGAGAGACACCAACAGAGACCUGUGGAUGCCCGUCACCGAGUCCUGCACCAGGACCACCUGCAGGGUACCGAAACUGAUCGAGGGUCGUGAGUAUAUCAUCAGGAUCAUGGCACAGAACAUCUAUGGUAUCAGUGACCCUUUGCUGUCUGGAGAGACCAGGGCCAGAGACAUCUUCAAGGUGCCCGACGCUCCUAAACAGCCCACAGUGAAGGAGGUCUAUCACGACUCCACCCUCAUCAGCUGGGAGCCUCCCGCUGACGGAGGAAAGCCAAUCUCAGGCUACAUCGUGGAGAGGAAGGAGACCAUGGCCAACAGGUGGGUUCGCUGCAACACAGAGAGAAUCUAUCCAAAGGUGGAGUACUGGGUGAUGGACCUGCUGCAAGGCUGCGAGUACGAGUUCAGAGUCAGUGCUGAGAACGUGGUGGGAGCCGGAGACCCGAGCCCACCAUCCAAACCCGUCUUUGCCAAAGACCCAAUUGUGAAACCCGGUCCACCGGUUAACCUCCAGGCCAUCGACUUCUCCAAGGAGUCAGUCACUCUGUCCUGGCAGCCGCCCACCGACGCCGGCAGAGGAAAGAUCUUUGGAUACCUACUGGAGUUCCAGAAAUCCGGAGAGGAGGAGUGGAGCAAGGUGAACCAGACACCAGACUCCUGCCAGGAGACUAAGUUUAAGGUGAUCAACCUGGAAGAUGGUGCUCUGUACCGCUUCAGAGUCAUGGCCGUCAAUGCUGCCGGAGAGUCUGACCCAACUAACCUUCAAGAGCCAAUCAAAGUGCAGGACAGACUGGAGCCCCCAGAUCUGAUUCUCGAUGCAGGAAUGACCCGAGAGGUGAAGGCCAUGGCAGGCACUCACAUCCCUCUGAUUGCCACCAUCAUUGGCGUCCCAUUCCCCACUGUCACCUGGAAGAAGAACGAUGCAGAUGUACCCACUAGUACUGACAUUGAUACCAACCAGACUAGUACCAAGCUGGAGAUUAGGUUCUGUAACCGUGGUGACUGUGGAGACUACACCCUCACUGUGGAGAACCCAGCUGGAUCCAAGACUGCCACCUGCACUGUGCUGAUCUUUGACAAACCUGGUCCCAUCCAGCACCUCCGGGUGUCUGACAUCAGGAGUGACUCUGCCUACCUGUCCUGGAAGGACCCGGAAGACAACGGAGGAGCCCGCAUCACUAACUUUGUGGUGGAGAAGAAAGACACGGCAUCUACUCAGUGGGUCCCCGUCUGCUCAACAUCCAAGAAACGAAGCAUGAUGCUGAAGCACCUGAUGGAGGGCACAUCCUACUCGUUCAGAGUGGCUGCUGAGAACCAGUAUGGCCGCAGUGAAUACGUUGAGACGCCAAAGGCCAUCAAGGCAAUGAACCCACUGUUCCCUCCUGGCCCUCCCAAAGACCUGCACCAUGAUGAUGUGGACAAGACUGAGGUGUGGUUGGUCUGGAACUGGCCUGACCGCAAUGGAGGAAGUGAGAUCACAGGCUUUCUUGUAGAGUAUCAAGAAGAGGGAGAAAAGGAGUGGGACGAGUGGAAGACUGUAAGCAUCCCUGAAAGUCAUGUGACUGGCCUGGAGGAAGGAAAGACUUACCGCUUCAGAGUGAGGGCUGAGAACGCUAUUGGCCUCAGCAGACCUGACACCACUGUACCUAUCCUCUGCCAGGAGAAACUGGUGCCUCCCAUUCUGGAAGUGGACGCUAAGCUCAUUGAAGGCAUCAUUGUUAAGGCUGGCACCACCAUUAGGCUGCCAGCUAUCAUGAGGGGAAUUCCUGUUCCAACUGCCAAGUGGACCGUUGAAGGAGAGGAGAUCGUGAGCAAGGGUAACACCAAGAUCGACACUGACAACUUCUCCUCCGUGCUCAGCAUUAAUGAGUGCACCAGAAACCACACUGGCACCUACCUGCUCACUGUGUCGAACCCUGCUGGAACCAAGACAGUGGGCUUGUCUGUCACUGUCCUUGAUGUUCCCGCUGCUCCUAUCGGGCCUGUCAACAUCCUGGAGGUCUCACCAGACUCAAUGAUGAUUGAAUGGCGUCCUCCCAAGGAUGAUGGCGGUAGUCCUGUAACAAACUACAUCAUUGAGAAGAGAGAGUCAAACAAGGAGACAUGGGGAGGUGUUAGCUCUAGCAGCCUAGCCACACAGCUCAACAUCACACGCCUGCAGAAGGGAGUCGAGUAUGUUGUUCGCAUCCGUGCUAAGAACAAGAUGGGCACUGGUGCUCCUCUGGAGAGCAAGCCUACAGUUGCAGAGCACUCCUUCAUGCCACCAAGUGCACCUGGAAAGCCACAACCCUCUGACAUCUCAGAAGAUGCUGUCACUGUUGGCUGGACCAUGCCACUGACAGAUGGUGGCAGCCAGAUCACUGGCUACAUCAUUGAGCGUAGACAUAAAGGAGGAAAAUGGAUCCGUGUCAACAAAACACCCUGCAAGGAUCUUAGGUACAGAGUCCUGGGUCUAUUUGAGGGUAAUGAAUAUGAGUUCAGAGUGUUUGCUGAGAAUAUCGCUGGCUUCAGUGGCCCCUCUCCCACCUCUGACCUCUGCAAGCCCUGCAGGCCCAUCACUGUCCCCCGUCCCCCUGUCAACCCCAGAGUUAAAGAUUACAGCAAGACAACUGCUGACUUGGUGUGGACCAAACCCUCAAAAGAUGGAGGAAGCCCAAUACUUGGCUACACUGUGGAAAUGAAAAAGGCAGAUACAGAAGAAUGGAAAAAAGUGAACCUGGAUGAUUUUGUUAAGCAGUGUGCCUACAGUGUGAAGGGUCUGGAAGAGGGUGUGACCUACAAAUUCCGUGUCUUUGCCUCCAACAUGAUUGGGGAUGGGGAGCCGAGAGAAAUCCCAGACUCCAUCACUGCUCAGGACAUUCUUAUCCCUCCAGAGAUUGAGAUGGAUGCCACCUGCCGUGAGCGACUCACUGUGCGUGUUGGACACAACAUUAACAUCAUUGGGUACAUCAAGGCCCGUCCUGACCCUGAAGUCAUUUGGUCAAAGGAAGAGUUGGUUCUGGAAAACAGCAAGCGUGUCACCAUGAUUCAGAACCUGCCUGUGGCACACCUGAGGAUCAAGGAGGCCACUAGAGCUGACCAUGGAAAAUAUGUUCUGAAAGUUUCAAAUGAAGGUGGUGAGGCUUCUUGCACCAUUACAGUCAAUGUGCUGGACAGGCCUAGCCACUGCCAGAACCUGCACACAACCUAUGCAACAAGGGAUUCAUGCAUGAUAAACUGGGAGGCUCCUACGGAUAACGGUGGAUCUGAGAUCACCAACUACAUUGUAGAAUGCCGUGAGCCAAGCAUUAGCAUGUGGUCUAUGAUCUCCUCAAAUUGCACCAAUCGCAAGAUCAAGGCCAAGCUAAUGGAUGGCCACGAGUACCUGUUUAGGGUAUGUGCUGUGAACAAGAUGGGACCAGGAAUCUCUGUGGAGACCAAAACUCCUCUACUCGCCAUCGACCCCAUUGAGAAGCCCGGUGAGCCUGAGAAAUUCAGAGCCACUGACGUUGGUAAGAACCAUGUGUAUCUAAGGUGGAGGAAGCCUGACUAUGAUGGUGGCAGCCCCAACAUCUCAUACAACCUGGAGUUCAAAGCCAAAGAUGCUGAGGAGUGGAAGAAACUCAACGCUGGUACUCUUACUGACACCUUCUUCCUGGCUGACAAGUGCCAAGAGAACCAGACGUACACCUUUAGGGUGCAGACCGUCAAUGAAGGAGGUGAGAGUGACUGGGUGAAACUUGCUGAUAUCCUGGUGAAGGAGGAGAUCCAGAAGCCUGUAAUUGACUUGAAGUUGGCAGGAACUCUGACAGUAAAGGCUGGAGAGUCAGUCAGAAUGGAGGCUGGACUGAGAGGAAAGCCUCAACCUGAAGUCAAAUGGACAAAAGACAAGGCUGUUGGAGACAACCCAAGGAUCAGCUAUGAGACUGGCCCAGACUACUCUAAGUUCCUUUUGACUAAGUCCAAGCGCACUGACACUGGAAAGUUUAUCAUCACAGCCACCAACUCGGCUGGCACCUUUACUGCCUAUGCCACCAUUAAUGUCCUGGAUGUCCCCGGUCCUGUGAGAAACCUCAGGAUAACUGGCAUUGGAGCUGACAAGUGCAGAGUGGUAUGGGAUGCUCCAGAGGAUGAUGGAGGUUGUGAAGUGGACAGCUACAUCCUCGAGAAAUGUGAGACUAGGAGGAUGGUCUGGUCCACAUACUCCGCCUCAGUGGUCACACCAUACUGCAAUGUUAUCCGUCUGGUGGAAAGCAAUGAGUACAUCUUCAGAGUUAGGGCUGAGAACAAGAUGGGAACUGGCCCCGCAAUGGAGAGCAAGCCUGUCACUGUGAAGACCCAGUUCAAUAAACCUGGACCCCCUGAGGCCCCUGAGGUCACCAAGGUUAGUAAAGAUGAGAUGACAGUUGUCUGGGCUCCUCCUGAGAACGACGGAGGAAAGUCCAUUACUGGCUACAUUCUGGAGCGGAAAGAGAAGAGGGCGGUGCGCUGGGUGCCCUGCAACAAGAGCCCCAUAUCUGAGAGACGCAUGAAAGUCACCAACCUGAUUCCCAACCACGAGUACCAGUUCAGGGUGAAGGCUGAAAAUGAAGUCGGCCUGGGAGAGCCAAGCAAAGCCUGCAGACCUGUUGCAGCUAAAGAUCCAAUCGAGCCUCCUGGUCCCCCUGCAGGCCUGAAGGUUGGUGACAGCACCAAGACUUCCAUCACCCUGUCUUGGUCUAAACCUGUGUAUGAUGGCGGUGCCCCCAUCAUCGGCUACAGCCUGGACAUCAGGCUCAAGAGCGAGGCAGACCCUGAAAAUCCCACAGUGGGCUGGAAGAGGAUUGACACACAUGGCCCAUUGGUGCUCACAGAGUUCACCAUCGGUCAGUUGGAUGAGAAGCUAGAGUAUGAUUUCAAGGUGUCAGCCAAGAACCAGGUUGGCUGGGGACGCCACGCAUACUUGAAGGAAGCAGUCUCACCCAAGGAGAUCCUGGAGGCUCCAGAGAUCGAGCUGGAUGCCAGUCUGAGGAAAGGACUGGCUGUCAGGGCUGGUUGUCCAAUCAGGCUUUUCGCUGUGAUCAGAGGAAGACCUGCCCCCAAAGUUACAUGGAAACGUGUGGGAGUGGAAAACUUGAUCCGCCGUGGUCAUGUGGACCAGGUUGACAGCAUGUCCUUCUUGGUCAUCCCUGAGAGCACCAGAGAGGAUUCUGGGCAAUACUCACUGACUCUGUCAAACUCAUCUGGAGAGAAAGCUGUGUUCGUCCGAGUCAAAGUCCUAGAUACUCCUGGUCCUGUUGGCGGCCUGUAUGCAACCGAUGUCACCAAGACAUCGGCCAUGCUGUCCUGGUUGCCACCAGAUAACGACGGCGGUAGCCCAAUUACCAGCUACAUUGUGGAGAAACGUGAGGUGGACAGGAAGACUUGGAGCAAGUGCAUAGAGGACCUCAGGAAGACCAGCUUCAAGGUGACCACAAUGACACCUGGCAUCGAGUACUACUUCAGAGUUGUGGCCUGCAACAAAUAUGGAAUCGGAGUUCCUCAGGACUCGCCCAAGUCCUACCUGGCUGUUGACCCCAUCAGUGAGCCAGACCCUCCCAAGAAGAUGGAUGUCUUGGAGAUCACAAAGAACAGUGCCACACUGGGCUGGCUGAAGCCACUCCGAGAUGGAGGGGCCAAGAUCAAUGGCUAUGUGGUGGACUACCAGGAGGAGGGCUCACCCGAGGACAAAUGGACUCCCUAUUCUGUGGUCAAAGACCUGACCAUAGUGGUGGUUGGUCUGAAUGAAGGAAAGAAGUACAAGUUCAGAGUGGCGGCCAGAAACUCAGUGGGAGUCAGCCUGGCCCGAGAGGCUGAAGGGGUGUUUGAGGUCAAAGAGCAGCUCAUGCCUGCCAAGGUCAUCAUGCCCGACAUUGUGACUGUUAGAGCUGGAUCCAAGAUGGUGGUUGAGGCCAUUGUGGCCGGUAAACCUGCUCCCUUCUGCAAGUGGAGGCAGGGCAAUGAGGAUGUGCUGACCUCUGACCGCCUGUCUGUGGUUAAGACUCUUACAACAUGCACCCUUAUAAUCAAGAACGUUACAAGAAAGGACAGUGGUUACUACAGCCUUUCGGCCGAGAACAGCUCUGCCAAAAUCAACCAGAUCCUCAGGGUUACAGUCAUGGACAUCCCUGGACCCCCUGAAGCCCCUAUGGAGAUCACUGAACAGGAAAUCGAUGCCUGCACUCUGCUCUGGAACUCCCCACAGGAGGAUGGUGGCAGCAACAUCACCAACUAUAUUGUUGAGAAGUGUGAUGUCAGCCAGGGUGACUGGGUCCCUGUAUCCACUUCAUGCACCAAAACCAGCUUCAGAAUUACCAAACUUACUCCUGGUAAAGAGUACUGCUUCCGGGUUCGUGCUGAGAACAGGUUUGGCAUCUCUCAGCCCAUCUACUCUGAAAAGAUGAUUGCCAGAUAUCCAUUUGACCCCCCCAGCGAGCCAAGGAACCUGCAGAUCAACAAGGUCAGUAAGGAAUCAGCCAUCUUGUCAUGGGAGCGUCCCAGCAGUGACGGCGGCACUCCCAUUACUGGAUUCUGCAUUGAGAAGAAGGAGAGGAAUAGUCUCCUGUGGGUAAAAGCCAACGAGACUGUGGUCAAAUCUACCCAGUACACCUGUACUGGCCUGAUCGAUGGCCUGGAGUACACCUUUAGGGUGUCAGCUCUCAACCUGGCUGGACAGGGCAAACCCUGCAAACAGACCGACUUUAUCACCGCCAGGACUGCUGUCGAUCCUCCAGGUAAACCUGAGCCCAUGGAUGUGACCAAGAGCACUGUCUCAUUGGUCUGGUCUCGUCCUAAGCAUGACGGUGGCAGUAAGCUAAUUGGCUACUACAUGGAGUACACAAAGUUUCCAGAGGAGAAGUGGACACGCUGUAAUGCCAACUGCAUGAACAUCCAGACGGAGAACUAUGUGGUAACCGGCUUGGAGGAAUUCCAGCAAUACCAGUUUAGAGUCAUCGCCAAGACUGCUAUCAACCAGAGCCAGCCCUCCGAGUUGUCUGACCCCAUCCCUGUUAUUGCAGAGAACGUUCCUCCUCGUGUGGAGCUUGGUCUUGAAAUGAAGAACCUGAUCGUGGUGAAAGCCGGAGAGAACGUCUCCCUUGAUGCUGAGGUGUGGGGAAAGCCGCUGCCCAAAGUGAGCUGGAAGAGAGAUGGUGUUCCUCUGGUACUCGUUGAGGGGAUGAAGAUGGCCCAGAAGAAACAUGUCCACCUGCUGGAUCUUUUCUCCGUCACCAGAAAGGAAUCUGGAGACUACUGCAUCACAGCUGAGAACAUCAACGGCAGCAAGUAUGCUACCAUCAAGGUCAAGGUGCUCGACAAACCAGGCCCCCCAGCUUCAGUGAAAAUUGCAAAGGUCUUUGCAGACCGCGUAAAGGUGCGCUGGGAGCCCCCGCUUGCAGAUGGCGGCUCUGAGAUCACCAACUACAUUAUUGAGAAGCGAGAGACCAGCAGGGCUAACUGGGCGCUGGUCACAGCUAACAUCCAUGGACACGUCACAGAUUGCUCAGUAGAGAAACUCAUUGAAGGACACGAGUACCAGUUCAGAGUCAGUGCUGAGAACCAGUAUGGUGUGGGAGACAUCAUCAUGACUGACCCUGUUAUGGUCAAGAAUCCUUAUGAUGUUCCUGGACCAAGUGAACCCCCCGUCAUCACAAACAUCACCCAGAACUCCAUGACAGUGAGCUGGAAGGCCCCUGCCAACGAUGGCAAGGCUCCCAUCCUGGGCUACAUGGUUGAGAAACGUGAGGCCACCGAGCUGGCUUGGGCCAAGGUCAACCGACGCCCAGUCAUUGACAGAUCAAUCAAGGCCAUUCAGUUGACUGAGGGCUCAGAGUAUGAGUUCAGAGUUAUUGCCAUUAACAAAGCCGGUCUAGGCAAACCCAGCGACGCCUCCAAUGCUGCUCUGGCUGUUGACCCUGUCUAUCCUCCUGCCCCUCCUGCCUUCCCCAAGGUAGUGGACUCCACCAAGAGCUCCAUCAGCCUGAGCUGGACCAAACCAGCAUACGAUGGUGGCUGUGAGAUCAUCGGCUACCUGGUGGAGAGUAAGCGAGUGGAUGGAGAGAACUGGACAAAGUGCAACAUCCCAAAGAAGCUCCAAGCCACCAAAUUCUUAGUGACCAGCCUAAUGGAUCAGACAGAGUACCAGUUCAGAGUCUCCGCCGUUAACAGAAUCGGCUUCAGUGAGCCUAGUGAGAUCCCUGGAAACCACAUGGCCAAGGAUAUCUUGAUUGCCCCUGAAGCCGAGCUGGAUGCUGAUCUGAGAAAAGCGUUGGUUCUUAGAGCUGGCGUCACUAUGAGGAUCUAUGUCCCACUGAGAGGACGUCCAGCGCCAAAGGUGACGUGGACCAAAGUGGACGCUAACCUGAAAGACAGGCAGAAUUUGCUGAUCAAGACGUCCGAGUGGGACACCCUACUGAUGAUCGAGAAUGUUAACAGAUAUGACGCAGGCAAAUAUGUCCUGUCUCUGGAGAAUGGCAGCGGCUCAAAGAGCUACACCAUCGUUGUCAAAGUUCAUGAUUCUCCUGGACCACCUGUGAACCUGAUUGUGAAGGAGACUUCCAGAAGCCAUGCCUGCAUCACAUGGGACGCCCCUCUGAUCGAUGGCGGCAGCCCAGUGAAGAGCUACGUUGUAGAGAAACGUCUGGCUGAGAGGAAGGCCUGGACCUGUGUGUCUGCCGAGUGCCCCAAGACCUCUUUCAGGAUCCUCAACCUAGAAGGGGGACAGGCUUACUGCUUCAGAGUGCUGGCUGAAAAUGCAUACGGCAUCGGAGAGGGCUGUGAGACCGCCGGCAGCGUCCGCGCCUCAGAGCAACCUGGUCCAGUGACGGACUUCAAAGCUCAGAAGACCACAAAGGACUCCAUCACUGUGGGCUGGAAGAAACCCAUCAGUGAUGGCGGAAGCCACGUGACAGCUUAUAUCUUGGAGCAAAGUGAAGGUGAGGAGAAGUGGAAACAGAUCAUGAAAGGAAAGACCAAUUCACAUACCAUCAGCGAGCUUGCCCAGGGCAAGGAGUACUUAUUCAGAGUCAAAGCGCUCAACGAGUCCGGAGAGGGACCACCCACCGAACUCACAGCUGUUGCCAAAGAUCAGUUUGUGAAGCCUGACUGCAACCUGAGCAAUCUGCACGAUGGUUGCCAAGUAGUGAAGGAGGGCAGCACCACGCGUGUCAACAUCCCCCUCAUCGGAGUACCCUACCCCACUGCAACCUGGAAGAAAGGUGACGUGAUGCUGGGAGAUACUGGCCGGAUGUGUGUGGAGGCAUCUCAGGGCAUCAGCACUCUGCUAAUCAGAGACUGCCAGAGAGGAGACGCAGACACCUACACAAUCAACGUCAAAAACAGCGCAGGCUCUAAGGACUGCAAGAUCCAGCUUAAGGUAGUCGGCAAACCCGGUAUCUGCACUGGACCCAUUAAGUUUGACGAAAUAACCGCCGAUGGCAUCACCCUGGAAUGGGGACCGCCUAAAGACGAUGGCGGAGCUGAGGUGUCUAACUAUAUUGUAGAGAAGAGAAGGACAACUGACAACAAGUGGGCCACAGUGGCUUCAGCCAUCCAGAAGACCACCAUGAGAGUGAUCCGGCUCCAUGAUGGGAUAGAGUAUAUCUUCAGAGUGUUUGCUGAGAACAAGUACGGAGUUGGAGAGUAUCUUAGGUCUGACCCAGUCGUCGCCCAGCAUCCAUUCAAUGUGCCUGAGGCUCCUGCUCCUCCAGAAAUAAUGAGCAUCCGCCACGAGUCAGCAAUCUUGACCUGGGCGGAUCCAAGGGACUCUGGUGGCUCCCCGAUAACUGGAUAUCAUGUGGAGUUCAAGGAGAGAAACAGUUUAAUGUGGAAACGAGCCAGUAAGACUCCUUUGAGAGUGAAGGAGGUCAGAGUCACUGGCCUGAUUGAGGGACUCGAGUAUGAAUUCAGGGUAAUGGCCAUGAACGUGGCUGGCCUAGGAAAGGCAAGCAAGGUCACUGAGGCUGUGGUCGCCCUGGAUCCUAUUGAUCCUCCUGGCAAGCCUGAGGUGAUUAGCGUCACCAGGACCACAGUCACUCUGAUCUGGACCGCUCCCAAAUACGAUGGUGGCCAUAAGCUGACUGGUUACAUGGUGGAGAAGCUGGAGACUGGAGGAAAGGCCUGGAUGAAGGCCAAUCAUGUCAACAUCCAAGGAUGUGCCUUCACCGUCACUGACCUGACAGAUGGAGCUCAGUAUCAGUUCAGGAUCAGAGCAAAGAACUCUGCAGGGGCUAUAAGUGUUCCUUCUGAGUCUACCGAGCUUUUGACUUGCAAGGAUGAGUACGAGCCCCCAACCAUAACUAUUGACCCAGACAUGAAGGAAGGUGUAUCAGUCAGGGCAGGAGAUACCAUCGUGGUCACAGCCUCCAAGAUUAUUGGCAAACCUCCCCCCACUGCUGUCUGGUCAAAGGGAGGCCGCGAGUUCAAGACCUCUGACAUUGUCACCAUCACUAGCACCCCUACCUCUUCCAGUCUGGCUAUCAAGUAUGCAAGCCGAAAGAACACAGGAGAGUACACCAUAACUGCCAGCAACCCUUUCGGCAUCAAGGAAGAACAUGUGAAGGUGAAGGUUCUAGACGUGCCUGGACCUCCAGGCCCUAUUGAAGCCAGUAACAUCUCAGCUGAGAAGUGUACUCUGACCUGGCUUCCACCAGACGAGGAUGGAGGCUGCACUAUCAAGUCCUACAUACUUGAGAAAAGAGAAACCAGCCGCCUGCAGUGGACCAAGCUAGCUGAAAAUGUCAUGGACUGCAGACAUGUAGCACACAAGCUGAUUAAGGGCAACGAGUAUAUUUUUAGAGUAUGUGCUGUGAACCAGUAUGGCACUGGAGACUCAAGCCAGUCUGGUCCAGUCAAAAUGGUUGACAGUUUCGGCCCACCAGGUCCACCCUCAGUUCCAGAAAUUGAUAACAUCAGUAGAAAUGCUAUCACCAUUUCAUGGAGGAGACCAGUACGAGAUGGAGGAAGUGACAUCAGAGGAUAUUGUGUAGAAAGGAAAGAGAGAAGAGGAAUGAGAUGGGUGAGAGCCUCUAAGAGGUCAGUCCCUGACCUGCGCUUUAAGGUGCAAGGCCUGACAGAGGGAGUUGAGUAUGAGUUUAGAGUCACUGCAGAGAACAAGGCUGGAUUUGGUGAGCCGAGUGAGCCCUCACACCCUGUAAUGACCAAGGACAUUGUGUAUCCACCUGGUCCUCCUUCCAACCCCAGAAUAAUGGAGACAACAAAAACCACAGCCACAUUUGCCUGGGGCAAACCCCAUUAUGAUGGUGGUCUUGAAGUAGAUGGAUACAUUGUUGAGUACAAAAAGGAAGGGCAUGAUGACUGGGAGGUGGAGACACAGUACCAAUUGAAAGCUACUGAAUAUGUUAUUGGUAAACUUCAAAAAGGAGGAAAAUACCACUUCAGAGUCAGCGCCGUAAACUCAGAAGGAGUUGGUGAGCCUGCAGAGGUUGAAAAGGUUAUUGAACUAGUGGACCAGGAGACGCUGCCAGAUUUUGAGCUCGAUGCUGAACUAAGGAGAACCCUGGUGGUCAGGUGCCGUGCUUCCAUACGUAUGUUUGUUCCCAUCCGUGGUCGUCCUGCUCCUGAAGUAACCUGGAGCAAAGAUGAUACAAACUUGAAAACACGUGCACACAUUGACACUACAGAGUCCUACACGCUCCUGGUUAUCCCUGACUGCACCAGAUACGAUGCUGGAAAGUACAACCUCUGUCUUGAGAAUGUCGCUGGAAAGAAGACUGGCUUUGUUAAUGUGAAAAUUCUAGACACACCAGGACCACCAGUCAACCUCAAACCUAGAGAGAUCACUAAGAACAGUAUCACCCUCCAGUGGGAGAUCCCUAUUAUUGAUGGAGGUUCUAAGAUUCAUAACUAUAUAAUUGAAAAGAGAGAGGCCACUAAGAAAGCCUACACAGUAAUUAGCACCAAUUGGCAGAAGUGUUCUUUCAAGUUCCCAGACCUUGAAGAGGGAGCUUACUACUACUUCCGUGUCUCGGCUGAGAAUGACCUUGGUGUAGGUGAGCCUGCUGAAUCCCCUGAGCCAAUCAGGGUGUCCCAAGCCCCCUCUGCACCAGAGAACUUGUAUGUCACGGAUGUGUCAGCUGACAGUGCCAGUCUGUCGUGGACCAAGCCUUUGCAUGAUGGUGGCAGCUUAAUCACCGGAUAUGUCAUUGAGGCCCAAAAGAAGGACAGUGACAAUUGGGUCCAUGUUACCACUAUCAAGGCUCUGGACUACACCGUCACUGAUCUGAUUGAGGGUGCUGAGUACAUUUUCCGCAUAAUGGCUGUCAAUGCAUCAGGAAGGAGUGACCCCCGUGAGAGCAGGCCUGCUGUUAUUAAAGAACAGACUUCUGCGCCUUCCUUUGACCUGCGUGGAGUCUAUCAGAAGACCGUCAUCGCAAAGGCAGGAGACCGUGUAAAGGUGGAGAUUCCUGUGCUUGGUAAACCAAGACCUCUUGUUUCUUGGAAGAAGGGUGACAUAGUACUCAAAGAGACACAAAGAAUAAACACUGAAACCACACUAACAUCAACUGUUCUCAAUAUCAAUGAAAUCAAGAGGACUGACGGGGGCCAGUAUUCCAUUACAGGAAAGAACAUGCUGGGGACAUUGACUGAGACAAUCACAGUCCUGGUCCAUGACAUCCCAGGCCCUCCUACUGGUCCCAUCAAGUUGGAUGAGGUCUCAUGUGAUUAUGUUCUCAUGUCCUGGGAGGCUCCCGAGAAUGAUGGUGGCGUUCCAAUCAACAACUAUAUUGUUGAGAUGCGAGAGACUACUGGUACUUCAUGGGUCGAGUUGGCAGCUACAGUGAUCAGAACCACAUUCAAAGCAGCCCGUCUCAACACUGGAACCCAAUAUCAGUUCCGUGUCAGAGCCCAGAACAGAUAUGGAGUUGGACCAUACCUUGUUUCAGAACCAGUUGUUGCUGCCUAUCCAUUUGAUGUGCCAGGACAGCCAGGUGUUCCUGUUGUCACAUCUUUCAACAAAGAUGCUAUGAGUUUGAGUUGGAAUGAACCUUCCUCUGAUGGAGGAAGUGCAAUCCUGGGCUAUCAUGUGGACAGAAAAGAGAAAAACAGUAUUCUUUGGCAAAGGAUCAGCAAAGCUCUUGUUGUGGGAAACAUUUUCAAAUCAACAGGUCUAGUUGAUGGAAUUGCGUAUGAACACCGUGUCACUGCUGAAAACAUGGCUGGUCUUAGCAAACCAAGCAAAGCCUCUGAUCCUAUGUAUGCAUUGGACCCUGUUGACCCACCAGGCAGGCCUGUGGCACUCAAUGUCACCAGACAUGAGGUGACAGUUUCAUGGACCAAACCAGAGGGAGAUGGUGGAUUUUCUAUCACUGGAUACACAGUCGAGAGAAGAGAGAUGCCAAAUGGACGCUGGCUUAAAGCCAACUUUAACAACAUCCAGGAAACGAUUUAUACAAUCAGUGGUCUGACUGAAGAUGCAACUUAUGAAUUCCGUGUGACUGCUAGAAACUCAGCUGGUUCCGUUAGUGCUCCAUCCCAGUCAUCUGAAGCAUUCACAUGCAGAGAUGACAUUGAAGAGCCCAGACUUGAUGUUGAUGCAUCAUAUAGCAGCAAUGUGGUUGUCAUGGCAGGAGAGAUUUUCAAGCUGGAAGCUAGUGUUACUGGCAGGCCAAUUCCAUCCCUGGUAUGGACCAAGGAAGGAAAGGAGCUUCAGGAUACAGCCAAGAUAGAGAUAAAAACAUCUGACUUCCACACAACUCUAACAAACAAAGAUUCUCUGAGGAGGGACGGCGGUUCCUUUAUUCUUACUGCCAGCAAUCCCGGUGGCUUUGCCAAGUUCACAUUCAAUGUCAAGGUGCUUGACAGACCUGGACCACCAGACUCUCUUACUGUCACUGAUGUUGCUGCUGAGAAAUGUGUUCUUAACUGGCUACAUCCUACACAUGAUGGCGGUGCCAAGAUCGAGUACUUCAUCAUUCAGAAGCGUGAGACCAGUAGGUUGGCAUGGACAAAUGUGGCGACAGACCUUCAGGCAAACAGGUUCAAGGUCACAAAGCUUCUAAAGGGCAAUGAGUAUAUCUUCAGAGUCAUGGCUGUUAACAAGUAUGGCAUGGGUGAACCCCUGGAGUCUGAACCUGUCAUUUGUACCAACCCCUAUGUCCCAAGUGAUUCACCACAUCAGCCCGAAGUCACCACCAUUACCAAGGACUCAAUGGUCGUCUGCUGGGAGCGCCCUGAACAUGAUGGAGGCAGCAGAAUAAACACAUACAUUAUUGAGAGAAGAGAUAAAACUGGCUUGCGCUGGGUGAAGUGCAACAAAAGGACAGUAACCGACCUGCGAUUCAAGGUCUCAGGCCUCACAGUAGGACAUGAGUAUGAAUUCAGAGUUCUUGCUGAAAACAAUGCUGGUCUGAGCCAGCCUAGUCCUUCAAGUCCAUUCUACAAAGCAGUAGACACCAUCUUCCAACCUGGUCCUCCAGGGAACCCCAGAGUACUUGACACAACCAAGUCCUCCAUCACCCUCACCUGGAAUAAACCUGUCUACGAUGGUGGUUCUGAAAUCACUGGUUACAUUGUAGAGACAUGCCUACCAGAGGAGGAUGAGUGGACUAUUCACACUCCCAAGAAGGGAUGGACAGCCACUUCCUUCACCAUCACCAACCUGAAGGAAAACCAAGAGUACAAAAUCAACAUUUGUGCCACUAAUUGUGAAGGAGUGGGUGAGCCUGCUGCUGUUCCUGGAACCCCGAAGGCCGAAGACAGACUGCUUCCUCCAGAAAUUGAACUUGGAGCAGAGCUGCGCAAGGUGGUCUGUAUCAGAGCCUGUAGCACAUUAAGACUGUUCGUCCCUAUUAAGGGAAGACCAGCACCUGAAGUGAAAUGGUCAAGAGAGCAUGGAGAAUCACUUGAUAAAGCCAACAUUGAAAUUACCCCUUCAUUCACUACUCUUCAGGUUGACAAUGUUGAUAGGUUUGAUGGAGGUAAAUACAUGGUGACUGUCGAGAAUGCAACAGGAAGCAAGACAGCCUAUGUCAAUGUUAGGGUGCUGGAUACUCCAGGAGCACCUCAGAAUCUGAUUGUCAAGGAGGUUACUAGAGAUUCAGUUUCCCUUAUUUGGGAUGCACCUCUCAUUGAUGGUGGCUCAAGAGUUCGCAACUACAUUGUGGAGAAGCGUGAGUCUACCAGAAAAGCUUACUCAACAGUGUGUGCCAGCUGCCAUAAGUCCAGUUGGAAAGUUGGAGAGCUGGAGGAAGGAAAGAUGUACUUCUUCAGAAUUCUGGCUGAGAAUGAAUAUGGCAUUGGCCUCCCUGUGGAGACUGUGGAACCAAUUAAAGUGUCAGAGAGGCCUCUACCACCAGGCAAGGUGUCCCUUUGUGAAGUAACCAGCAACAGUGUCACACUUAGUUGGGAAAAGCCUGACCAUGAUGGUGGAAGCAGAAUCACAGGCUAUAUAGUUGAAAUGCAGGGUAAAGGCAGUGAUAAAUGGAUUCAGGUUAUGGUGGUGAAAACCAAUAGAGCUCUUGUAAGUGGCCUUACUCAGGGAGAGGAAUACAUGUUCCGAAUCAUCUCCACCAAUGAAAAGGGAGUAAGCGACCCUCGUGCUCUCAGUGUUCCAGUUGUGGCCAAGGACUUGGUCAUCUCACCAACAUUCAAACUGUUAUUCAGCACAUUUAGUGUGCUAGCAGGAGAUGAUCUGAAGAUAGAUGUACCCUAUGCUGCCUGCCCCAAGGCUACAGCAACUUGGCUCAAAGAUGGUGUUGUUUUGAAGGAGACAACAAGAGUUAAUGCUGAAGCCACAGACAAAAAUCUUCUCCUGGUUAUUAAAGAUGCUUGCAGGGAUGAUGUAGGCACUUACACAAUUAAACUAACCAACACAGCUGGAGAGGCAUCCACAGACCUCAGUGUUGUUGUUCUAGAUAAGCCUGGUCCUCCAACUGGCCCAAUUAAAAUGGAUGAAGUCACAGCUGACAGCUUAGUCCUGUCCUGGAAUCCACCAGAGUAUGAUGGUGGUUGCGCCAUCAACAAUUAUAUUGUUGAGAAGAGAGACACAUCUACCACCAACUGGCAGAUUGUUUCAGCUACAGUGGCCAGAACAACUAUUAAGGCAGCCCGUCUGAGGACUGGAACUGAGUACCAGUUUAGGAUUGCUGCAGAGAAUAGAUAUGGCAAGUCCUCAGUUCUGCUCUCUGAUACCAUUGUUGCUCAGUAUCCAUUUGAGUUGCCCAGCCAACCUCGUUCUGUUGUGGUCCAGUCAGCAACUAAGGAGACAAUGGUGGUUGUGUGGGAGAAACCCAGUAAUGAUGGUGGAAGCAAAAUCUUGGGCUACCACUUAGAGCUCAAAGAAAGAAACAGUAUACUGUGGGUGAAACAGAACAAACAAAUCAUCCCAGAGACCAGAUUUAAAGUUGUUGGUCUUGAGGAGGGAAUUGAAUAUGAAUUCAGACUCUAUGCUGAAAACAUUGUUGGCCUUAGCAAAGCCAGCAAAGUGAGUGAUAUGCAAGUGGCCAGAGAUCCUUGUGACAGACCAGGAAAACCAGAGGCCGUCAUCGUAACAAGAAAUAAAGUCACUCUCAGAUGGACCAAACCCGAGUAUGAUGCGGGUAUUAAGAUCACAGGCUAUGUUGUUGAGAAGAAGGAAGGGACUGGACGCUGGAUGAAGGCCAGUUUCGCUAAUGUCAUUGAGACUGAAUUUCUGGUUACAGGAUUAACUGAAGAUCAAAUAUAUGAGUUCCGUGUCAUUGCCAGAAAUGCUGCUGGGGUCCUAAGCCUGCCAUCUGAUUCAACAGGAGCUAUUACUGCAAAGGAUGAGGUUGACCCACCAAAGAUUGAUUUGGAAGCUAAAUACUCACAGGCUGUAGUGCUAAAUGCUGGAGAGACAUUCAGGCUCGAGGCUGCUGUCUAUGGCAAGCCUGUGCCAACAAUACACUGGCUUAAGGAGGGCCAAGAGAUUACAGAGGCAGCUCGGUUAGAGCUCAAGAACACAGACUUUAUAGCUUGUCUAGUUGUUAAAGAAGCGAUCCGUGUUGAUGGAGGUCAGUAUACUCUGCUGGUCAAGAAUGUUGGAGGAGAGAAAUCUGUAAACAUUAAUGUCAAGGUCCUGGAUAGACCAGGUCCACCUGAAGGUCCCAUUUCCGUUUAUGGAGUCACCAGUGAGAAAUGCUCCAUUUCCUGGAAAUCACCCUUGCAAGAUGGCGGUAGCGAUGUUUCCCAUUACAUUGUUGAGAGGAGGGAAACCAGCAGACUGGUUUGGACUGUAAUUGAACAAAAAGUUCAGACACUAAAUCUAAAGAUCACAAAACUUCUUCCUGGUAAUGAGUACAUUUUCAGAGUGAUUCCAGUGAACAAAUAUGGAGUUGGUGAGCCUCUAGAAUCUGAGCCUAUGAUCGCAAGAAAUCCAUAUGUCACUCCCAACCCACCAACAGAGGUAGAAGUCUCCACGAUAACCAAAGACUCCAUGGUGGUGACCUGGGAGAGACCAACUCAGGAUGGUGGCAGCCCCAUCCAAGGAUACAUUGUUGAGAAACGUGAUAAAGAUGGCGUGAGGUGGACUAGGUGCAACAAGCGCACAGUGAGUGAGCUGCGCUUCAGAGUAACAGGGCUCCUGGAAAACCACAGCUAUGAAUUUAGAGUUGCUGCUGAGAAUGCUGCAGGUGUUGGCACACCUAGUGCACCAACAAUGUACUACAAAGCACUGGAUCCUAUAUUCAAAGCAGGCCCACCCAACAACCCCAAGGUGGUGGACUCAACUAGGUCCACUGUUUCCCUGACAUGGGGCAAACCCAUCUAUGACGGUGGCUGUGAGAUUCAGGCUUAUAUUGUUGAAGCCUGCAAUGGAGCAACCGAUGAGUGGUUUAUGUGCACUCCUCCAACUGGAAUCACAGAUACCAAGUUUACAGUGAGAAAGCUUCUGGAAAAGCACGAGUACCAAUUCAGAGUAUGUGCUAUCAACAAAGUUGGUGUUGGUGAGCAUGCUGAUGUUCCAGGAAAAAUUCUUCUUGAGGAAAAGCUUGAGGCCCCUGAUCUUGACCUGGAUAAUGAUAUGAGAAAGAUGAUAAAUAUCAGAGCAGCUUGCACUCUAAGGCUUUUCGUUCCUGUGAGAGGCCGUCCAGCCCCGGAGGUGAAAUGGGGCAAGGCUGAGGGUGAGAUUAAAGACACAGCCCUGAUUGACAAUACAGGCAGCUAUGCCUCACUUGUCAUUGAGAAUGUUGACAGAUUUGACAGCGGCAAGUAUACCUUGACUGCGGAAAAUGCCAGUGGGGCGAAGUCCGUCUUCAUCAGUGUUAGAGUCCUGGACUCACCUAGUCCACCAACUAACUUCAUAGUGAAAGAGAUUACCAAGAAUUCAAUCACUCUCACAUGGGAGCCCCCACUGCUUGAUGGUGGUUCAAAGAUUAAGCAUUAUAUUGUUGAGAAGCGAGAGAGUACCAGGAAAGUUUACUCUCCCAUCACCACCUGCAACAGGAUGUCAUGGAAGGUUGAGCCUCUUCCAGAGGGUGGAAUCUUCUUCUUCAGAGUCCUGGCUGAGAAUGAAUAUGGUGUGGGUCUUCCUGCUAAAACUAUAGAUCCAAUUAAAAUCUCUGAGAAGCCUCAGCCCCCUGGUAAAGUCAGUGUUGUUGAUGUAACUUGUAGCACUGUAACUCUAGCCUGGGAAAAGCCUGUAAAUGAUGGUGGCAGCAGGAUUAGUCACUAUGAAAUUGAACUUGCUCCUAAGGAUAGUGAGGCUUGGUCAUUGUGUGCUAGUGUGAAGGCAUUAGAAACUGUUGUUACAAACCUUCUCAAGGGAGAGGAGUACCAGUUCAGAGUUGUGGCUGUAAAUGAUAAAGGCAAAAGUGAACCUAGACAACUGGUUCAGUCAGUUGUAGCAAAGGACCUUGUUAUUGAGCCUGCGGUCAGGCCCAAAGUUAGCACCUACAGUGUCCAGGUGGGUUAUGAUCUAAAGAUAGAAGUCCCUAUUGCUGGGCAUCCAAAACCAACCAUUACUUGGACCAAGGAUGGAGCUGCCCUUAAGCAGACUACCCGAGUCAAUGUCACUGACUCGGCAAAUCACACCACUUUAACCAUUAAGGAUGCAACCAGAGAGGAUGGAGGCAUGUACAGCAUCAAUAUUGCAAAUACUCUUGGUUCAAAGGAUGCCACUAUUGAGGUGAUUACCCUUGACAGACCAGGACCACCAACAGGACCUGUCAAGGUGGAGGACAUCAGUGCUGAGAGUAUGACUCUUAGCUGGGAACCUCCGACAUAUACAGGAGGCUGUCCAAUCUCUAACUAUGUAGUGGAGAAGAGAGACACAACCACUACUAACUGGUUAGUUGUAUCUGCCACUGUGGCCAGAACCACGCUUAAAGUAAGCAAUCUGAAGACAGGUGCUGAAUAUCAGUUCAGAAUCUAUGCCGAGAAUAGAUAUGGAAAGAGUUAUGCAAUUGACUCAGAGCCUGUAUUGGCACAGUAUCCAUUCCAGGAGCCUGGCCCACCAGGAACACCAUUUGUCUCUUCAUACUCAAAAGACUAUAUGGUUGUUGACUGGCACAAACCUCCAUCUGAUGGCGGCAGUGUCAUCUUGGGCUACCAUCUUGAGAGGAAAGAAAAGAACAGUAUUCUCUGGACCAAGAUAAACAAAAUGCUUAUCCAAGACUGCAGGUUCAAAUCUACUCCUCUUGAGGAAGGCAUUGAGUAUGAAUACAGAGUCUAUGCUGAGAAUAUCGUUGGCAUUGGAAAAUGCAGCAAAGUGUCUGAGGUUUAUGUGGCCCGUGACCCUUGUGAUCCUCCUGGACAUCCUGAGGCUGUGAUUGUGACUAGGCAUUCAGUCAAGCUGAGAUGGACCCCUCCAACAUAUGAUGGAGGAAGCUUAGUUACUGGCUAUGUAGUGGAAAAACGUGACCUACCUGAGGGAAAGUGGAUGAAGGCUAGCUUUGCAAAUGUCAUUGAACAUGAAUUUACAGUCACAGGCCUGGCAGAGGAAAGUAAAUAUGACUUCAGGGUAAUUGCAAGGAAUGCAGCUGGUGCUGUCAGCAAGCCCUCUGAAAACACAGGAUCCAUCACUGCCAAGGAUGAGGUUGAACCACCCAAGUGUGAGACAGAUCCUAUGUACAACCAGACCCUUGUAAUAAAUGCCGGAGAGAGUUUCAGUCUAGAGGCUAGUGUGGAAGGAAAGCCCAUUCCUACAGCUCAGUGGUUCAGGGGAAGUGUUGAAGUGGAAAAUUCGGCAAGAGCUGAGAUCAAAAACACAGAUUUUAAGGCUUUGCUAGUUGUUAAGGAUGCCAUUAGAGUGGAUGGUGGACAGUACACACUUGUUCUUACUAAUGUUGCUGGAACUAAGACUGUACCAUUCAGUGUGAAGGUGCUGGACAGACCAGGUCCCUCAGAGGGACCUCUUACUGUCAGCAAUGUGACUGAGGAGAAGUGUUCACUGUCAUGGCUGCCACCCAGGCACGAUGGAGGAGCUAGCAUUUCUCACUACAUUAUACAGAAACGAGAAACCAGCCGUUUAGCAUGGACUGUGGUUUCCAGCGACUGUGGAGCUACCAUGUUCAAGGUUACAAAACUGUUGAAGGGCAAUGAAUACAUUUUCAGAGUCAUGGCUGUCAACAAAUACGGUGAGGGAGAACCUCUUGAAUCAGUACCAGUUAUCAUGAGGAAUCCAUUUGUUCCUCCUGGCUCACCACAUGAGCUUGAGAUCACUAACAUUACCAGGGACUCCAUGACUGUCUGCUGGAACCGUCCUGAAGCCACAGGAGGCAGUGAGAUUGUUGGUUACAUUGUUGAGAAGAGAGACAGAGCUGGAGUGAGGUGGACCAAGUGCAACAAACGCAGGGUGACAGAUCUGCGUUUCAGAGUUACCGGAUUGACUGAGGACCAUGAAUAUGAAUUCAGGGUUUCUGCUGAGAAUGCAGCUGGAGUAGGUCAACCAAGCCCAGCUACAUCCUACCUCAAAGCCUGUGACCCCACCUUUGAACCAGGCUGUCCUACCAAUGCACAGUUGGUAGACACAUCUAAAGACUCCAUUACUGUGUCCUGGCAUCGACCUAUCUAUGAUGGUGGUUGUGAGAUUCAAGGAUAUGCUGUGGAAAUUACAAAGGCUGAUGAAGAAGAGUGGGCUAUUUGCACACCACCAUCUGGAGUCAAUGCUACCAAGUUUAGAAUCACCAAGUUGAUAGAGCACCAGGAAUACAAGGUGCGUAUAUGUGCUAUCAACAAGCUUGGUGUUGGUGAACCCACUGAGAUUCAGGGAGUUUUGAAACCUUUGGAUAAGAUUGAUUCUCCAGAGGUGAUACUUGAUUCAGAGCUCAGGAAAGGAAUAGUUGUUUGGGCGGGAGGCUCAAUGAGAAUCUGCAUUCCAUUCAAGGGUCGUCCAACUCCUGAGAUCAGCUGGGCAAAGGAGGAUUCAGAACUUCCCAGUAAAGUUCAAGUAGAGACAGGUGAAGAUUACACACAGCUCUCCAUUGACAUCUGUGACAGAUAUGAUGCUGGAAAAUACAUCAUUAACUUGGAAAAUAGCGCUGGGAAAAAGUCAGCCUUUGUCUCUGUUAAAGUUCUGGACACUCCAGGGGCUCCUCUGAAUCUAACUGUAAAAGAUAUUAAGAGGGAAAGUGUCACUCUGACAUGGGAGCCUCCUCUUAUUGAUGGUGGUGCAAGAAUCAAGAACUACCUGGUUGAAAAGCGUGAGGCCAACAGGAAGGUUUACUCUAAUGUGGACAACAAGUGCACAAAAACAAGCUACCGCAUCACUGGACUCACUGAGGGAGUUAUUUACUAUUUUAGAGUGUUAGCAGAGAACGAGUUUGGUGUGGGAAAGGCAGUGGAGACACAGGACGCAGUGAGGACCUCUGAGCCUCCUCUACCUGUGGGUAAAGUCACCUUGACUGACGUGACCAAAACAACUGCUUCACUCUCAUGGGAGAAGCCUGACCAUGAUGGAGGCAGCAGGAUCAUGGGCUACUACAUUGAGAUGCAGCCUGUGGGCUCAGAAGAAUGGGUGGUGGCUACAAUAGCAAAAACCUGUGAGGGAACUGUCACUGGGCUAAGUGCAGGACAUGAGUACCUUUUCAGAGUUUCAGCUUUCAAUGAGAAGGGCAAGAGUGAUCCCAGGCCUUUGGCAGCAACAGUCACUGCUAAAGAUGUAACUAUUGAACCCAGAUUCAAGAUGGCAUUCAAUACUUACAGUUUACAGCAAGGACAGGAUCUGAAAAUUGAGAUUCCAGUGAUUGGACGCCCUGUUCCCAAGGUUGAAUGGAAAAAGGAUGGACAUGCUAUAAAAGAGACAACUAGACUAAAUGUAUCCAGCACAUCAUCAUCUACCAAGCUGACCAUCAAGGAUGCAAAUAAGGAAGACUCUGGCAAAUACACCAUUACAGCUACCAGCAAUAUUGGAACAGCUACUGAGGAGAUUACUGUUAUUAUUCUUGAAAAGCCUGGACCACCUAAAGGCCCUAUAAAGAUUGAGGAGGUGAGCUCAAAUUAUGUCACACUCUCCUGGGAGCCACCAGAGUACACUGGAGGUUGUCAGAUCAACAACUACAUUGUGGAGAAAAGAGACACCACCACAACCGCAUGGCAGAUUGUCUCUGCUACUAUUGCCAGGACAACCAUCAAAGUCAGCAAUUUAAAGACUGGAGUUGAGUAUCAAUUCCGAGUGGCUGCUGAGAAUAGAUAUGGAAAGAGUUCUGCUAUUGUCUCCCCAGCUGUUAUUGCUCAGUAUCCAUUCAGUGAGCCCGCUGCUCCAGGAACGCCAGCUGUAUCUGCUGCAACUAAGGAUAACAUGGUUGUUGAAUGGAAAGUUCCCAACAAUAAUGGAGGUAGCCCCAUUCUAGGUUAUCACCUCGAGAGAAAAGAAAAGAACAGCCUCUUAUGGACUAAGCUUAACAAGCUUCUAAUCCCAGAAACGCGUUACAAGACUACAGAGCUGGAAGAAGGUAUUGAGUAUGAAUUUAGAGUUUAUGCUGAGAAUAUUGCUGGCCUUAGCCCAGUUAGCAAGGUCUCUGAUAGCACAGUAGCCAGGGAUCCCUGUGAUCCACCAGGCACUCCUGAGGCUAUUGACAUCACUAGAAACCAUGUGACACUCCAGUGGACUAGACCUCAGUAUGAUGGAGGAAGUGCGAUCACUGGGUAUGUGAUUGAGAGGAAGAAGCACCCAGAUACCCGCUGGAUGAAGGCCAGCUUCACUAACAUCAUUGAUACUCAGUUUACACUAACUGGUCUGACUGAGGAUUGUGUGUAUGAAUACAGAGUUAUUGCCAGAAAUGCUGCCGGUAUUUACAGCCGUCCUUCAAUGGGAACAGGAGAAAUUACUGCCAAAGAUGAAAUUGAGGCUCCAGGAGCCACUAUGGACUCUAAAUUCAAAGAUCUGACUAUUGUUAAUGCUGGUGAGACAUUUGUCAUUGAUGCUGACUAUACUGGCAAGCCUCUGCCUGAGGUCAUCUGGUUAAAGGAUGGAAAGGAGAUUGACCAAACAACACCAAGAAUGGAGGUCAAAACUUCAAUUACACGUACCAUCCUGACAGUCAAGGACUGCAUCAGAGUAGAUGGUGGCCACUUUGUCCUCAAACUUGUAAAUGUGGGUGGAGUCAAGAUGGUCCCAGUUAAUGUUAAAGUUCUUGAUAGACCUGGUCCUCCAGAUGGCCCUCUAGAAGUCAAAGGAGUCACAGCUGAAAAAUGUUAUAUCCACUGGAACCAUCCCUCACAUGAUGGUGGAGCGAGCAUCUCUCAUUACAUAAUUGAGAAAAGAGAGACCAGUCGUUUGUCAUGGACCGUGGUUGAGCCAAAGAUACAGGCUAUCAGCUACAAAAUCACUAAACUGCUGCCUGGCAAUGAGUACAUCUUUAGAGUCACUGCCGUGAAUAAAUAUGGCGUUGGUGAGCCUUUAGAAUCUGAUCCUGUUAUUGCACGUAAUCCGUUUACUACUCCCAGCGCGCCAUCCACUCCAGAGCCAAGUGCUAUUACUAGGGACUCCAUUGUACUUACAUGGGAGAGACCAGAAGAAAAUGGAGGAGCUGAGAUUGAAGGAUAUGUUCUUGAAAAACGUGAUAAGGAUGGCAUUAGAUGGACUAAGUGCAACAAGAAGAGGCUGAGUGACCUGAGAUUUAGAUGUUCUGGUCUAACAGAGGGCCACUGCUAUGAAUUCAGGAUCUCAGCAGAAAAUGCUGCUGGUGUUGGUAAGCCUAGCGCUCCAACCGAAUACAUCAAGGCCUGUGAUGCAACUUAUCCACCAGGACCUCCAAACAACCCCAAAGUCACGGACCAUUCUAGCACUACAGUUUCUCUGUCCUGGUCUAGGCCAAUAUAUGAUGGUGGAGCACCAAUCCAAGGAUAUAUUGUUGAAACGAAGGAGGCAGCUGAUGAUGAGUGGGUCAUUUGCACAUCACACACUGGUGUCCAGACCACACACUACACAGUAAAAAGACUUAAAGAGAAUGCAGAGUACAACUUCCGCAUUUUUGCUCUUAACUGCGAAGGAGUAGGAGAGCAUGUUGACCUACCUGGAUCUGUGAUCGCUGCAGAGAAGCUGGAGGCUCCUGAAAUCGAAUUAGAUUCUGACCUGAGAAAGAUGGUCAAUGUUCGUGCCACUGCCACUUUACGUUUGUUUGUGCCGAUCAGAGGAAAGCCUGAGCCUGAGGUCAGAUGGUCAAAAGCUGAUGGCACUUUGAAUGAACGUGCCCAGAUUGAGGUCACAAGCUCUUACACAAUGAUACUGAUCGAGAAUGUUGACCGAUUCGACACUGGUAAAUAUGUGCUGUCCCUUGAGAACCUCAGUGGGUCUAAGUCAGCCUUCAUCAAUGUCAGAAUUCUUGACUCUCCAAGUGCUCCUAUCAAUCUGGAGGUUAAGGAUGUAAAGAGAAAUUCUGUCUCUCUUUCUUGGGAACCCCCUCUCAUUGAUGGUGGGGCUAAGAUAUCACACUAUAUUGUGGAGAAGAGAGAGCAGAAGAGAAUGGCUUUCACCAGUGUUUGCACCAACUGUGUAAGAAACUCUUACAUUAUUUCCGAUCUGCAGGAGGGAGGACGCUACUAUUUCCGUGUGUUAGCCGUAAAUGAGCUGGGAGUAGGUCUGCCUGCCUCCACAGAUCAAGUGAAGGUGUCUGAGGCUCCUUUGCCUCCUGGUAAGAUAGUCUUAGUUGAUGUGACUCGUCAUACUGUUACCCUUUCUUGGGAAAAACCUGAUUAUGAUGGAGGCAGCAAAAUUACAAACUAUAUUGUGGAGAUGCAGCCCAAGGGAGAUGACAAAUGGACGACAUGCAGUGAAGUCAAAGCACUGGAAGCUACUGUUGAUGGACUUGCAACUGGAGAGGAAUAUUCCUUCAGGGUAUUUGCUGUAAAUGAUAAAGGCAGAAGUGAUGCCAAGCCUCUAGCUAACCCUGUGGUGGUGAAGGACAUCACAAUGGCGCCUACAAUUAAGUUGGUGUUCAACACCUACAGUGUAAAGGCAGGUGAUGACCUGAAGAUUGACAUUCCCUUCAAAGGAAGACCUGAUCCUGAGGUUUCCUGGAAAAAGGAUGGCAAUGCACUUAAACAGACAACAAGGGUCAAUGUUCUUACAUCCAAAACCUCAUCCAAGAUUUUCAUCAAAGAUGCUACUAAGGAGGAUGUAGGAAAGUAUGAGAUUACUCUGACCAACUCAGUUGGCACCAAGACAGCUGAAGUCUCAGUUGUAAUCUUGGAUAAACCUGGUCCACCCAGCAACAUUAAGUUUGAUGAGGUGAGCGCUGACUUCAUGUCUCUAUCUUGGGAUGCUCCAAGUUAUGAUGGUGGAUGCCAGAUUAACAACUACGUGGUGGAGAAGAGAGACACCACUACAACCACAUGGCAAAUAGUUUCAGCCACAGUAGCCAGGACUUCAAUCAAGGUGUCUCGUCUCAUUCAGGGAGUAGAAUACCAGUUCCGCAUUGCAGCUGAGAACCGUUAUGGUAAGAGUUCUGCCAUUGACUCAGCUCCUGUUAUUGCUCAAUAUCCUUUCGAGCCUCCUGGCCCUCCAACCAAUCUUCAUGUUGCUCAUGCUACCAAGUAUGGCAUGCUCGUGCAAUGGGGCAAGCCUGCAAGUGAUGGUGGAAGCCCUGUUAUUGGUUAUCAUAUAGAAUGCAAAGACCAAAGCAGUAUCUUAUGGACCAAGGUGAACAGAGGUCUUCUGACUGAAAACCAGUUUAAGAUGACAGGAAUAGAAGAGGGACUGUUUUAUCACUUCAGAGUCUAUGCUGAGAAUAUUGCUGGCAUUGGUCCAUGCACUAAGGCUUGUGACUCUGUGGCAGCAAGGGAUCCAUGUGCACCUCCAUGUAACCUUCGAGUCACCAACAUUACUCGUACCUCAGUUUCCCUCUUCUGGGAAAAGCCAGAGUAUGAUGGUGGAACAAAAAUGACUGGCUACAUUGUUGAACGCAUGGAACUUCCCAAUGGCCGCUGGCUGAAAUGCAACUUCACAAAUUUGCAAGAUACCUACUAUGAUGUCACAGGCCUUACAGAAGAUGUCCAAUAUGAUUUCCACAUCAUUGCCAAGAACUCUGCAGAGCAGAUGAGUGCUCCAUCUGAGAACACUGGUCCUAUCACAGUCAAGGAUGAUAUAGACCCUCCAACUAUUAUUCUUGAAGAUAAGUUCAGACAGCUGGUUGUCAUUAAGGCUGGAGAGAUCAUUCAAAUUGACGCUGAAAUCACAGGCCGUCCACUCCCAGUUGUUUCAUGGUCUAAAGAUGGGAAGGAAAUUGAGGCCAAGGCCAGGUGUGAAAUAACCUCAACCAACUUCACAACAUCACUGGUUGUCAGAGACACUAUCAGGAAGGACUCUGGUCAGUAUGUCCUGACCCUGCACAAUGUUGCAGGGACAAGAUCUGUAGCUAUAAAUUGUAAGGUUCUUGACCGACCUGGACCUGCCUCAGGUCCUCUGGCAGUGUCUGGCCUCACAGCAGAGAAAUGCACCCUAACAUGGGGACCUCCUCAGGAGAAUGGUGGUGCUGAAAUAAUGCAUUACAUUGUGGAGAAAAGAGAGACCAGUCGCCUUGCCUGGACUCUUGUUCAUGGUGACAUGAAGGCAACCACCUGUAAAGUGACCAAGUUGCUUAAAGGAAAUGAGUACAUCUUUAGAGUCAGGGGAGUCAACAAAUAUGGGGAUGGUGAGGCCCUGGAGAGUGACCCAAGAAAGGCCAUGGAUCCAUUUACUGUGCCUGCAGCUCCGACUAAUGUUCAGGUAACUUCAGUUACCAGUGAGGCAAUGACCAUCUGUUGGGAAAGACCUGUUUCUGAUGGUGGCAGCAGUAUCGCUGGCUAUGUCAUUGAAAAGCGGGAGAAGACUGGCCUUCGCUGGUGCCGUGUACAUAAGAAACCUGUUUAUGACCUUAGAGUCAAAGCAUCUCACCUUCGUGAUGGAUGUGAGUAUGAGUACAGAGUCUUUGCAGAGAACUCUGCUGGCCUCAGUGCUCCAAGCACUCCUUGCCCACUUACCAAGGCUGAAGACCCACAGUUCCUGCCAUCACCUCCUGCUAAGCCUAAGCUCAUUGACUCAACAAAGACCACAGUCACCCUGUCAUGGAAUAAGCCACUGUUCGAUGGUGGAGCACCUGUGACUGGUUACAGAGUAGAGUACAGGAUGUCAAUGGAUGAUGAAUGGUUUGUUGGAGUCCAAAACACCAAAAACACAGAAUUUACAGUGGUGGGAUUGACACCUGGGGCUGAGUAUGUGUUUGUUGUCAAGUCCAUUAACAAGAUUGGAGUCAGUGAGCCCAGUCCUGAGUCAGACAAACAAGUUGCCAAAGAAAAAGCCGAAGAGCCAGUCUUUGACAUCAGUAAUGACAUGAGGAAGACUCUUAUUGUAAGAGAUGGAAGCUCAUUUACCAUGACAGUACCUUUCAGGGGCAAACCCAUUCCCAACGCUACAUGGACUAAGCCCGAUGUUGACCUUAGAGUCCGUGCUGUCAUUGAUACUACAGACACCUUCACCUCUAUUACCUUAGAGAAAGCAACUCGCAAUGAUUCAGGAAAAUACACUGUCACCUUGUCCAGCGUAGCCGGAACCUCCUCCUUGACACUCAAUGUCAGAGUCCUAGAUUCCCCUGGACCUCCUGCUAAUGUAGAGGUGAAGGACGUGACCAAGUCCUCUGCUACUGUAACCUGGGACACACCUGAGAAUGAGGGAGGAGGACCAGUCAAGAACUACCUCAUUGAUAUUCGUGAAGCAAGCAAGAAAGGCUGGACAAGAUUGACUGACACAUGCCACAGACUCACAUACAAGGUGACAGAAUUGCCAGAGGGAGGAGUCUACUACUUCAGAGUGACAGGCGAGAAUGAGUAUGGUGUUGGUGUUCCUGCAGAGACCAAGGAGGGAACAAAGAUCUCAGAGAAACCAAGCCCACCACCAAAACUGGGCGUAACUGAUGUUGCCAAGGAGAGUGUGUCCCUGGCCUGGGCCAAACCAGAACAGGACGGAGGCAGCAGAAUCACUGGCUACCUAGUGGAAGCUCUGGAGAAAGGCCAGGAGAAGUGGGUUAAGUGUGGAACAACCAAGUCCAUACACUUAACAGUGUCUGGUCUGAGGGAGAAUGCUGAGUACUUCUUCAGAGUAAAAGCUGAGAACAUUGCUGGGUUCAGUGAUGCUAAGGAAAUGGUCACCCCUGUUCUGCUCAAAGAUCAGCUUGAAUCUCCUGAGAUCAACAUGAAGGACUUCCCCCACAACACAGUAUAUGUAAGAGCCGCCUCCACUCUCAAGUGUGAGAUCCCCCUUACAGGCAAGCCUUUGCCUAAAGUCACCAUGUCCAAGGAUAAUGUGCUGCUCAAGUCAACAAUGAGGUUCAACUAUGAAGUUACCCCUGACAGCAUCAAGAUCACUGUGCGAGAGAGCAUAGCUGGAGACUCAGGACGCUACAAUAUCACUGCCUCCAACUCCACUGGCACAACCAAGUCCUUUGUAAAUAUUGUGGUUCUGGAUCGCCCAAGUGCCCCUGUUGGACCUGUGGAACUGUUUGAUGUCACAGAAGACAGCGUUAGUCUGAAUUGGCUUCCACCAGCAUAUGAGGGUGGCAGUCCCAUCACCAACUACAUCAUCCAGAAGAGAGAAACAACCACAGCCAACUGGAUGGAUGUCUCUUCAGCUGUAGCCCGCUGCACGAUGAAGAUCAUGAAGCUGACCACUGGCUUGGAGUACCAGUUCAGAGUCAGAGCUGAGAACAAAUAUGGAAUCAGUGAGCACAUUGAUUCACCUACUGUCACUGUCAGCCUUUCUUACACUACUCCUGAUGCUCCUUCGACUCCUGUCAUCACUGCUGUAACGAGGGAAACAAUCACUGUUGCCUGGAAGGAGCCCAAGUCAGAUGGAGGAAGUCAUGUGUUUGGCUACCAUCUCCAGAUGAAAGACAGGAACAGCAUCCUUUGGCAAAGAGUCAACAAAACGGUGAUCCGAGCAACACAUUACAAGGUCACCAACAUCAACGCUGGACUUAUUUAUGAGUUUAAGGUUGCAGCAGAGAAUGCUGCUGGAAUCAGUGCCUUCAGUAAGGUUUCUGAUGCAGUACUGGCUAUUGAUGCAUGUGAGCCACCCAUCAACUUGCGCAUCAGUGACAUCACCAAGAACUCUAUAAGCCUAGCCUGGCAGAAGCCCAACUUCGAUGGCGGAUCCCCCAUCACAGGAUACAUCAUCGAGAAGAAAGAAGGCGUCAGUACCAGGUGGUCCAAGACUAACCUCACUAAUGUCACAGAGUGCCGCUUUACUGUGACUGGCCUCACCCAGGAUGAGACUUAUGAAUUUAGAGUCAUGGCAAGGAAUGCCGUUGGCUCAGUCAGCAACCCUUCUGUGACUGCUGGACCAGCAACAUGUGUAGACACCUACGGUGCCCCAGAGAUUGAAUUAUCCCAAGAGUACCUCAACGAGGUCAAGCACAGGGCUGGCUCUGAUGUUGAGCUCAUGUUCAAUAUCACCGCCAAACCUGCUCCAACCAUCGAGUGGUUUAAGGAUGGCAGAGAGCUUAAGCCCUCCGCCCAGCUCUCUUUCAGACAUACAUUUGAGUCUACCAGUUUGUUCCUAAAGGACACUAGUCGUUUGAACUCUGGAACCUAUGAGGUCAAGGUGAAGAACUCCCUGGGAUCUGCAUUUGCCAUAGUCAGGCUGCUCAUUCAAGACAAGCCAGGCCCCCCUGCUGGUGAUAUACAGUUCAAGAAGGUGAAAGCUGACAACAUAACCAUCAUGUGGUCCCCACCUGCUGAUGAGGGCGGUGCCAUGGUUACACAUUACAUUGUGGAAAAGAGAGAGACCAGCAGAGUUAUGUGGUCCAUUGUCUCAGAAAAACUGGUGGACUGCAUUGUAAAUGUACCCAGGCUCAUUCAGGGCAACGAGUACAUCUUUAGAGUCCGUGGAGUCAACAAGUAUGGCAUUGGAGAUCCACUUGAGUCUGAGCCUGUUAUUGCCAAGAACGCGUUUGUUCCUCCCAGUGAGCCUUCAAAGCCUACAGUGACUAUGAUCACCAAGUCUGCCAUGACAGUGAUCUGGGAAAGACCAGCACUGGAUGGAGGAAGUGAUCUUGAUGGCUACUACCUGGAGAAGAGGGAGAAGAAGAGUCUGCAGUGGUUCAAGGUGGUGAAGGGCACCAUUAGAGACACCAGGCAAAAAGUCCCCAAUUUGGUGGAGAACAACGAGUACCAGUACAGAGUUUGUGCUGUUAACAAAGCUGGAGCAGGAAACUAUUCUGAGUGCUCUGACUUCUUCAAGGCCUAUGACCCCAUUGAUUUGCCUGGUGAGCCAUCCAAGUUGCGUGUGGUUGACUCCACAAAGACCUCCAUCACUCUUGGCUGGGAGAAGCCUGUGUAUGAUGGUGGCAGUGAAAUCACACACUACCUUUUGGAACAGAUGAACACAGAGGAAAAAGAAUGGGUUACAACAAACCCUAAGGUCAAAACCUGCGAGUAUGUGAUAUCCCACCUCAAACCUGGAACCUACUACUUCUUCAGAGUUUCCGCUGUGAACUGCAAAGGCAAAGGAGAAGAUAUUAAGAUGUACCAGCCGGUGCAAGCCAAAGAUAUCUUGGAGGAAGCCGAUUUGGACUUGGACGUGCCCAUGACGACUCAGUACACAGCCAGGGCUGGCCGUGACGUUGUAGUGUUUAUCCCCUUGAAGGGACGACCUGCCCCCAAUGUCACUUGGCGGCGUGGUGAUCGCAACAUGGCUGGUGACAACCGCUACACCAUUACCAGCAAUGAGCGAGCGACAACCCUCCUCAUUCCCAAAGUCACCCGCGAUGACUGUGGCAAAUACUUACUGGAGAUUGAAAAUGGCGUUGGGGAAUCCAAGAUAAUUACUGUGUCCCUUAAGGUGCUUGACAGUCCAUCAACUUGCCAGAAACUGAUAAUCAAGAAUGUGACAAGAGGAAGGCUGACCCUCAGUUGGGAGGCUCCUCUCGUCGAUGGUGGUUCCCCUGUUUCUAAUUACAUUGUUGAGAAGAAAGCCUCAACAAUGAAGGCAUAUCAGGUCAUAACCAACGAGUGUGCCAACACAUCCUACAAAGUGUCAGGCCUGGAGGAGGAUGUAGCUUACUUCUUCCGUGUGUCUGCUGAAAACGAGUAUGGUGUGGGCGAUACUUGUGAAACCACUGAGCCUGUGAGAGCUGCAGAAACUCCAGGAGCUGUUAAAGACUUGGUUAUGGUGGAUGCCACAAAUAAAUCUGUCACCCUAAAGUGGACCAGACCUGACCAUGAUGGUGGAAGCUACAUCACUGAGUACAUCAUUGAAAAGAGAACCAAGGAAGACCCCAACUGGACUUUGGGUGCAACAUGCAAGCGCUGCAGCUGUGAGGUCACAGGACUCAAGGAGAAUGCUGUCAUGGACUUCAGAGUCGUAGCCAAAAAUGAGAAGGGCAACAGUGACUUCUCCCAAAUUGGUCCAAUCACAGUGGUGGACUUUAUCAUUCCACCUGAGGCCAGCCUAAUGGACUACCCCAAUGGAGAGCUUGCUGUUCGUAUUGGUCAGAACAUCCACAUUGAGUUGCCCUUCAAGGGUAAACCAAGACCAGUUAUUAGCUGGCUAAAGGAUAACUUGCCCCUGAAGGAAGGCGAGAAGGUUCGCUUUAGGACCACAGACAACAAGACUGCAGUCACAGUCAGAGGAGCCAAGAAGGAGCAUGCCGGCCAGUACACUUUGGUUUUGGACAACAGAACAAUCAAAAACUACUUUGACAUUAAUGUGAUCACUCUGGGACCACCCUCAGUGCCUGUUGGCCCCAUCCGCUUUGAUGAGAUCAAAGCUCAGAGUAUUAUCAUCUCCUGGGAUGAGCCGAAGGAAGAUGGAGGUGGCGAGAUUACCUGCUACAGUGUGGAGAAACGUGAAACAUCCCAGGCCAACUGGAAGAUGGUCUGCUCCAGUGUUGUCAGGACCACUUUUAAGAUUCCCAACCUGGUUAAGGGAACUCAGUACCAGUUAAGAGUCCGUGCAGAAAACAAGUAUGGUGUCAGUGAAUCACUCAACUCAUCUGAGAUUGUUGCCCAGCAUCAGUACAAACCUCCAGGUCCUCCAGGAAAGCCAGUGGCCUUCAAUGUCACUAGUGAUGGAAUGACCAUCAAGUGGGAGGGCCCAGGCUUUGAUGGGGGAUCCCCAAUUUUGGGCUAUCAUGUUGAGAAGAAGGACAGAAACAGCCUUUUGUGGCAGAAGGUGAACUCCACCAUCAUCUCCAACAAAGAGUACAGGAUGAUUGGUCUCAUUGAGGGUCUGGAGUACUCUUUCAGAGUCUAUGCUGAGAACAAUGCAGGACUUAGCCCUGUUAGUGAACAGAGCAAACAUGCACUUGCUAUCUCCCCUGUUGAUCCACCUGGCAACCCUGUCUGCAUUGAUGUGACCAGAGACUCAGUCACCCUGCAGUGGGACAUUCCCAAGAGAGAUGGUGGCAGCAAAAUUGUUGCCUAUAGUGUGGAGAGGCGUCAAGGAAGAGGAAAAUGGCUGAGGUGCAACUUCACUGAUAUUAGUGAGACUCAGUUCACUGUGACUGGACUGUCUGCUGGAGACAGAUUUGAGUUCAGAGUGAUUGCCAGGAAUGCUGUGGGCACAGUCAGUCCACCAUCUAAUUCCUCUGGAUACAUUAUGACCAAAGAUGAAAGCAUUACCCCUGAAAUUGAGUGGUCUCCAGACCAGGUGCUCACUCUGAGGGCCGGUGAACAUGUUAAGCUCGGCUGCAGCAUCACUGGACGACCUGUCCCCCAGGUUGUUUGGUAUAAGGAUGGCAAAGAAAUUGACAAGAGAACCAUGAUUGACAUUGAGAUUACCACUGGCAUUGGCACCAGCAGUCUCUUCAUCCGUGAUGCUGACAGGAACCAUCGUGGCAUUUACACUGUAGAGGCCAAGAACAAAUCUGGUGUCAGGAAGUCUGAUGUCAACGUCAGAGUCCAAGAUACCCCUGGACCUGUUAAAGGGCCUAUCCGUUUUACCGGCAUCACAGCUGAGAAGUGCACCGUGUGGUGGAAUCCACCAGAGAACGAUGGCUGUGCUGCUAUCACCCACUAUGUGGUGGAGAAGAGGGAGACAUCCAGGAUCUCCUGGGCUAUGGUCACUUCCAAAUGUGAAGCCUGUUCUUACAAUGCUACAAACCUCAUCAAGGGCAAUGAGUACCAAUUCAGAAUCUCUGCUGUCAACAAGUUUGGUGUCGGCAAACCACUGGACUCUGAUCCUAUCAUCGCACAGAUGCAAUACACUGUUCCUGAUGCCCCUGGCACCCCAGAUUCCACUCAUGUGACUGGUAACAGUAUCACCGUGUGCUGGACCAGGCCAAGGUCUGAUGGAGGCAAUGAGAUCAAACAUUACAUCCUUGAGAGGAGAGAGAAGAAGAGCCUUCGCUGGGUAAAGGUUUCUUCCAAGCGUCCCAUAACAGAGCUGAGACACCGUGUCAUUAACCUCACUGAAGGCAAUGAAUACGAGUUCCGCGUGAUGGCUGAAAAUGGUGCUGGCGUUGGACCAGCCAGCAGUACCUCCAGGCUCUUCAAAUGCAGAGAGCCAACCAGUGCUCCCAGUGCUCCAACACUUAUCAAGGUUAUUGACUCCACCAAGUCCUCUGUCACACUGGAAUGGACCAAGCCAGUCUUUGAUGGUGGCUUGGAAAUCAUUGGUUACAACAUUGACAUGUGCAAGGCCAGUCUGGAGGAGUGGCACAGAGUCAACAACCAGAUUUGUAUCCACACUAAGUACACUACUAAGGGCUUGGUGCCUGGAGAAUUGUACAAGUUCAGGGUCAGUGCUGUAAACGGAUCUGGAGAGGGCGAAGCCUCAGUGUUGUCCAACGCUGUUCAGUCUCUUGAUAGACUUACAUCUCCUGAGAUCGAGAUUGACGCCAACUUCAAGCAGACUCACAUUGUGAAGAAUGGUGGCACUGUCACGCUCUCAGUUUCAUUCUGCGGAAAACCCGCUCCCCUUGCCACCUGGUCUAAGAUAGAUGGCGAGCUGCCUGUCAUGGGAGAUAUACACACCUCAGAUUCUUCCUCUACUCUGACUAUCGAAGGCUGUACCAGGUAUGAGGCUGGCAAAUACACCCUGUUUCUGGAGAACAACAGUGGGCGUAAGUCCAUCACAUUCACUGUCAAAGUGCUAGACACACCUGGACCUCCAGGAGCCAUAACUUUCAAAGAUGUUACCCGUGGGGCCUUGACAAUGAUGUGGGAUGCCCCCACAAAUGAUGGUGGAGCUCGGAUUCACCACUAUAUUGUGGACAAGCGCGAGGCCAGCCGUCUGGCCUGGCAGGAGGUCAGCACAAAGUGCUCUCGCCAGAUAAUCAGGGUGACUGGUCUGGAUAUUGGUGUGCCUUAUCUCUUCAGGGUGAUUGCUGUUAACCAGUAUGGCCAGGGAGAAGCCCAUGAGAUGUCAGAGCCUGUCAUUGCCACAGAAGAACCCGCACCACCCAAGAGACUAGAUGUUGUUGACACCAGCAGUUCCUCAGCUUUCCUGGUGUGGUUGAAGCCUGAACAUGAUGGAGGCAGCCGCAUUAGAGGCUACAUCGUUGAAUUCAGAGCUAAAGGCAGUGACCGCUGGGUGGUUGGUGGUGAGAGUAAGUCUAUGAAGAUGCUGGUUGAUGGUCUGAUAGAGAAUACUGAGUAUGACUUUAGAGUCAAGGCAAAGAACGAUGCUGGAAUUAGCGAGCCUCAGGGCACCUUCGGCUCUGUGGUCAUUAAGGAGCCACGUAUAGAACCAACAGCUGACCUCAGCAGCAUCACUAACCAGCUCAUCACCUGUAAGAUCUCCAACACCUUCACUAUCGACAUCCCCAUCAGUGGCAGGCCUGCACCCAAGGUCACCUGGAAGCUGGAGGAGAUGAAGCUGAAGGAUACUGACAGAGUCUGUAUUAGAACCACGAAGGAGAGGACCACUCUGAUAGUAAGAGACAGCAAGAGAAGCGAUAGUGGCAAAUACUACCUGAUCUUGGAAAAUGCUGCUGGUAUAAAGACGUUCACAGUGACAGUAGUUGUUGUCGGCAGACCAAGUCCUCCCGUAGGCCCUGUGGAAAUCUCUGGGGUCUCCACAGAGUCCUGCAACCUGUCCUGGUCUGAAUCAGCUGAUGAUGGUGGCUCUGACAUUGCCAACUACAUUGUGGAAAAGCGAGAGUCUGGCUCUGCCUCCUGGCAAGUGGUCAACUCUAGUGUGAAGAGGACCACCAUCAAAGUAACUCAUCUUACCAAGUACAUGGAGUACACUUUCAGAGUGUGUGCUGAGAACAAGUUCGGAGUCAGCAAGUCCACCGAGUCUGCGCCUGUUGUGAUUGAGCAUCCAUUUGUUCCUCCAAGUCCUCCAAAUCGCCCAGAUGUGGUUUCUGUGUCCGCCAACGCCAUCAACAUCCAAUGGGACGUUCCUUAUGCUGAUGGUGGCAGCAAAGUGUCUGGCUACUGGAUUGAAAAGAAGGAGAGGAACACGAUCUUGUGGGUGAGGGAAAACAAGCUUCCCUGCUUGGAGUGCCACUACAAGGUAUCCAACCUUAUUGAGGGACUGGAGUACCAGUUCAGGGUGUAUGCCAUGAACAUCGCUGGACUCAGCAAGGCCAGCGAGGCCUCCAGACCUGUGGUUGCUCUCAAUCCUGUUGAUCCUCCUGGUAAACCAGAGGUUACAGACAUCACCCGCUCCUCUGUGUCACUGUGCUGGACUGUGCCUUUCAACGAUGGCGGCAGCAAGAUCGUUGGUUAUGUGGUAGAAAGGAAAGUCUACAGCACAGACGAGUGGGACGACAACCGCUGGCUCAAGUGCAACUACACCACCAUCACAGAGAAUUACUUCACUGUCACCAACCUGGGAGAGGGAGAGACCUUGGAGUACCGCAUCAUCGCCAAAAAUGCUGCUGGCGUCCACAGCAAGCCCUCUGAGUCCACUGGACCAGUUACAUGCAAGGAUGAAUACUCUCCUCCCAAAGCUGAGCUUGACAGCAAGCUGGUGGGUGAGACCGUCACCAUCAUGGCUGGUUCUGACCUCGUCCUGGACGGUGCUGUCGGCGGUAAACCAGAGCCCACAGUGUAUUGGUCAAAGGGCGAAAAGAUUCUGGAGCUUGGAGAGAAAUACUCUCUGACCUACACCGCUACCAGAGCCAUGGCUGUCAUCAAGAACUGUGACAGAUACGACACAGGAAGAUACAUCCUGACUGUGAAGAACGCCAGUGGAAUCAAGACUGCUGCCGUCAGCGUCAAAGUCCUUGACACCCCUGGAGCUCCAGCUGAUAACAUCACCAUCAGCAGAGUGACGGAGGAGAAGUGUACCGUGUCCUGGAAGAUUCCUUUGGAGGAUGGUGGAGACAUCGUCACUCACUAUAUUGUGGAGCGUCGUGAGACCAGCAGACUGAACUGGGUCAUCAUGGAGACAGAGUGCAAGACCCUCUCAUGUGUCAGCUCCAGGCUGAUUAAGAACAACGAGUACAUCUUCAGAGUUAGAGGAGUCAACAAAUACGGCCCUGGAGUUCCUCUGGAGUCCGAGCCUGUCAUCGCCAGGAACGCUUACACAAUUCCAUCCCAGCCUGGCACCCCAGAGGCCACAGUGGUGGCUAAGGAGCAUGUCAUCAUCGAGUGGCUAAAGCCAGAAAGCGAUGGAGGCAGCGAGCUCAAAACCUACAUUGUGGAGAAGCGAGAGAAGAGCAGCACCAGGUGGACUCGGGUGAAUAAGACUUACACCAUCUAUGACACCCGUCUGAAGAUCACAGGCCUGAUCGAGGGAAGCGAGUACCUGUUCAGGGUGACAGCAGUCAAUACUGCUGGAGAAAGCCAGCCGAGCGAUGCAUCACCUUACAUCCUCUGCAGAGACCCCACAUAUACCCCCGCUCCUCCAUCGAUGCCUCGCAUCACUGACACAACGAAGCACAGUAUUAGCAUGACCUGGACCAGGCCCAUGUACGACGGUGGCUCAGACGUCACCGGCUAUGUGGUGGAGAUCCUUGAGGGGGACUCUGAGCAGUGGUAUCGCGCCACCGCCAAGGCCCUCAAGACAAACGAGUAUGUGGCCGCUGGCCUAGCAGCCAAUAAGAACUACAGAUUCAGGGUCGCUGCUAUCAACAACAAAGGCACCGGAGAGUUCAGUGAUCCCAGCGCUGAGGUGCAGCCGCUGGAGAGAAUUGAAAUGCCCGACCUGGAGCUGGCAGAUGACCUGAAGAAAACAGUGUGUCUGCGUGCUGGUGGAACCCUGCGUCUGGUUGUGUUUGUCAGUGGCAGGCCAGCACCAGUGGUGGCCUGGAGAAAGACAGGUGUUGAGCUGCAGAGCCGUGGCUUUAUCGAGACCACUGAUAGCUACACAUGCCUGAUUGUGGAGAAAGUCAACCGCUAUGACUCUGGAAAAUAUGUUGUGGAGGCUGAGAACCCCUCUGGCAAGAAGACUGCCACCGUCUUGGUUAAAGUCUAUGACACUCCUGGUCCUCCAGGUUCAGUGAAUGUGAAGGAUUACACCAAGGAGUCUGUUGUGAUCACCUGGGACGUCCCAAGCAUCGACGGUGGCGCUCAUGUCAGCAACUACAUUGUGGAGAAACGUGAAGCAAGCAUGAAGUCAUACAAAACCGUUACCACUGAAUGUAGAAAGACCCUGUUCAGAAUCACUGGUCUGGAGGAGGGUGUGCACUACUUCUUCAGAGUCCUGCCAGAGAACAUCUAUGGCGUUGGUGAGCCCUGUGAGACCAGUGAGGCUGUGUUGGUAUGUGAAGUGCCGUCAGUGCCUCUGAACCUCCAGGUGGCCGAUGUCACAAAGUCCUCUGUCACGCUGCGCUGGGAGAAGCCGCAUCACGAUGGCGCCAGCAGGCUGACAGGCUACAUCAUCGAAGCAUGCAAGGUGGGCUCUGACAGGUGGAACACUGUUGCCACAGUCAAAGCCUCAGUAUCCCAGCACACCAUCCAGUCUUUGAUGGAGAACGAACAGUACCUCUUCAGGAUCCGAGCUACCAACAGCAGGGGAGCCAGCGAGCCCAUGGACACUGUCACUCCUGUCACCAUCCAGGAUAUCAAAAUUAAGCCUGCUAUCGACAUGACCAACAUUCCUCAGAAGGUUGUCCAUGUGCAUCGUGGCAAACCCAUCGACCUCAACAUCUCCUUCAAGGCCAAACCUCAGCCCGUCUGCUCCUGGUUCUUUGGUGGCAACAAACUGAAGGACAGCCUUGAUCGCAUUAAGAUCGACAGCAAUGGGAAAUUCACACAUCUUGUCAUCCGUGAGACAACCAUUAACGACACUGGAGACUACACACUGGAGGUGAAGAAUGCCAUCGGCAUGGCCACUGAGGUCAUUAAAGUCAUCAUCCUUGACAAACCUGGCAUCCCAGUCGGCCCAGUAAAGAUUGAGGAGACUGAUGGUGUGUCAGUGACAGUCAGCUGGGAACCUCCAGAGAAGGAUGGUGGUGCCAACCUCAGCGGCUAUGUCGUGGAACAGCGUGAUGCCCACCGGCCAGGCUGGAGCACUGUCUCCGAGUCGGUGACCCGACCCUGCUUCAAGUUUACUAGACUCUCUGAAGGAACCGAGUAUGUGUUCCGUGUUGCUGCCAUGAAUCGCUUCGGCAUUGGUAGCUUCCUUCAGUCCGAGGUGGUGGAGUGCAAGAGCCCCAAAACCAUCCCUGGACCUCCAAGCAGACCAGAGGUGCUUGAUGUCACACACGAGGGCAUGACCCUUUCCUGGCAACCACCCGAGGAUAAUGGUGGCUCCACUAUUGCCGGCUACAUCAUUGAACGUAAGGAGGCCAGUUCUGACAGGUGGAUGAGAAUCAACAAGAACCCUGUCACCAUGACCCGAUACCGCUCCUCAGGCCUCAUUGAGAGCUUGGAGUAUGAACAUCGUAUCACCGCCAUUAACUCCAGAGGGUCUGGCAAACCCAGUGAGAGCUCAGCCAUCACUGUCGCCAUGGAUCCCAUCGAGCCUCCAGGUGCUCCAGUUCAGCCCAGAGUUACCGACAGCACCAGGACUUCAGUGUCUCUGGCCUGGCUGCCGCCUGAAGAGGAGGGUGGUUCUGUCAUUACUGGUUACUUGAUCGAGAUGCAGAAGGUGGACCAGGUGGAAUGGACCCUGUGCAACACCACUCCCACCAAGAUGUGCGAAUACACCCUUACCCAUAUGCCCCAAGGCGCAGAGUACAAGUUCAGGGUCAUCGCCUGCAACGCUGGUGGUGCUGGAGAGCCUGCUGAGAUUUCUGGAGUGGUCAAAGUCCAGGAGAUGCUUGAUUAUCCUGACUUUGAGCUUGAUCGUAAGUAUGAGGAGGGCUAUGUGGUGCGCCAGGGAGGAGUCAUCCGUCUGUCUGUACCAAUCAAGGGUAAACCAAUCCCUAUAUGCAAAUGGACCAAGGAUGGCCGUGACAUCUCCCACCGGGCCAUGAUUGCCACCCAUGACGACAUCACUGAACUGGUCAUCAAAGAAGCACACAAAGAAGACACCGGCACCUACGACCUCUUGCUUGAGAACAAAUGUGGCAGGAAAGCCGCAUACAUCAAGGUGAGGGUGAUCGGUCACCCUGAUGCUCCAGAAGGACCACUGGAGUUUGAUGACAUUCAGGCAAGAUCAGUUCGUGUCAGCUGGAGGCCACCAUCAGAUGAUGGCGGCUCUGACAUUCUGGGAUAUCUCGUAGAAAGACGUGAGGUACCCAAGGCUGCAUGGUGUACAGUGGACUCCAGGGUAACGGAAAACUCACUGGUGGUGAAGGGCCUGAAGGAGAAUGUGGAGUAUCACUUCAAGAUUUCUGCUGAGAACCAGUUUGGUAUUAGCAGAUCUCUCAAGUCUGAAGAGUCUGUCAUGCCAAAGACACCACUUUGCCCACCAGAGCCUCCCAGCAACCCAGCAGAGAUCAUGGAUGUGUCCAAGUCCAGUGUGUCCCUGUCCUGGUCCCGGCCCCGUGAUGAUGGUGGCUCCCGCGUCACAGGAUACUUUGUGGAAAGGAGGGAGGUGUCAACAGAGAAGUGGGUCCGCCACAAUAAGACCCACAUCACCACCACAAUGUACAACGUCACGGGUCUCAUCCCUGAUGCAGAAUACAUGUUCAGGGUGGUGGCUCAGAAUGACAUCGGGCAGAGCGAGCCUGGUCCUGUUUCUGAGUCUGUGAUCUGCAAAGAUCCAUUUGACAAACCUAGCCAACCAGGAGAGAUCGACAUUAUCUCCAUCACUAAAGACUGCAUCACCAUCCACUGGCUCAGGCCUGAACAUGAUGGUGGUAAGGAGAUUCUGGGAUACUGGAUUGAGUUCAGGCAGGCUGGAGAAAGCGCCUGGAAGAAAUGCAACAAGGAGCGCUCCAAGGAUCGUCAGUUCACCAUGGGUGGCUUGAUGGAGGCCACAGAGUAUGAGUUCAGAAUCUUUGCAGAGAAUGAGACUGGACUCAGCCGGCCACGUCGCACGCCUAUGGGCAUCAAGACCAAACUGAGUGUUGGUGAGACUCCAGCUCUGAAGGAAGAGAUCCAAGACGUUACUACCAAGCUUGGCGAGUCUGGCACUCUGACUUGUGGCAUCAUUGGCAGACCUUUGCCUGAGAUCAAAUGGUACCGCUACGGCAAGGAACUGAUCCAGAGCCGCAAGUACAAGAUGAGUUCAGAUGGCCGUAACCACUCACUCAGCAUCCUGUCAGACGAACAGGAAGAUGAAGGGCUAUACACCUGCAGAGCCAUCAAUGAGGCAGGAGAGGUGGAAACCAGUGGAAAACUGCGUCUGCAAGCUGCACCCCAGCUCCAUCCUGGUUUCCCUCUGAAGGAGAAGUACUAUGCCGGGGCAGGCACCAGCCUUCGCCUGCAUGUCGUCUACAUUGGACGUCCCAUCCCUAAGAUUAUGUGGUUCUAUGGCAAGAAGCCUCUGAACUCUUCUGAGAAUGUGAUUAUUGAAAACACGGAAAGCUACUCCCACCUAGUGGUUAGGAAUGUCCAAAGGAAGACCAACGCUGGCCGGUACAAAGUGCAGUUCAGCAACUCGUUCGGAACUAUUGACACUGUCCUGCGUGUUGAAAUCCAAGAUAAACCAUGCAUCCCAGAGGGUCCUCUGGUUGUUGAUGCCCUGCUAAAGAGCUCAAUGGUCAUCAGCUGGAAGGCGCCCAAGGAUGACGGAGGCUCAAUGAUCACCAACUACAUUGUGGAGAAGCGGGAAGCCAAAGAAGGAGAGCAGUGGCACCUUGUGUCCUCUUCUGUUUCUGGCACCACUUGCCGUGUCCCCAACCUCAUUGAGAAUGCUGGCUACUACUUCAGAGUCUCUGCCCAGAACCAGUAUGGAGUCAGCGAGGCUCUGGAGAUCCCAUCCGUGGUCAUUGUCAAGAGUCCCUUUGAGAAACCGGGCAUCCCACAGCAGCCCUUCAUCAUCAGCUCCACCAAGGACUCCUGUGUUGUCUGCUGGAAGCCUCCAAGCAGCGACGGUGGAGCUAAAAUCAGCAGCUACUACCUGGAGAAACGUGAAAAGAGGCAGAACAAGUGGAUGACUGUGACCAGCAAGAAGUUUGUGGAGACCAGCUUCGAGGUCCUAGGCCUAAUCGAGGGCUUUGAGUACGAGUUCCGUGUUAAGUGUGAAAACAUGGGUGGUGAGAGCGACUGGAGUGAGAUCUCUGCGCCCAUCAUUCCCAAGUCUGACCAGGCACCUCGUGCUCCUGCGUUCAGGGAGGAGAUCAGGGACAUGACCGUCAAAUACCAAGCAAAUGCCACAUUUGUCACUAAGGUGGUGGGACAUCCCAAGCCUGUGGUGAAAUGGUAUCGCAGUGGAAAGGAGGUCAAUGCAGAUGGAACCAAGAUCAAAGCCCAGGAGUUCAAAGGAGGCUACUACCAGCUGGUCAUCACUACUGCUGAUGAGAGCGAUGCCACAGUUUACCAAGUCAGAGCAACCAACUCCUCAGGAUCCAUCUCUACAACGGCUAACCUGGAUGUGGAAGUUCCUGCCAAGAUCUACCUGCCUAAAGAACUACAGGGAAUGGGAGCAGUCCAUGCUGCCCGUGGUGACCACAUCACCAUCAAGAUCCCCAUCUCUGGCAAGCCCGAGCCAGCUAUCACUUGGCAGAAGGGUCAGGAGAUCCUUUCCAACUCUGCUUAUCACCAAGUCAUAACCACCAGGUCUUUCACCUCACUGGUCUUCCAGAAGGGAGUUCAGAGGAAGGAUAGCGGCUACUACUCAAUUACCGCAAAGAACAGGUUUGGAAUGGACAAGCAAACCAUCGAGGUGAAUGUGGCUGACAUACCUGAGGCUCCAAAGGCUCUGGUUGUUAGUGACAUUUCCCGGGACUCAAUCACUUUGACCUGGGAGCCUCCUGCUAAUGAUGGUGGAAGCGACAUUAUUAGCUACAUCGUUGAGAAGUGUCCUACCACUGCUGAUAGGUGGAUCCGUGCUGGACAGACAUCUGACUGCAGCAUCAACAUCAUUAACAUUUUUGGAAAGACCAAGUACCAGUUCCGUGUCAUCGCUGAAAACCAGUUCGGCCUUAGCCCUCCUUCUCAUCCAACUGAGCCAAUUACAACCAAGGAAGACAAGUCUGUGAUUAGGAACUAUGAUGAGGAAGUUGAUGAAACCAGAGAGAUCACCAAGGAAGAGGCUCUGGUCUACAAGGUGAAGGAACUUUCAUCCAAGUACACCAUCUCCGAGGAACUGGCUCGCUGCCAGUUUGGAGCCGUUCAUCGUUGUGUAGAGAUUGCUACGAAGAAGACCUUUAUGGCCAAGUUUAUCAAGGUCAAAGGAAUGGACCGUGAGUUGGUUCUCAGGGAAAUUGAGGCACUCAACGUAGCAAGGCAUAAGAAUAUCAUCUACCUCCAUGAAUACUUUGAGAGCAUGGAGGAGAUCGUCCUAAUCUUUGAAUUCAUGUCUGGAGUUGACAUCUUUGAGCGCCUUGGUACCUGCAACUUCGAGCUUACAGAGCAGGAGAUUGUCCGCUACCUGAGACAAGUCUGCUCUGCUCUCAAGUUUAUGCAUAGCCACAACUUUGGCCACUUUGAAAUUCGCCCAGACAACAUUGUCUACACAACAAGAAGAAGCAGUGACAUAAAGAUUAUUGAGAUGGGUCAGUCUAGGCUGCUGGUGCCCGGAGAAAACAUCAGGAUGAUGUUUUCAGCUCCAGAAUACUGUGCCCCUGAGGUGCACCGUCAUGACCAGGUCACAACAGCCAGCGAUAUGUGGUCUGUUGGUGUUAUGGCCUAUGUUCUGCUUAGUGGCCUUAAUCCAUUUGCAGCAGAGUCAGUGACAAAGAUGAUUGAGAACAUCUCAAGCUGUGAGUACAUCUUUGAAAGUGAAGCAUUUAAGGACAUCAGCAUGGAGGCCAUGGACUUCGUGGACAGACUUCUAGUCAAGGACAGGAAGCUCCGUAUGACCGCUCAUGAGGCUCUGGAGCACCCAUGGCUCAAGAUGAAGAUUGAGCAAGUCAGCAACAAGGUAAUUCGGACAUUGAGACACAGAAGGUACUACCAGAGUCUGGUAAAGAAGACAGAUACUAUUGUAUCAGCAGCUCGUGUUGCCUAUGGAGGUGCCUUCAAAAACCAGAGAGGAUUGGCUGUAGGCAAAGUGAAGAUUGGAACUGAGUACAGAGGCCUCCGCACUGGUCCUGUCAUGCAUAGCUCAGCUGAGGAAGGUGGCCAUGUGAGAUUCACUUGUACCAUUGUAAACUAUGACAAGAGUACCCAGGUGACUUGGUACUUCGGUAACCGUCAACUACACCAAAGCACCAAGUAUGAAAUCACUUACAGUAAUGGCUUUGCCAGCAUCUAUGUAAAGGACAUUGAAGAAAGCGAUGAUGGAGUGUACAGAUGCAAGGUGGUGAGUGAUGAUGGAGAGGACAGUGCUUAUGGAGAGCUCUUCGUUGAGUCAGUGAGGAGCAUCAGAGAGUUCUACAUCAGCCGUUCAGUCAAGAAACUGAGGAGAAGAGUUGACAAGACUAAACUCCUGCAGAGACCACCAGAGUUCACUCUACCUCUGUACAAUCGCUCAGCUUACAUUGGCGAAGAUGUGCGCUUUGGAGUCACUAUUACCGUGCACCCUGAGCCUCAUGUAACAUGGCUUAAGAAUGGAGAGAGAAUCAAGCCAGGUCAGGAUGACAGCAAGUACACAUUCACCAGUGAUAAGGGUCUGUAUCAGCUGAUAGUCCACAACCUGGACAUGAACGAUGAUGCUGAAUACACCGUCAUGGCCAACAACAAGUUUGGAGAAGACAGCUGCAAGGCCCGGCUCACUGUGACACCUCAUCCUGUGACGACGGAUAUGAUGAGGCCCAUGUUUAAACGUCUGCUGGCCAAUGUUGAGUGUGCUGAAGGACAAAGUGUCCGCUUUGAACUCAGAGUCUCAGGAAUCCCAACUCCUACUCUGAAAUGGGAGAAGGAUGGUCAUCCACUACAGUUUGGUCACAAGGUUGUUGUCAUACAGGAAGAUGUUGACUAUCAUGUCCUGCAUAUCAGAGAGACUCUUCUUGAAGAUUCUGGUUUUUACAAAGUUACUGCAACUAACUCUGCUGGUUCUGCAAGCUGCCAGGCUACACUGAAGGUUGACCGCCUUACCUACACUAGGAGAGAGUACAAGAGUGAGGAAGAGAAAUACAGAUAUGUACAGAAACAAAUUGAGAAGACAAACAAGAUGGCUUUGCAAAUUGUAGCAACUGAGGAGAUUGGACCUCUCAACCCCACGGCCCAGGAGGCUCUCAAAUUUGCUGCAGAGAUGUACAAACCUGCAGUGAGCACCAAGAACAUCGAAGGCGAGUUCGACAUCAGAGUGGAGAAGUCAGAGACCAAGAAACUGGAAGAGGAGAGGAGAAUCUUCAUGCCUUAUGAGAUCCCUGAGUCAGUGGUUCAUGAUCGCAAAGCUCUUGAUGAAGACAAAGCUAUCAAACAGUUUGUGCCUCUCUCUGACAUGAAGUGGUACAGAAAACUUAAGGACCAGUAUGAGAUCCCAGAGAGGAUGGAGAGAAUUGUGCAAAAGAGGCAGAGACGUAUUCGCCUCUCAAGGUGGGAGCAGUUCUAUGUGAUGCCCCUGCCCAGAAUCACCGACCAGUACAGACCAAGAUGGCGAAUUCCAAAACUCACUCUGGAUGAUCUGGAGACUGUCAGGCCUGCCCGCCGCUCGCCGUCUCCAGAAUCAGAGGUCUCCUUCAGAUCCAGGAGGAGAUCUCUGGGUGACCUUAGUGAUGAGGAGCUGAUGAUGCCUGCAGAGGAUUACCUUUCAGUGAGGAGAACAGAGGAGGAGAAAAUGAUGCUGGAAGAUGAACUUGAGCUCGGCUUCUCUGCCUCGCCGAUGGGCAGCCCUGUCCGUAUGGAGCGAUAUGCAAUGGAACGUGAAGAGAGGAGGCAGGAGGUCAGGCAUGAGGCUGUAGAGGUUACUGAGACAAAGAAGAAACGUACAGUUUCUCAGUAUAUGAGAAGGAGAAGGUCGCUGUCUCCCACAUACAUCGAGCUAAUGCGUCCAGUCUCAGAGCUGAUCAGACCACCACAGCCCAGGCUUUCUGUAGAGGUAGAGGGGGAGGUUGUGGGAAGGAGGUCCCCCACCCCUGAGAGGACCCGUCCCCGUUCUCCCAGCCCAAUCAGGUCUGUUGAGAGGUCAUCCCGGUCCUCCUCCAGGUUUGAGCGAUCUGCCCGCUUUGACAUUAUGUCCCGCUAUGAGGCCAGAAAGGCUGCUCUGAAGUCUGAGAGGAAAUAUCAAGUGGUUAGCCAGACUCCUUUCAGUCUGGACCAUGCUCCCAGAGUGACAGUUAGAAUGCGUUCUCAUCGCAUACCUAUUGGCCAAGACACCAAAUUCACUCUUAACAUCCAAACCAAGCCAGAGGCUGAGAUCAUGUGGUACCACAAUGGAGCUGUUAUUUCUGAAAGCAGUGAGAAGUACAUAUUUGCCAAUAUGACUGGCGUUUUGUCUAUCACCAUCCUGGACUGCCAGGAAGAGGAUAGUGGAACAUACCGCUGUGUGUGCUCAAACUCCAAGGGAGAGGCUUCCGACUAUGCCACCCUUGAUGUGUCAGGUGGUGGCUACACCACUUUCUCCUCUCGCCGCAGGGAUGAAGAAGCUCCCAAAGCCCGCGUUCCUGAAGUCACUCGAAUUGACCACUACCACACUUCCCAUUUCAAAGCUGGCUAUGCCUCCGAGUCUCGCCUUGAGGUAGAAGAGAGCAAGUCUAAGCUGACCGAGACACAUGAGGUUGUUGCACGUGAGAGGUAUGCUGCCUCCUCUGAGAGAUACUCCUCUGCUGAGAGGUAUGCAGCCUCCUCUGAGAGAUACUCCUCCGCUGAGAGGUAUGACUCAUCCAUCAAGUAUGCCUCUGCUGAAUACCUAUCAUCUAGUUCCUCCUUCUCAUCUGACAAAUUUUCUCUGACUGGGAAACACACCUCAUCGGAAGCUAAAAUUAAGUCAUCUUCUGCUGCUGUAUCUGAGGAAGUUGCUGUCACCAAGGUGAAGCCUUCUCUUCUUGCCAGAAUCCUCACCAAGCCCCAGUCUGUGACAGUUGCAGAGGGAGAGACAGCUAGAUUCUCCUGUGAUAUUGAUGGGGAGCCUGCACCCACUGUUACAUGGAUGCACGAGAGCAGAUCCAUUGUCUCAUCUCACCGCAUCCAGGUCACUACCACUCAGUACAAGUCCAGCAUGGAGAUAUCCUCUGUGACAGCCUCCGAUGAGGGCAGUUACACGGUUGUGGUGGAGAACUCCGCAGGUAGACAAGAGGCUCACUUUACCUUGACCAUCCGCAGACCAGCUCCAAAAGAGGAAGUCAAGGCUGUCAAAUCCCCUGAACCAUUUGUAAAGUCACCGGAACCUUCAGUGACCUCACCCUCUCCCUCUGUAGCUUCUCCAGUCCCCAGUAUUAAGUCCCCCACUCCCAGUGUCAAUGUGAAGUCACCAACACCCAGUGUCAAGUCCCCUACACCAAGUGUUAAGUCUCCUGAACCAGAGGGAAUUAAAUCUCCUAGGAGUGUCAAGUCUCCUGAGCCAGCACCCUCUCCAGCACCCAGCAUAAAAUCACCAGUUCCAAGUGUCAAAUCCCCUGAACCUGAAGGAGUCAAGUCACCACUGGCUAUGAAAUCUCCUGAACCCAGACUUAAAUCACCACCCCCAACAAGGUCUCCAGAGAGAGUAAAGUCACCUGAAACUGGUCUUAAAUCUCCAGAACCGGCAGGAAUCAGAUCACCUAAAGGUGUGAAGUCCCCAGAACCUGCUGGACUCAAAUCACCAAAAGGCAUCAAAUCCCCAGAGCCUUCAGGCCUCAAAUCACCAAGGGCUUUGAAGUCUCCUGAGCCUGAGGGAAUCAAAUCACCUCCUAGGAUGAAGUCACCUCCUCCCAUCAUGUCCCCAAAAAGGGUUGUGUCUCCACCCACCAUAAAAUCUCCAAUUCCUAAACCCCCCAAGGUCCUGAGUCAGCUUAAAGCCGAAGCCUGCGAGGGAUCAGUGAAGAUGUCCUGCAUCUGCGAGAGCAGCGUCAGGGAGGUGGUGUGGUACGUCAAUGGGAGGAGGCUUUCUCAGAGCAGCCACUUUGAGAUGCACUACUCUGAAGGCUCCUGCAGCCUUCUUAUACAUGAUUUGGUAGACAGUGAUCAGGGAGAGUACACCUGUGAGAUGACAGCUGAGGGAGGUGUUUCCAAGUCCUCCUUCUCCUUCACCGGGCAGGUGUUCCAGUCCAUAAGGAUGAAGGUCACAGCCUACCGUGAGCAGCAACUGGUACUUAAAGCCUCAUCGGGAUCAGUGAUGAUGGGUCACAAGGAGUCUUUGUCGUCCAUGAGCUCAUCCAUGAUGAUGAAGAAGAAAGAAAUGCACACAAUGGAGGAGUCAUCCUCUUUCUCGUCCUCCACCCAGCAAGCUAUGAUGUCGUCAAUGAUGGAGUCCAGCUCCUUUAGCAGCAUGGCAGCUGAGAUGAAGGUUGAGACCAUGUCCAUGUCCAGCAUGUCAUCCAUGGCUUCUGAAUCGUACGCCAUGAGCUCCAGCAGCCUGACGGAAAUGGCUUCUCACAUGGAGGGAUCCACGUUCAGACCAAUCGGUUGUGCUCCCAGGAUCGAGGCUCUGCCUGAGGACAUCAGCAUCGAGCCCGGCAAAGUCCUCACAGUCACUUGCGCUUUCUCCGGUGAUGCCAAACACAUUGAAUGGUCCCGCAGCGGCAGAAUCAUCCAGGUGACUGCUGGCGGACGCUUCCACAUCGACACCUCAGAGGACUUAACCACCCUUAUCAUCACCGGGGUGAAGGCAGAGGACGCUGGGACCUACACCCUUAAACUGUCCAAUGAGCUUGGAUCAGACACAGCGACUGUUCACAUUAGCAUUCGAUCAGUGUAAAAAAAAAAAAUUCUAAACUUUCAAUUUUCCCCUUUUCCCUACUUCUGUUCCUUUUUAUUUAUUAAUUAAGCGAAAUAAUCUACUUGAUAAAGAUCUCGAUUUCUGUUCUUGUAAAUAUGAACUAUUUUUGUACCAAUCUUGACAUUAAUUUAUGCCAAACUAGACUCAAGUCUAAAGUUGUUAUAAAAUGUGCCAUAUUGGAUAAAUAUGACUUAGGAUUUUUGAUCCAUUUUUCUGUGACAUGUACAUAAUGUAUAUAGCCGAAUUGAACGGUUAUGGGAAAUGUAUGCAUUGUUAUUUAUGACAAUAUUAACUGAAACAAAUGAAACUGAAUGUGGUUUAACAGGAGAAAGUUUCACAAGAACGAAUACCCUGUCAAACCAAGAAACUAAACUAUGUGCCUCAACGAUACGUUGAAGUCUUAAGAUUGCCUCAACAGGUAGAGAGGCUCCCUGUUGAUGUUAACUCAAUCCAAGACGGAACUACGAACGCACUGCUGCAGAGAGAGCAGUGCUGUUGCAUUGGAACAAGAGAGUGAGAUCCUGAGUGCUGUUUGCAUAUACCCUCAUGUAAGCAGGACGACUGGACCUCGCUCUCUAACCGAUAAUGUCAUACUGCCAUUUCGAUGACAUGCUCAUAGUGCGAGCGGCCUGCACUCCCUGAGCACAAGUUUUUUUUGUGCUCUUCUUCUGACAAAUGACCCCUCGAUCAGGCUCUUCAGUCAUACCAUCUACCUGGCCAAUCACGAUAAAAAAAGAGUCCAUCGGGUGUUUGUUUGCAGAGGCAGAGCUGGCUCCUGGAGGUCUGCAGUGUGUAUGUGUGUGUGUGUUAGUUUUUAGGAGUUCAAUCAAGCUGGGCGCCGCUUAGCACAUGUACCGCAGCCGAAACAACCGCCACUGCACUCAAUGAGGACCAAGAAAAUUAUGGUCCUGCGUGUUGCCCAGCACUUUGAUUUGAUUGAAGUUAGACUUGUAGCGUUGAUUUUUCGCAGCCUCCUUGAGUUUUUCUCCAAUUAUUGAUUUAAUAAAGCAUGAUGAUCAGCAGAAUGA